CUCUGCGUGGCUCCGCCUCCUCCCAGCCGGCUGCUUUCCGCGCUCCGCAUCUCGCAUCUGUCAGUCGCUGCUUCGUCGCCGGCGGAACAAGAUGGCGGCUCGGGUGAGUGGACGGCUGAAUGACGGGCGGGGUGGGGGGGAGAUAGUGACGUGUCGGCUCGGCGGCUUCUGCCUCCCAUUCAUUCUCUUAGCAGCCCACCGCCCUUCCACCCAGCCCAGUUAGGGAGGUUUCCCUGCUCCCUAUGACACUGCUGCGUAUAUGCCAUACAUUUUCAGCUCAUCCCACACCGCGCCCUUUAAAAAACACCCCCCCCUGGGAACUAUAGCCUGUUAAGGGUGCUGGGAACUACUGUUCUGAGGAUUUUCAAACCUGGGGAUUAUCACUCUGGAGGUCCGGCACUGAGCUGUUAACCCUGUAAGCUCUGAUCCUCACAAUCACUUGUUAAGGGUGCUGGGAACUACAGUUCCCAGGAUUCUUAAACCGGGGAACUAUUGUCUGUUAAUGGUGCUGGGAACUACAAUUCCCAGGAUUCUUAAACCUGGGGAUUAUCUCUUGUUAAGGGUGCUAGGAGCUACAGUUCCCAGGAUUCUUCAACCUGAGGAUUAUCACUUGUUAAGGGUGCUAGGAGCUACAGUUCCUAGGAUUCUUAAACCGGGGAACUAUCGCCUGUUAAGGGUGCUGGGUGCUACGGUUCCCAGGAUUCUUUUGGGGUGUGCUCUUCAAAUUCACGGCGUGUGCGCACUUAGGGGGGACCCGAGUGCAGAUCCUCCGCCACAGAGCCUUGAGUGAUGCGGUGCCCUCCCACUCAGGCUAGCCCACCUCGGCGGGCUGUUGCAAAGGGGCGCACAGUCAACCUCUUUCUGCCUUCCGUUUAUUCUCGGUGGGUCCGCUUGCUGGAAGAUAAAUGGGUCUGUUCAGUGUGCUGGAAAAGAAAAAAAGCAGCGUGCUGCUUUCGCGCUGGGUCUCUCAGUCAUCUGAGCAUUGUAGCUGAGACAUUGGAGAACGGCUUGCUUUUUUGCAUUCUUAAUGUAAAAUGGCUUUCCUCGAAGGCGGCUUGGCAAAAAUGUGCCUGCCCUUCUCUCACCCCCGGUCUGUUACCCUUAAGUAGGACAUUGCAGGAACAAAGGCAGGCUGAAGGGUUAAUGCCGGAAUUGUUUGCUGUGUCAUAAAUACUUCUGGGUGACCUGGAGUUAAUAAGCUGUUACUGCGUUGCUCCCUCCCUUUGGAACAAGAGUGUCUGGUGGGUGAAAAGCUGGGAGGAUCAAGCUGUUUAUGCGGUGAGCACUUUUACUGCAAUGCACACUUCGCUGGCAAGCGGAAGACUCUGUCUUCGGGUUGCAUAUGAACCGAACUUGUGGCGAUGCUGCUGGUUACAAUGAUGUCAGAUUGCUGUUGCUUUAUUUUCCCAGUGACCCAACAUGUGCCUAGUACUUUGCAUCCCCUAGAAUGACGGGUUCAGUGCAGACGGGUUAGCAAUGGAGCAGUUGGGGAAAGGCUAAUGGAUGUACCUUUCUCAGGUUUAUUUACCUUCUGUUACGCAGAUACUCCCCAACACUAAAAAGGCUUAUUGGCCUUAUGCCACGAAGAAUAUCUGUUUAGUAUAUAGGAGGAGGAGUGUUGAUUCAGGAUCAUUUAAAAUGUUCUCCCUCCCUGCAGAUUGUGGCAGAUUAAGGAAGCUUCGGGAGGGAUGAUAUAUAGGGGAACAAACCAGGACGUAACACAACAGGUGAUUGGGGAUUUUGGAAGCAUAAUAGUGGUUUUCCGCAAAAAGGCAUCAUCCAGAAUUGUAGCAGGUUUGGUUCUUCCACUGGCUUGUGGUAAUGGUUCAAUGAAAAACCCAUUACUUGAGUUGUGAGAACAACAGUGUAUGCCUGUAGGAUUUGGCUUAAAAUGCAGAAACUAGCAUUAAAAUAAAUGGUAGCGAGCUCCCUCCAUUGGAACACUUCUCCAUAAGAGUAAGGAGGAAGUGACAACGGUCAAGUCUCAAAAUGCUCGUGAUAACUCUGAUUGAUAACUUUAAAAAAAAUUGGAGGCAAAAUGCAAAAGUAUUUAAAAGCCCAUCCAUACGUAUUGCUUUCUGGUUCAAAGAAGCAGGCAUGGCGCAGGCAUGGCACAACAGAAAGCAAUCCAAGGAUUUAACUGGCCCUUUGCCAUAUAAUAUGGUACAUACUGGAAAAGAUUUCCUAAGUAACCCCUUCCCAUUAGUUGCGUUGAUUCUGCUUAAUUAUUGGAGAUGCUGAAGGCACACUCUGCGGCAACAAUGACAUAGGCUCUCUAUGUCCUUUCUACCUGCUGUAUUAUUAUUAUUUUAUUAUAUUUGUUGAAUUUCACAGAACAAAAGCAAAAUAUAAAACCACAAAAUAUAUAAUCAAAAUGAAAGCAACAAGCCAAUAACCCCCCCAAAUAACCACAUUUUAAAAGGGCGUAGGAUGUCAAAUCAACCAAAGGCCUGUUUAUAAAGGAAUGUUUUUGCCUAAAGGUAUAUAAUGAAGGUGCCAGGCGAACAUCCCUGGGAAGAGCAUUCCACAAAUGGGGAGCCACUGCAGAGAAGGCCCCAUUCUCGUGUUGCCACCCUCCAAGACUGAGCAAUGGAGAUUGCACACAUGACACUGUCCCUGUAAUUGUGACCAGGCCAUUGCUUGGGGUAUCCCACACUAAGACUGGGGAGAGGUGAAACCAACAGGAACACCAUGAUGGGGAUAUAGAAGAUGAUGAGGAAGGCUGGUCUCCAUGAGUGGAACAGAAGAUGGGCAGUCACUCUCUCAUAUUUGCAGGCCUGGAUGAGUGGCAUAAACUUCUUGUCAGACACACAUAGGCCAUCUUUCCUGCAAUGAAUUCCUGUGAUAAAUCACUCUCUGCAUUGCCCAUCUUCACAUUUCAGCAGACACUAAAAGUUGCUUCUUUCCCUUCGUACAAAUCUUGAUGUGCGCAAGGAAGAAAGGCAUAAUUUAUCUAUCUCUCACUCAUAAGUGAUCGCUGACGUGUAUCUCAGGCAUAUACAUGCUCAGUGAUCAAUGAAAUGCACAAAUACCAUUUUACACAGAGUAUUGUUUUGGUCUCCGUCUCUGGGUCAGUGGGUUCUCACAGUUGAACUGAGAGGUUCUGCUUGUCAUAUGUGGCCAGGCAGGUCUGCGAUUAUGAGUUGUCUAAAUCAACACAGAGUUCUCUGUUGAUCUUGCUCCACCAUAAACAUGUGAAUCACUCUGUGGAAUUUCUCUAGGAUUCCAGGUACACACCAUGGGUGAAUGAGCUCUCAGAAGCAUCUGUUGCCCUCAACUGAUAUUUGUUUUUUUUUUUAAAUAAAAUUUAUUAGAUUUUCCACAAUUAUAACAAAAACCACAAAGCAAAAUAACACACAAAAACAGAAAGAAAAGAAAAAUACAUCAAUAAAAGAAAAAAAAACCAGAUAAACAAUAACAACAAACUUAAUUCUUUACAAAUCCAACCUUUUAAACAUCUUGGUUGACUUCCUCUAGUCCCUCCCUUCUGAGUUUCCUUGUAAUUGAAAGUAACAGCUUCCCAAUAUCAUUAUUAAAGUAAAAUAAUUUCCAAUUACAGUGGUACCUCGGGUUACAUACGCUUCAGGUUACACACUCUGCUAACCCAGAAAUAGUGCUUCAGGUUAAGAACUUUGCUUCAGGAUAAGAACAGAAAUCGGGCUCCGGCGGCGUGGCGGCAGCAGGAGACCCCAUUAGCUAAAGUGGUGCUUCAGGUUAAGAACAGACCUCUGGAACGAAUUAAGUACUUAACCCGAGGUACCACUGUAUAAUCCAUCUUAUUCACUUUUCUUAAUAUUCAAAAUCCCAUUUAUUUAAUUAUAACCUCAUUUAAUCCUCAACUGAUAUUUGGCCUCGUGUGUGGCUGAAAUGACACCUCAUGUAGAAGGUGCGUGGUCUUAGCUGGAUAGCUAUCUUCUUAUAUAACAAUCUACAGCAAGGAGGGGAUCCUUUAGCUGAAAUUGCCAGGGCAAUUUAAAUCACCAGAUUACUGGCAUCAACAUCCUAGUGAUGAAAAAUGUCAGCCUAGUUGCUAUUCAUAUGUUUUCCGUGGAGUAACUUUUUUCAGUGGCCCCCAGAACUAGGGACAGGCAGGUAUCUAUUUCUAGCUCAUCUCAAUUUUUUCAUAUGUUCAUUCGUGGCUUAUUUCCACCCUAUUUCCACCUUUAUCUACAAAUUUUUAGUCCUCACAAAAACGUGUGUGUAGCUAUUAAGUAAGUAUCAUAAAAUGUGUGUUCUCUCAAACUACACAUUUCUAAACAUAUUUUGAGCAUCAUAGUGUUUGGGAAGUGUGAAAGGCAGUCCAGAAGUUGCAGAUCAGGUCUGUUCUUAUAGGAAUUCACAAGUAACAAAAUCCCCACGCAAAGCUUGAGCUAAAAACAAUCAAACACAUUUCCUAUUUAAUGUGUUUGAGAGUUUUGUUCACUCUUCUUAGGAGAACACUGAAACCCAAAUCAGAUAUGAUUUGUUUGUUACCUGUGAUACCAUUUGAUACUGUGCAUAUUUACUCCCAAGUUAAAUGUGCAUAAGAUUGCAGCUUUGGUCAUUUUAGGCCACAUUUGUGGGGAAAAGGACCGGCUAAAUUUUACUUGCCAUAGCUGAGUGGCUGUUUAUAGACUGGAUUUAUUAUUGUUAUUCUUAUUAGUAUUUAAAUUUGUAUACCACCCUUCAUCCAAAGAUCACAGGGCGGCUCAUAACAUAAAAAUGUAGAAUGAGAACACAAAAUACACCAUUAGAAAAUAAAUCUGAAAACGAAAACCAAACCAAUAACCCCCCCCUUCCCACAAACAUAUUUAAAAGGCCAUAGAGUGUUGAAUCAGCCAAAGGCCUGGUUAUAGCGAAAAGUUUUCGCCUGCUGUCUAAAGAUAUGUAAUGAAGGCGCCAGGCGAGCCUCCCUGGGGAGAGAAUUCCACAGGUGGGGAGCCAUCCCACAAAAGGCCAGUUCUUGUGUAGCCACCCUCUGGGCUUCUCAUGGAGGAGUCACAUGAAGAAGGGCCUUAGAUGAUGAUUGCAGGGUCCAGGUUGGUUCAUAUGGGGAAAGGUGGUCCUUGAGGUAUUGCGGUUCUGAGUCAUUUAAGGCUUUGUAGGGGAAAGUCAGCACUUUCACCUACAAGCUAUAGAGCAGGGGUAGGCAAACUAAGGCUCAUGGGCCGGAUGCGGCCCAAUCGCCUUCUAAAUCCAGCCCGCGGACGUUCCGGCAAUCGGCGUGUUUUUACAUGAGUAGAAUGUGUCCUUUUAUUUAAAAUGCAUCUCUGGGUUAUUUGUGGGGCAUAGGAAUUUAUUCAUUCCACACCCCCCCAAAUAUAGUCCAGCCCACCACAUGGUCUGAGGGACGGUGGACCGGCCCCUGGCUGAAAAAGGCUGCUGACCCCUGCUAUAGAGCUAUAAGGGGUGGCCAACUCCCAAGAGACUGUGAUCUACUCACAGAAUUAAAAACUGGCAGUGAUCUACCCCCUUUUGGGGGGUUCAGGUCAAAGUUGGUGAGCUUCUCUUAGGGAGGGGGUGAGCUCCGAUUUUUCAAAAUUCAAGCCUAAGAUCAAGGGAGAUAGGGGAACAGCUACUCACCAACAGAUCGCUGGGGAAACAAACAGCCUCACUGAGUAAACUCCAUCUUCCGUUCAGCAAAUCGUGCAACAAUGGAGGGCGCGGCGAGGGGGCGGAGCCAGAGUAUAUUUUACCAAUGCUAAGGAAAGGGACCCAGUGAUCGACCGCAAUCUACCAAAACCUCCCGGGGAUCUACCAGUAGAUCAUGAUUGACCUGUUGGACAUCCCUGCUAUAGAGUGAUGGAAAAACAGGAACAAGGUUGUAUUUCCGAUAUACUGCUCUCAGUCAAGGUUGGUUUCAUGGCUGGGCCUGAACCCAGAUUGAAAAUCUGUGUCAUCCAAGAUUUCCUGCCCUGACCCUCUCCAUGACAUCCCUAGGAAGGGGAUAUUCGCAGCUGGUCAGUAGCUCUUCCAGACCAAAGGGUCUAGGGCCAUUUUCUUUCCGAGUGGCAAUGCCACUGCUUUUUUCCAGGGUGACAGGGUAUCCUCAGAUUGUGUAGCCAGGUGGUCAUAGCAGGUCCUCUAAUGCAGAGGUCCCUUCCUGACAAUGGGAGUCGGCAACCUCCAGACUAGCUACUGGAAAAUGCAAUGCAAGUUGCGAAUUGCACCAUCUUUGCCACUAUGUUGGUUUUCUGGGCCUUAGAAAGUCUCUCUUCUUGUCCCUGCACAAAUGGUUUCCCUUGUUUUCAUCUCCCUCUGGGGCACAAACGUGGUUUCAUUAAUAAAUUAUCUUAAGCAGAAAUGUUUUAGAAGUAAGAACUGUUAAAAUCAGCAAGGGUUUCUGAGUAAAUAUGGAUAGGCUUGGACUGUGAGGAGAGUGAAGGUUGUACUGGUAUCUAACUGUAACAUGUGACACACAAGUUACACAACUCUUGCAUAAGGUUUUCUUCUGUAGAAUAACAGUGCUUGAAGCUUCUCCUUAUGGUCACACGAAGAGCUGUUGUCUUUAGGAAAUGCUUCAAGUUCUCCCUUUCCCCCAGGAUGCAGAAAAGGAUAGAUUUCCAGUAAUAGAAAUAGCCUGUAUGUUCAUUCCUUGGGGACAAAACCCCCAGAUAAUUCUCCCAAACCUAGGCAAGCGCGCAAGGGGUUCAGCAUCGUUGCAAAACUCUUUCCAUGCCAUAUUGCAAUCUGCUUGAAAAUCCUUUUGCUUUCAAAGUUCCUUGUCAGGUGGAAUGGGCGAUGGGAGGGCUGCCAUUAAAAUAACACAAACCAAGAGCCCUGUUUGGGUAACAAGAUGGAACUGUGUAGGAUGCCAGCAGGCAACUCACAUGGUAAAAAGGUAAAGGAUCCCUGGACGGUUAAUUCUAGUCAAAGGCGACUAUGGGGUUGCGGUGCUCAUCUCACUUUCAGACCGAGGGAGCCGGCGUUUGUCCACAGACAGCUUUCUGGGUCAUGUGGCCAGCAUGACUAAACCGCUUCUGGUGCAACAGAACACUGUGAUGGAAACCAGAGCGCAUGGAAACACCAUUUACCUUCCCGCCGCAGCGGUACCUCUUUAUCUACUUGCACUGGUGUGCUUUCAAACUGCUAGGUUGGUAGGAGCUGGGACAGACCAACGGGAGCUCACUCCGUCAUGGGGAUUCGAACCGCCGACCUUCUGAUCAGCAAGCCCAAGAGGCUCAGUGGUUUAGACCACAGUGCCACCUGCAUCAUAUGGUGUCAAGCAGUAGCCACCCAUAACUACUUGCUGGCCUUGAAGGCAGGAGUGGCGCCAUUGUAGCACAGUGCUCUCAGUCCCCAGCCCCUGGAGCCAUGUCAGAAGGAUGCUAUCGCCAAUGGUAUCAAAAGUCUUGGAGACAUCAAGGAGAAUGAACAGGGCCACACUCCCUCGUCUCUCUCCCAAGAAAUGUCACCAGUCUGGAUGACCAAGGCAGGCUCAGUGCCUUGGGCUUCAAACUAAACUGAAAUUCCCCACUUCAAACUACAUACGGUGUUUUGCAUGAUGGAAUGCUUCUUCAUACAAAAAUAGUUCCAGGUUGCCAAGGGAAAGUGUUCUAACCUGUCUCCCAGCCUGUUUUCUCUAUACAGUGGUACCUCGGGUUACAUACGCUUCAGGUUACAUACGCUUCAGGUUACAGACUCCGCUAGCCCAGAAAUAGUGCUUCAGGGAAAACUCAAGAUCUACCCACACUGGAAGAAUGGCAGAUGCAACUGAUAGACUACAUGGAACUGGCUGAAAUGACCGGCAGAAUCCGUGACCUGGGAGAAGAAAGGAUUGAGGAGGAUUGGAAGAAAUUCAAGAACUAUUUACAAAAAUAUUGCAAUUUGAGUGAAUGCUAAAUAAGAUGCUAGACCAAAAUAACUGAGCACCACUAAAUUUAGAAGUUUUCUAUGAAAAUAAGUAAGACUGUGAAAAUUUAAUUCCCUUUGAAAAUUAUAAGAUUAUGAAAUAUAGAAGCGAUAUAAGAAUUUAAAUAAGAUGAUAAAUUGCUGACAAAAUGUUAUAACGAUGAAAGUGGGAGCGGGAGAUGUGAGGAAGUCCAAAGAAAAUGUGAAAUUAUGUCAAGACAAAGGUCAUAUUGUUUAAUAUGUUUAUUUUUAUUGUAAAACCCAAUAAAUUGCUUUAAAAAAAACAGAAAUAGUGCUUCAGGUUAAGAACUUUGCUUCAGGAUGAGAACAGAAAUCGUGCUCCGGCGGCGCGGCAGCAGCGGGAGGCCCGAUUAGUUAAAGUGGUGCUUCAGGUUAAGAACAGUUUCAGGUUAAGUAUGGACCUCCGGAACGAAUUAAGUACUUAACCCAAGGUACCACUGUUUAGGGAUUUAUUUUUUGGAACAGGGACAAUUAUUUCAUCGUUUGAAAGGUAAUUCCAUCAGCAAGCUGCAGUGGUACAAUCCUGUCACAAGUUGAUCAAUUAGACUUCUGUCGCUUACUCAUUCAUCCUACGAAAACACCCUCUUGUCUGUUCUCAUAGAAUUGAGCACUGAACCUUUCUGAACAUUAGAAAAAACCCAGGUUUGCCAUAACUCCCAGCUGCUGGCUUGAGGAUUUGCCCUCUCUACAUAUGUUCAGUACCAUAUACCCACUGUGAGGAUGGCCAAGGAGAAUUGGCAGUUAGGAAAGACAGAGCCUAGACCAGAAAAAAAAUGCUUGGGUGGUCAAUUCUGCUUUAUGAAUCAAUUCUGAGGUUGCCAGAAUCUAUACCUUUUUCCUACAGAAAUUUGCCUGUGUACCAAAUAGUAUGGGAAACAGCCCUACUAGAAAAAUUAACCAAUAAACUGAAACUGACAUGGGGACAAACAGAAGAAGACGCCUUUACCCCGGUAUGGCUCCCCUUUAUCACAUACACAGCCCAACAAGACAAUGACAAUAAUCCACCAACAGCAUACAAAUCAAUAUGGCUAACCUGAUCCAAAACACCCACCCACCCCACUCACACACGAAAGAAAAAGACUACCACAGCCAAUCACAAACAAACAACCACACCCUAGGACAACCCCAACCUCUCUCACCACCAAAGGAACACAAAUGAACAGCAGGAGCAACGCUGACACCAAACCCUACAUACAUGAAGCAAAAUAGAAACAUCGCCACCCGACCCCCCCCAUCUCCCCCCCCUACCCCUUCCCCCCCCCCCCCAAUGUCUCAACAAAUGAAACUGAUUUGUAAAAAUUUUACAUGGAAAAAAUACAAGAGACAUUACACAUACUUCUGUAAAACAAGAAAAUCUUUAAUAAAAAAAGAAAUUUGCCUGUGAGGGUGACAGGUGCAACACUUGUUUCAGAGAACAGGAAGCCUAGCAGGUAGAGUUAACUUUCUUACUGAAAAGGUAUAUAAGUAUGCAAGAUUCAAGCAGCACAGAACUCAUUAAUCAACAGAAUGGAAAUAUAGCCUUUUCUGAUUAGGCAUACCUGCAAGGAUGAUCUGUAUCCAGGAUACUGGGUUUAUUCUUCUCAUCCAGUCCUAUGGUUUUUAAUCUUUCUGGAUAAAUUGCUUCUGCCAGCGCAAUUGUGGUCGUAAUCUCUUUAUUCUGCCUCCACUUGCUUUAUCUAAUGUAGCAUCAUGCAACGUGAGGCUGAAAAAAACAAAUACUUAUUUAACAGGAAUGUAUAUCCUGCCAUUUGAAUAGAUUCCCAGGAUAGCUUACAAAACUACAGUACAGUGGUACCUUGCUUCUCAAACUUAAUCCGUUCCGGAAGUCUGUUCCAAAACCAAAGCGUUCCAAAACCAAGGUGCGCUUUCCCAUAGAAAGGAAUGCAGAAUGGAUUAAUCCGUUCCAGACUUUUAAAAACAACCCCUAAAACAGCAAUUUAACAUGAAUUUUACUAUCUAACGAGACCGUUGAUCCAUAAAAUGAAAGCAAUAAACAAUGUACUGCAGUCACACAGUCAAUCAAUCAGUAGCUGAACUGGGUUCCACACAGUCACAAAAACAAAACAAAAAAGCCACAAAAACAAAGACGCAAAAUAAAUAGCAAAAAAAGACAGGCCUUAGCGUAACACUCAAAAGGGAAGGGUACCACUCAAAAUGGAGCACAUUCAGCUUCCAAAGAAAGUUUGCAAACCAGAACUCUUAAUUCCGGGUUUGUAGUGUUUGGGUUCCAAGUUGUUUGAGUACCAAGGCGUUUGAGAACCAAGGUACCACUGUAAAACCCUUUUUAAAGCGUAAGCACACUAUAGAUUAAAAGAGGCAGGAUCCAGAAACAGGAAUUGCUCAGGAAUAUCUUGACCAUAUCUGAGCAUGACACAGUCAUAGGAAUAGAGGAUCAGAGUGGAUCAGAUUUAUUGUGUAGCUGACAGACUGUAGCAAAAGAAAAAAUGGACGAUGUUAUUUGAGAAUUACAGAAUUGUCGAGUUGGAAUGGACCACGAGGGUCAAACCCACAACCCUGAGAUUAAGAGUCUCAUGCUCAACUGACUGAGCUUGUUGGACUACAACUCCCGCGAGCCCCAUCUAGCAUGACCAAAGACCAGGGGUGCUGAGAAUUGUGGUCCUACAACAAAUAGCCUUUCUAGUUUGCCUUGACACAGGCGUAUUUCUCUGAAAGGUCUAUACUUACAUUGGCCGCCGAGACCAUAGAACACCGGUCUUGAAAGACCUACAUGGGCUCCCAGGACGUUUCCGAGCACAACUCAAAGUGUUGGUGCUGACCUUUAAGGCCGCCCCCAUCAUUCAGCCUGGAAACUGAGGUCCAGCUCCGAGGGCCUUCUGGUGGUUCCCUCCCUGCGAGGUUACAGGGAACCAGGCAGAGGGACCUUUCGGUAGUGGCAUCCGCCCUGUGGAACGCCCUCCUAUCAGAUGUCAAGGAAAUAAAUGACUAUCUGACUUUUAGAAGAUACCUGAAGGCAGCAACCCUGUUUAGGGAAGUUUUUAAUGUUUGACGUUUUAUCAUGUUUUUAAUAUUCUGUUGGGAGCCGCCCAGAGUGGCUGGAGAAACCCAGCCAGACGCGUGGGGUAUAAAUAAUAAAUUAUUAUUAUUAUUAUUGGAAUACACUUCCUCUCUCCUCCGCUUGUUUCCUCUGCCUGUCUGCCUGCCACCUUUGGGACCCGUGGUCCUGCUUGAAAGGAUGUCUCUAGCACUAAACUUUUCCAGGGAUAAUUGGUCUCCUGCUGUUUCCCUGCUGCUAAGUGAUAGCUUGCUUUUUCUUUUUUUUUCUUUUUUAAUGAUAUUUAUUCCAAAUUUAAAGUUACAAAAAAGAAAAAGAAAAACCAUACAAGAUACAAAGAAAACUUUAGCCAUAACAAAGCAAAAGAUGAACAAGUAAAAAAACCAAUAAGAUAGAAUAAAAAAGAAGACUUAACAAAAAAUAUAAAAAUACAUUAAGUUGAAAUAAAACAAAAGCAGAUUAAACCUUUACAUAGCCUUUUCCCUUUACUUAUUUCCAUGACCUCCUCUCACCUCCCAAUUUUGUAUUCUAGUUCAGAUCGUGUUUCCAGCAAAUCCUUCUAACCUUAUUUUCAUUUACGUAUUUUAAAAUUAAGAUAAUGUAAUUAAACCUCCUCUAUUUCAUCAAUUUCAUCAACUCAUUUUUGCUUAGUCCAUUAUAUCAUAUCUACCAGAACGACCUAAUAUUCUUUUUCCAACCUCUUUCUAACAUUCUUUUAUAUUGCAGUAUUUUUGAAGGUAUAUUUUGAAUUUUUUCCAAUCUUCUUCCAUCGACCCUUCUCUCUGGUCUCGAAUUCUGCCGGUCAUCUCAGCCAAUUCCAUGUAGUCCAUCACUUUCAUCUGCCGUGAUACCUUGCUUUUUCCUAGUGAGAAAACAGAAGCAUCCGCAUUGUGUCCCCGCCCCCCAAGGCAUUUAUUACCCAGGGCACACACAAACGGUCCAUUCUUAGGGAAUUCUGCUUCCACACCUUGAAUCUCCCAGGAUUUCGGAGGUCUGAAACAAUGUCCUUUGCCUGCAGCAGCCUUGUCCUCGUUCCAGAAUUAGCAUGUCUAACACUGCAGUGUUCCCAGUGGGGAUAGGAAGAAUACAAGAGGCAGCAGCAGCAGCAGCAGCAGCAGCAGCAGCAGCAGCAGCAUUCUGCUGCAUGUUUAGCUACUUGGAUGCUUUCCUGAGACACCAUAGCAAAAUUAUCACAGUAUUAUUACCAGUAUCAGGGAGUUGUUGACUGCUGGUGUUUAGAAGGUCGAUCAGAAGGUCGGCGGUUCGAAUCUCCGCGACGGGGUGAGCUCCCGUUGCUCAGUCCCUGCUCCUGCCAACCUAGCAGUUCGAAAGCACGUCAAAGUGCAAGUAGAUAAAUAGGUACCGCUCCGGCGGGAAGGUAAACGGCGUUUCCGUGCGCUGCUCUGGUUCGCCAGAAGUAGUUUAGUCAUACUGGCCACAUGACCCGGAAGCUGUACGCCGGCUCCCUCGGCCAAUAAAGCGAGAUGAGCACCGCAACCCCAGAGUUGGCCACGACUGGACCUAAUGGUCAGGGGUCCCUUUACCUUUACCUAUAAGAUAUCAUCUUAAACCUUAAAAUCCCUCCCUACCUUUCCUUUUUAAGCUUAUUCUGUAAUUGCCGUGUAGCGCUGCAACUGUUUUCGAAAUGCGCGCCUCAGGGAAAACCUCUCAGUAUUGUUGUUUUGUUGUUGUUUUUUUAAAAAAAUGAUAUUUAUUCCAAGUUUAAGAUUACAAAAAAGAAAAGAACAUCCAUACAAAAUAAAAUAAGCAUAUAACAAAAAACAAACAGUGAAAAAGACUUAACAAAAAAUACAAUAAUACAUUACAUUAAAAUAAAACAAAAAUUAAACCUUUACCUAACCUUUUUUCCCUUUACUUAUUUCCGUGACCUCCUCUCACCCCCCAGCUUUGUAUUCUAGUCCAGAUCGUAUUUCCAGCAAAUCCUUCUGAAAAAAAACCUCUCAGUAUUGACUUGUCUCGUCAAGUACCUCCUAUUCAGGACAGUGGGUUCUGGGAGCGCCCUCGGUUUUUGCGGCACAUUGGGGUAGGCCUGUGAGGUCCCACCGUUGCCCUACAUCAGUGAUCACCAAACCUGGCCCUCCAGCUGUUUUGGGACUACAAUUCCCAUCAUCCCUGACCACUGGUCCAGUUUUGGGACUGGAGUUGUAGUCCCAAAACAGCUGGAGGGCCAAGUUUGGCCAUCACUGCCCUACGUGAUAUGAGAGUGCACCUUAGAUCAUGCCCCCUAUUCCCAGUGGCUGCAUAUCAGAAGAACAUCUCGUUGGUAGAAGGCAAGGCAACUCUGGAACACUCUCCUACCAUUUUUGAGCUUUAAAUUGAGAAACCUUGGAUAGUGAAGUCCAGUAUUCGUUAGAACGGGGAGGGACCCCUGUGUUUCUCCAGGUGUUGGACUACAAACCCCAUCACCCCUGGCUAUUGGCUGUGCUAGCUGGGGCUGGUGGGAGUUGUACUACAGUAACAUCUGGAGGGCAAUCAAUUCCCCAUCUCUGCCCUUGAACAUACUGCCAUGUUUUUCAAGCUCUUGGCUUGGAUGCUUGAAGCUUUGAGUCUAGAUCUGAUGGAAUGAUGCAAGGAAAGGUGGACUGCAUUGCUACCAGAUGUUUCACUGUGAAAUCUGUGUGUUGGUUAUUUACCGUAUUUUUUGCUCUAUAAGACUCACUUUUUCCCUCCUAAAAAGUAAGGGGAAAUGUGUGUGCGUCUUAUGGAGCGAAUGCAGGCUGCGCGGCUAUCCCAGAAGCCAGAACAGCAAGAGGGGUUGCUGCUUUCACUGCGCAGCGAUCUCUCUUGCUGUUCUGGCUUCUGGGAUUCAGAAUAUUUUUUUUCUUGUUUUCCUCCUCCAAAAACUAGGUGCGUCUUGUGGUCCGGUGCGUCUUAUAGAGCGAAAAAUAUGGUAACUUAAGUAAUUCUUUAAUCACAUGCUACUGGUGCUCUUUGCAUUGUGUCCUUUCAUUCUUGUUAACAGUGCACGAUGAACACUGAGCCACAAUCUUCUCUAGUCUCAGCCUUCUCCUUUAAUUGUGGACACUUUGCUGCUGAAAUAAAAAAUUAAGGUCUUAUAUAUAUAUAAUAAAUGCUCAUAAAUGUACCAAGCAAACACAUACAUAAAUACAUAAACCACAUGUCUGAAACAGCACAGGAAAACAGCCUGGAAACCAUUUUGACUCCCAAACUGACCAAAUGAUUUCUCUGCAAGGUCAAGGAAAAUGGAAAAGCCUCCCCAUUGUCUUUUCCUUCACAAAUCCUGUCUUAAGGGUAUGUCUGUGUAUGAAUAGGGUGAGCCUGUGACCUGGCUCAGGUACUAAGUAUUUAUCAUUACAAAAGACUGGCCAGGCUCCCCAGGGUAUCCAAUCAAGUGAGCAUUAAGAGGUAACCUGCCAGACAGUAAGCAUUAACAGGUAACCUGUCAGACAGGAUGUAAACAAUGCACUCAGUUUUCUGUUGUGAGCUACACCCUUUUCUGUGAUGUAGGUAUGAUGUGUCUGGGGGUGGUCUUGGACUCCAGGGCGGGCAAUUUAAAAUAUAUAAGGGCGGGCACACCUGGGUUCUGGGUCCUCCGCCUUCUCCUGCGUGUGAAAGGGGCAGCCUGUUGCACAGUUCAAUAAAGAUCAGGCUUAGUAGCUGCUUUACUUCUCAAUAUUCUCUGGUUGGCCUCUGUUAUUUUCUCCAACCAAUGGAGAACCUGCAAAGGACUCUAUAAGGGCUCUUGUGUCCCCCAUAAGGGAAUAAAGGCAGAUUUUCAUUUAUUACACUGCAAAUGUGGCCUUCUAGGUUGUACUCUGCAUUUUUUGUUUUUUUUUAUAAAAAGUCCAAUCCAGCAGCAAGAUCCAGGUACCAAACAAUGGCUUUUGGAAUAAUAGUGUUAGAUGUACACCUAGAUUUUUUUAAAACAACAGCAAACUGUCUCUGAACACAUGCCCAGUCCAUACUAGAAAUGAGUUCAGUCCUUUUGCACAAAACACCCACUUGCGGUUUUUGCCCAAACGUUCUUCGUUUCAGCAGCAUUUAGAAAGAGAGAGCUUUUGUUGCUGCUGCUGCUGGUGCUGUUAGUGAGUCAGAAAUCCUUCCUGUCAGAUGCAGGUUUUCAGAUAGCUUCUGUCUACGCCUUCUCUUCUGAGUAUAUGAGUUGGAAAAUGCUGUCACCAGCACCAGAACAGUGGGGAAAUGAGACAAGAGCAAAGGCAAUAGGCACUCGGUUUUCUGUGGGGAAAAGACUAUUAACCAGGGUUUUUGGAUGGGGCUGAUUUUUCUCUGUUUUGGACACCUUUUGAAUGUCAUUCUACAGAGGAAACUGAAUAACAGCUGUACAUUGGUACCUCAGGUUACAAACGCUUCGGGUUACAAACUCCGCUAACCCGGAAGUAGUACCUCGGGUUACAAACUUUGCCCCAGGAUGAGAACGGAAAUCACGCGGCGGCACAGCAGCAGCGGGAAGCCCCAUUAGUGAAAGCACGCCUCAGGUUAAGAACAGUUUUGGGUUAAGAACGGACCUCCGGAAGGAAUUAAGUUUGUAACCCAAGGUACCACUGUAUAGUGUUUUGUCCCCCCAAACCUGCUAUCUUCCUGUCAAACCCAAAUUUCUGUGACUACCUCCAACAGGGGUGGUCUGAAUAUGCCCCCCAAGCUUUCUGUCCUUCUAUUGGUACUCUCUUAAGAAUGGGAAAAUUCACAACCUGUUCUUCAGUCAACAAUUUUCUUGCUGAUUGGCUUUUCUCGUUUGCCUGUGUUCCAGGGCUAUGAGGAGUGGACACUUCUAGCUUUUGCAAGUGGAGGGGGUGGGAAUGCUUGGGAAGUUGGAAUAUAUGGAAAUUUGAUCCACUCCCCUUUUACAAAUGACUUCGAGUCAUUUAUGUGCAAAUUAUGAAUUGUGCUGAUCCCUCCUUCCAAUUCCUGUGUUCCUGGGAGGACGUGACUUGCUCAAGGCCAUCCUGAACAAAGAAUAAGACCCAGGUUUCCCAGACCAGCAAUCCGGCUAGAACUUGUGGGGGCAUGGAGCCUGGAGGAAAGCAGUUAGAUGAAGGGAAUUUGAAGGAAUAUCUGGGACUUUAGGAUGAGAAAACUUUUUGUUGUGGUGGUGGUUGUGAAUUUCAAUUCUGUACAGUGGUCCCUCAGGUUUAGAACUUAAUUCGUUCUGGAGGUUCGUUCUUAACCUGAAACUGUUCUUAACCUGAGGUACCACUUUAGCUAAUGGGGCCUCCCGCUGCUGCGCGAUUUCUGUUCUUAUCCUGAAGCAAAUUUCUUAACCCGAGGUUCUGUUUCUGGGUUAGCGGAGUCUGUAACCUCAAGCGUCUGUAACCCGAGAUACCACUGUACAUGUGGAUGACUUAGCCCGGCAUAGCCUGCUUUAUUUUUUACUAGGUUCCCUGUGGUCUCCCAAAGUGUGUUAGAAACUGAGAUAUACCGUAUUUUUCGCACCAUAGGACGCACUUUUUCCCUCCUAAAAAACAAGGGAAAAUGUGUGUGCGUCCUAUGGAGCGAAUGCAGGGGGGAGGCAGGCGGGAAAAGCCCCCAAGAGCUGCACACAAGCUCCGUGCGCUCUUGCGGGCUUUUCCACAGGAGGGAGAAGGGACUGACUGGCCGCAUCAGUCCCUUCUCCCACCUCCCAGAAAAGCCAGGAGAAGCCGCGAUCUCUUUAAAGGGGUUGUGCAGCUUCUGCGGGCUUUUGGGAGAGGUGAGGGAAUUCCCCCACCUCCCAGGAAAGCCAGGGGAAGCCGUGCAGCCCUUUUAAAGUGCGCGUGGCUUCUGCCAGUUUUGCGGGAGGUGGGGGAAUUCCCCCACUUCCCAGGAAAGCCAGGAGAAGCCGCGAUCUCUUUAAAGGGGUUGCGCGGCUUCUGCGGGCUUUUGGGAGAGGUGAGGUAAUCCCCCCACCUCCCAGGAAAGCCCUGCGCAGCGUCUCCCGGCAAGGAGAGGCUGCACGGGGCUAAAGGGGAAGCCAAAAUAGCGAGCGGGAUCCAUCCCGCUCGCUGCCUUGGCUUGCUCCAUAGCUGCGUGCAACCCCUCCGGCAAGGAGAGGCUGCACGGGGCUAUGGAUUUCUUUAGCCCUGCGCAGCGUCUCCUGGCAAGGAGAGGUUGCACUGGGCUAAAGAGGAAGCCAAAACAGCGAGCGGGAUCCAUCCUGCUUGCUGCCUUGGCUUGUGCCAUAGCCCCGCUCAACCCCUCAGGCAGGGAGAGGUUGUGCGCAGCCUGUACGCUGCUCUUUGGGGCUGGGGGGGAAUAUUUUUUUUCUUGAUUUCCCCCCCUAAAAACUGGGUGCGCCCUAUGGUCCGGUGCGCCCUAUGGUGCGAAAAAUACGGUAUAAUCUAAUCGCCAAAUGGCACCCUAAACCUGGCCUGCGAUCACCACAAUGGAAUGUCUAGGCACCAUAUCCUCCCCCUGAUUGUAAUGAAUAAUAACAAUAAUUUCAUUUCUAUACUACUUUAUAUUUUAAAGAACAAAUCUCAAAGCACAUUAAAACAUCAAAUAAAAGAACCCAGAAUAAAACUGAUUCAGGCUUCAAGGAAAAUAUUUCAGAUCCUUCUCUAGGUGACAUUUUGCUUUCCCCAGUCACCAGCCUGGCACUCAGAGAUCUCUACGUGGGCGCGAUUGGACCCGCACCAGUCGCAAAACAUGCCUGGCGCCUGGCUGAUUCUGAACACCGGUUAAAUGUCCAAAACCCGAAAUUCCUGUUCAGGAGCUCUUAGCAGUUAGGAACUCCUUAGUCUGUGCAGACUCAAAUCAAAUCUAAAAGGAGUCCUUGCAGCAUUAGCUAAAGACACUUGCUAUCCAGCAUUCUUCCUAAGAACACCAGCAAUUGUGGUCUAAAUUCCUUCCUACGUCUGCAUAUAUACCUCUAGAGAGAAGAUCAAACGACUCCAUUUUAGAAGCAAGCCAGGUACAGUGGUACCUCGGGUUAAGUACUUAAUUCCUUCCAGAGGUCUGUUCUUAACCUGAAACUGUUCUUAACCUGAGGUACCACUUUAGCUAAUGGGGCCUCCUGCUGCCGCUGUGCCACUACCGCACGAUUUCUGUUCUCAUCCUGAAGCAAAGUUCUUAACCCGAGGUACUAUUUCUGGGUUAGUGGAGUCUGUAACCUGAAGUGUAUGUAACCUGACGUGUAUGUAACCUGAAGCGUAUGAAACCCAAGGUACCACUGUACUAAUAUUUGCCCAGGUGUCUGAGGUCUGGGCAUGCGUCCAGGGCUGCUGUUUCGUUUGUGCAGCAGAUAUCUGCUUGCACAACAAAACUCUUCCCUCUCCUGCAGCCCCUCCCCCAAAUAACCUCAAAAUUUGCUCCAGAGGGUGGGGUGACCCUUUGGAGCAGAUUGUGGGGGACUGGGAGCAAAGGGAAGCCCCAUUGCAUGAGCAGAACUCAGCUUACACAUGCAGCCCUUAGUCUUUCUACACACUUGCAUUUUGGGGUUUCAGAUUCCAGAUUCCAGGCCAGAGUGUAUAAUUUGUAAUAGAGUUUGAGACCUGAAAUGAUACGCACUUUGCUUUGUCUUAACUAGUCCGUUUUAUGAGUAAUUGCCACAAUUUAUCCAGAGGUAGAAACAUCGGUGUGAACAAGAGAAUUAGGCUGAUUCCAGAGGCAGUGAAUAAAAUUAAUCUCUGAACAUGGUCUGAUGAUACAGUGCUUCCUUUGACACUCCUCCGUAAAAAGAAUAAAAAUAGGAGAUACUGUUUAGCAUUAGUGUGUGUGUGUGUGUGUGUGAGAGAGAGAGAGAGAGAGAGAGAGAAAGAUGCUCUUCGUGUGACAUAGGAAAAAGCUUAACUCUCUAAUCCCUGCAGAGCAGGUUACAAAAUAGCAUUUAAAUCUCCAGGAGAUUUCGUGCCCCACCACUGCCUAACUCUGGCAGCCUGGGUGACAUUUGAAGGCUCUAGGCAGCUUUAAAUAAUGGGAUGCUGAUGAUUUAUUUCCCUUUCUUCCCCCGGGUUGGCAUGUGCCUUAUAUUUAGGCACAGACUCUGGCUUCUGGGACAGUUCUGCUGAUAAGCCAAAAUUUUCUACCUUUACUUCCAGGCUUUUCGGGGCAACCCUCCCAAGCCCCCCCCCCCCCCCAAGCAUUGCAAUCUAAGAUGGCUUUGUGGACUUUCCUUUCCAUGUUUACAGGUUGAGAAAAUGCAUCUGCUGAGGUGCAAAAAUCUGACCAGGCCUCAGCAUCAAAGGAGCCCAGAGCCCCUCUGCCUGGUGCUUUUCCCACUCAGCACCUAAGGCAGUUAUUUAAACAUAAACAAAGCACCAAUGACUUAGCAUAAUUUAGGGCUGCAUCUGCAGAUCCUGGGCUUGAUUUUCCAGAAGCUCUGUGUCUCAUGUGGCAAUUGCUAGAUCUGCACUUUCUAUAACAUGUACCUGGCCAAGAUGCGAGGUUCAUUGUGAUUUAUUGUACAGUGGUACCUCGGGUUAAGAACUUAAUUCGUUCUGGAGGUCCGUUCUUAACCCGAAACUGUUCUUAACCUGAGGUACCACUUUAGCGAAUGGGGCCUCCCACUGCAAUUUCUGUUCUCAUCCUGAAGCAAAGCUCUUAACCCGAGGUACUAUUUCUGGGUUAGCGGAGUCUGUAACCUGAAGUGUCUGUAACCUGAAGCAUCUGUAACCCGAAGUACCACUGUAUAGCUGUAGUAGUGCUGUGAUUGGUGGCAUGAGAGCUAGGACAUCUACCAGAUUACUCAGACUAUCAGCUUCUUUCUUUCUUUCUUUCUUUCGCAAAUUUUCUGGCUAAAGGCUGAUAAGGUGGACCACAAGCUUAACAUGAGUCAACAAUUUGAUGCAGCAGCAAAAAAACAGGCAAAUGCUAUUCUAGGCUGCAUCAACAGAUGUAAUAAUACAGUGGUACCUCGGGUUACAAAGACUGUGGGUUACAAACUCUGCUAACCCGGAAGUAAUACCUCGGGUUACAAACUUUGCCCCAGGAUGAGAAUGGAAAUCGCGCCCCGGCGGCAGGCCCCAGUAGCGAAAGCACACCUCAGGUUAAGAAUGGUUUCAGAUUAAGAACAGACCUCUGGAACGAAUUAAGUUCGUAACCUGAGGUUACGAACACCCUGCAAUAGCACCACUCUGUUAUGCCUUGGUCAGACCACACCUGGAAUACUGUGUCCCAUUCUGGGUGCCACAAUUUGAGCAGGUUGUUGACGAGCUGAAACGUGUGCGGAGGAGGUCAGCUAGGAUGAUCAAGAGUCUAGAAGCUAAGCCUUAUGAGGAACGUUUGAAGGAGCUGGGUAUGUUUAGCCUGGAAAAGAGGAGACUGAGAGGAGAUACGAUAGCCAUCUUCAAAUAUAUCAAGGGUUGUCACAUGGAAGAUGGAGCAAGCUUGUUUGCCCCUGCUCUGGAAGGUAGGACUUGAACGAACGGCUUUAAGCUAAGGGGAAGGGGAUUCCGACUAAACAUCAGAAAGAGCUUUCUAACAGUAAAUUCUGUUUGAUAGUGGAAAGGUCUCCCUCGAAAGGUUGUGGGGUCUCCUUCCUUGGAGGUUUUUCAGCAGAGACUGGAUGGCCACCUGUCAUGGAUGCUUGAGCUGAGAUUCCUGCACAGAAAGAAAACAUAACAACAACAACAACAACAACAACAACAACAACAACAACAACAACAACAACAAUAAUUUAUUUGUACUGCGCCCAUCUGGCUGGGUUUCCCCAGCCACUCUGGGCCGCUUCCAACAAAGAUUAAAAAUACAUUAAAAUGUCACACAUUAUAAACUUCCCUGAACAGGGCUGCCUUCAGAUGUCUUCUAAAUGUCAGGUAGUUGUUUAUCUCUUUGACAUCUGAUGGGAGGGCUUUCCACAGGGCGGGCGCCACCACUGAGAAGGCCCUCUGCCUGGUUCCCUGUAACUUUUCGCAGUGAGGGAACUGCCAGAAGGCCCUCGGAGGUGGACCAGGCUGGAUGAUGGGGGUGGAGACGCUCCUUCAGGUAUACUGGGCCGAGGCCAUUUAGGGCUUUAAAGGUCAGCACCAACACUUUGAAUUGUGCUCAGAAACGUACUGGGAGCCAAUGUAGAUCUUUCAAGACCGGUGUUAUGUGGUCUCGGCGGCCGCCCCCAGUCACCAGUCUAGCUGCUGCAUUCUGGAUUAGUUGUAGUUUCCGAGUCACCUUCAAAGGUAGCCCCACAUAGAGUGCAUUGCAGUAGUCCAAGCAGGAGAUAACAAGAGCAUGCACCACUCUGGCGAGACAGCCUGCCGGCAGGUAGGGUCUCAGCCUGCGUACCUUGGGGUCCCUUCCAACUCUACGAUUCUGUGAUUCUAAGCUUGUGUAAGUGUGAGAGAGAGACAGAGAUAGACAGAGGAGUCACAUAUUACAGCUUCUUCUGAGAAUGACAUCUCUCCAGUUCCCAGGAGGGGUUGUGCUAGCAUGGAAAAGGUCGGGGGGAGGAAGGCAGUAGACGAAUGUAGCAUACAAAGGUGUCAUCAUGUACGUGUGGUCCCAGUCAGCAUGGGAGGUAUGGCUCACGCUUCUCUCUAUUCAAAACUGGGGUUCUCAGACUGUGGUCUAUAGACCAUCAGUGGUCUGCAGACUUCAUUCAGGCGACCCGCGGCAGUUCUGUAGAUUUCUGGUUGAAUAUUCCACCACAUGGAAUAUUCACAUAGCUGUCAACGUUUCCCUUUUUAAAAGGGAAAUUCCCUUAUUCCGAAUAGGAUACCUUGCAAGAAAAGGGAAAAGUUGACAACUAUGAAUAUUCAUAGUGAUUUUUAGUUUCAUGGCUGCUUUUAAAUUGUAACACAGUAAGAUACAAUCUAUGAGGAAUAAAAGAAGCCAUUAAAGACAUCGCAGAAGAUCGUGCAGCAUCUAGCACGGUGUGUCACUAUUGCUAAAACAGGCAGAAAAAUCAUGAUUUGGUCCACCGAGACCCCUCACCCAUUUUCAAGUGAUCUGUGGGAGAGGGUGGAGACGUUUAAUAACCCCUGAUUGAAAAGCAUUUAUAAUCUUCUUAAUAUUUUUAAAUCUCUAAGCCGUAUACAAUAUCUUUUAAAAAUGAUAACAGCAUCAUUAAAAACAAAAAUACAACCUGAAGCCAAUAAAACUACGAUAAAAGCAUCUAAAAACAAAACAAAACAAAACAGGAUAAAAGCAUCUAAAAACAUAACAAAAACAUAAGCAUCUAUGGUUAGCCCGCCAUAGAUUUUAUGUAAUGAGUUAUAAUCUGAAGGGUAUAAAUCAUAAACUAAACUAAACUGCGUCGCUUAGCAGCCUUCUGCAUUGCAUUGUUUUCAAGAAGGCAGAUUCACACUCUGAUUCCUGACUGCAUCUGGAGACACUUCUUUGAAGAACCUGAUGGAUCUAACAGGACGAGCCAUUAGCAUUGUUCCCUUAUUCAUGUUCCCUACUGCAAUUCUGAGGGCAUUCUGUUCUUGGCCUCUUCUCUUUUUGGAAGAGAGCUUGAGGCACCCUGCGUCCUCAGUCACAUCACAGAUUUUCAUAUUGCUUUGGGUUCACCCGUUUUGCUCCCUGUCAGGCUGCGGAUGACUCAUAGAUCAUUUCUGCUGCGCACACUUGCUCUCUUGUCUUGCGGCAGAUCAGUGCCCAAGUUAAUCUUGUCCUCUGUGUUGUGGAAAUUAAUGCCAAGGGUUUGCAUGUACAAUAUAUGUCAGGACGUGAGGCUCUCCUGGCUUGCAGUUCAGAGCCAUUUUUAGAUCGUAAUCUGCUUGCGAAGCGCCAAAUUGCCUAUUUUUGCUUGUGCAGCUACAUAAGGCACCAUGCAUGUGGAUAACCUGUGAUAAUUUGCCAGGUCCCAAACGCCUGACUUGUGGGCAGUGUUAGAAACUCUGAUAUACAGUGGUACGUCGGGUUACAUAUGCUUCAGGUUACAUACGCUUUGGGUUACAGACUCCGCUAACCCAAAAAAGUACCUCGGGUUAAGAACUUUGCUUCAGAAUGAGACCAGAAAUCAUGCUCCGGUGGCACCAGGAGGCCCCAUUAGCUAAAGUGGUAGUAAAGGUUAAAAAUAGUUUCAGGUUAAGAACAGACCUCCAGAACGAAUUAAGUUCUUAAUCUGAGGUACCACUGUACAGUGGUACCUCUGGUUACAGAUGCUUUGGGUUACAAACUCUGCUAACCAGGAAGUGGUUGCUCCAGGUUAAAAACUCCAAGAUAAGAACAGAAAUCGCAUGCCAGCGGUGCAGUGGCAGCAGGAAGCCCCAUUAGUGAAAAUACGCCUCAGGUUAAGAAUGGUUUCAGGUUAAGGACGGACCUCUGGAACGAAUUAAGUUCUUAACCUGAGGUACCACUGUAUAAGCUAGGUACCAAACGGCUCCUUAAACCGGAGUUAACAGUUGUCUAAACGGAAUGCUUAGUUGCCAUUUUUGGAUCAGACGGCUCAAAAGUCCUAUUUUUUCAAGACGACUUGUUGCUUCCUGAAAUUCAUCCUGAUUGUGCAGAUAAAAUAUAACAGACAGAAUUCCACAGGAUGUGUUGCUAGUGUGUGAAAACAGUCAAGAUCCUGGCAUCCCCAGGUAGGCAUCUCCAAAUGGUGGCGACAUCAGGUGCCAACCUAAUGGUACCUGGGUAUCUUGGUCGCACGUAGCCGAUAGCCACGUACAAAAUGUGCCUGGUGCCUGACGAAUUUUGAGCGCUGCUUGUGGGAUGUGAGUCUUGGGGGACUCAAGGGAACCUCUGUCUCAAAAUUAUCAUGGUCUGGAGAUCUGAUACAAAGCUUCAGAAAAAAGUAUGGUUUUCUUGACUUGUUCCACUUGAAAUAGCAGAAGCUAAGGAAUGUACGACUUCAUUUGCCCGCUAAAUAUAUAAACAUUAUUCACUUCAUCCACUCCAGUAGAACACCUAAUAAAGCCACUUUCCUUAAACCAUUUUCUUCAAUUAUUUAAAAAAAUGCCUUAGGCCAAUGGGCUUUCGAUUCUGCCUCCUGUAUCUGUGAUAGUUUUGGUUGAUUUUUAAUUGUUUGUUUUCUACGUAAGAGCAUACAUAAAUCACCAACGGGCAAGAGGAAUAUCGUGGCAGUGUGUGAUAAAAUAAUUAAAACAUAAUAAAAUGGGAAAAUGGUAACACGGGGCAAAUAACCAGCCCUGAAUAAAACUCAACUUUCUGUCAAAUUAACUCUCUAAUUGUUAACGUUGAGGUCUGUUUAUUGUAUUUUGUAGCUUAUUCUUUUUGCCGCAAGAUUCUUUGAGGACUUUUUUUUUUAGAAAGACGUGAUAAAUGUCUUAAUUAAAACCACCAUCUGGGCAGGUUGGGCAAUAUACUCUUCAACCAGGCCUUGGCUGAUUAAUAUUCUACAGCCUUUAAAACGUGUUUGUGGAAGGAGAGGUUGUUUUGUUCCGUUGUUUCUGUUUUAACUAUUUAUUUGUGCUUUUGUCUUGUAUUUUUGUCUUGUGAACCACCCUGGGAUCUUUUGAUGAAGAGUGGUAUAUAAAUCUGAAUAAUAAUAAUAAGUAGUAGUAGUAGUAGUAGUAGUAAGGUAAAGGGACCCCUGACCAUUAGGUCCAGUCGUGACCGACUCUGGGGUUGCGGCGCUCAUCUUGCUUUAUUGGCUGAGGGAGCCGGCGUACAGCUUCCGGGUCAUGUGGCCAGCAUGACUAAGCCGCUUCUGGCGAACCAGAGCAGCGCACGGAAACGCCGUUUACCUUCCCGCCAGAGCGGUACCUAUUUAUCUACUUGCACUUUGACGUGCUUUCAAACUUCUAGGUUGGCAGGAGCAGGGACCGAGCAACGGGAGCUCACCACGUCGCGGAGAUUCAAACCGCCGAUCAGCAAGUCCUAGGCUCUGUGGUUUAAUCCACAGCACCACCUGCGUCCCACAAUAAGUAGUAGUAGUAGUAGUAGUAGUCAAAGGAAAGGUUGGCCUUUUUCUUUUCUUCCUUGAUGUGCUGGCUUUCAAUGUACAAGGACCCUUGUAUGGUGAAGCCAUACAGUCAUGAGAGUCUCGUUCCAAAGCGACACAACCCAGCCAGAUGGGCGGGGUAUAAAUAAUAAAAUUAUUAUUAUUUAUUAUUACACAGCUUUGCUUCCUCCGUCUGAUCGGUUUUCUUCAUCCUCUACGUUAUGAGUGUUCUCAGAACCAAGUUCCCACAUGCACAACUAACAUGUUUGUUCUGCGGAGGUGUCCCCUUAGGCAGCCUUUCUCAACCUGUGGGUCCCCAGAUAUUGUUGAACUAUAACUCCCAUCACCCCUUGCUAGCAAGGCCAGAGCUCAGGGAUGAUGGGAGUUGUAGUCCAACAACAUCUGGGGACUCACAGGUUGAGAACCGCUGCUUUAGAGUACAGUGGUACCUUGGUGCUCGAACGGCUUGGCUCCUGAACAAAUUGGCUCCCGAAUGCUGCAAACCCGGAAGUAAGUGUUCCAGUUUGUGUACAUUUUUCGGAAGCCAAACUUCCGACGCGGCUUCCGAUUGAGUGCAGGAAGCUCCUGCAGCCAAUUGGAAGCCACACCUUGGUUUUCGAAUGGUUUCAGGAGUCGAAGGGACUCCUGGAAUGGAUUAAGUUCAAGAACCAAGGUACCGCUGUACUAGUGUUCUGAAUGCCAAGCAAGUAAUAAGCAGCUGAUUUGCCUUUCCUGUUCCCUCCGGCUAAUUAAAAUGUGGACCUUAGAGAGCAAAGCCAUCUUGUAUACAUGUCCUAUAAUGUCUUGCUGCUCUGACCUUUCCUUGUGUCUUCUCUGAUUCCCUCACAGACUAUGCAAGCUGCGAGAUGUCCCACGGACGAACUCUCCUUAAGCAACUGUGCGGUGGUCAAUGAAAAGGACUUUCAGUCUGGCUUGUAAGUUUUGGUGGUUAUUAUCCUCACACAUUAAUGGAGAAUUUGCCUUUUCUUGCGGUGACUGGGGGGAAAUAAUUUACAGGAACCUACUGUUUCCUAGAGCCUUUAGUAGCUCAUCUCCAGAGUAUUGCAGGAUGUUGUCUGGGCUGGUUGGGCAAUAUAUUGCUCCCAGGUUCCGAUCCCCUAAAGGUGGAAUGUUGCCAAAAAACAGUCAUUCAAAUGUUGUUGUUUUAGAUUGCUUCUCUUACUAGAAUAGAAGGCACUUCAUGAAUUAAUGACAUAAAUCUAAAACAAUUACCUGCUCCAAGCAAUAAACCAAUGAAAAAUGCAGCCUGAGCCUCAUAAAAGUGGAACACUCAUAACCUGCCAGCCAGAGGGCAUAGUAAAAAGCUUUCAGGUGCAAAUGUGUGUUUAUGUUUCCUGAAAGCGAACAAUUAAGCAUUUGCAGUUUCAUUAGUCUAAAGGUCUACCGCUCAGAAUGGCUCCAAUCUCUUCUAGUGGAGAUUUGAGGUGGCGCCUUUUGUUAGGAACGAUUCCGCUUUGCAGAAGGCAAUGCCACACCAAAAAUGUUCCCUGAGAGACAUAGGUGCCUCUAACCCAGUUACAGCUGCCUGUGUGAUGUGAGAAUGUGACUUGGAGGCACAGAGAAUGCUUGGACACAACACUGCAAAUUUCAUGAGUCUCGCCCCCUCACAGACCUCUGUCCUUUAUUGUCUAAUGUUGUAAACAAAAUCUGCCCUUUCCCCCUUAUGGGGUAUCCAAGAGCCCAUAUAGAGUCCUUACGUGGGUUCCCUGUUGGUAGGAGAAAAUAACAGAGGCCAACCAGAGAAUAUUGAGAAGCAAAACAGCUAGUAAGCCUGAUCUUUAUUGAUCUGUUGCAACAGGGUGUUCCCCUCACACACAGAAGGGGAGGAGGACCCAGAACCGAGGUGUGCCUGCCCUUAUAUAGACAUUUUAAAUUCCCUGCCCUGGAGCUCAAGACCACCCCUCCAUACAUCAUACAUACAUACUACAGAAAAGGUGGCCUACAACAGAAAUUUGAAUGUUGUUGUUUUUCCUGUUUACCAGGUUAUCUGAUAAUGCCUUAUCUGAUUGCCUUUCCUGGUAGUCUGUCACCCUUUGAGAUGGUGAUUUCCCAAUUCUUGAGACAAUGGAAAGGCUCCCUGACCCCCUCCCUCCUUGCAGAGAAAACAUUUGGUCAGUUUGGGAGUCAAAAUGGUUUCAAGUCGGUCUUCCUGUGCUGGGUUGUACGUGCUUGGUUGGUACAUUUAUGAACAUAUAUAUAUAUAUAGGGACGUGGGUGGCACUGUGGGUUAAACCACAGAGCCUAGGACUUGCUGAUCAGAAGGUCGGCGGUUCGAAUCCCCGCGACAGGGUGAGCUCCCGUUGCUCGGUCCCUGCUUGUGCCAACCUAGCAGUUCGAAAGCACGUCAAAGUGCAAGUAGAUAAAUAGGUACCGCUCCAGCGGGAAGGUAAACGGCGUUUCCGUGCGCUGCUCUGGUUCGCCAGAAGCAUCUUAGUCAUGCUGGCCACAUGACUCGGAAGCUGUACGCCAGCUCCCUUGGCCAAUAAAGCGAGAUGAGUACCGCAACCCCAGAAUCGGCCACGACUGGACUUAAUGGUCAGGGGUCCCUUUACCUUUACCUAUUAUAUAUAUAAGACCUUAAAUUUUAUUAUUACACUAACAAGAAGGAGUGUGAUGGGCAUCAGCAGUUCCCCCCCAUGGGGGGGUAGUAAAACACGGAAGGUGAGAGCUAGCUAAUUUCUCACCUUAAAAUGAGAAGAAUUGUGUCUGCACCUUUUGUCUCGUACCUCGGGUUCUACAACAGCUAGAGACGCCUUUGUUUUUUAAAAUGAAAGCUGGGAAUCUGGGAGUUACGUUUCACCCCCCCGGGGGGGGACUGUCCUCCCUCGCCCCACUGUGGGCGCUCAGCACCAACUCCUCCUUCUGUGGCGACAGCGAGGUAUCAGCUGGGACCUCGUAACAUUGCCGAUUGUGCAACCAUGUAUGUUCAUCAGUGCUGAGAAAUGUACAUCGUUCUCCAUCACAGUCUCAUUUGUAGCGACUACAUGGAUGGUUUUUCUUCAGCACCUGUCACAUUUGGGAUUAGAAAGGCCCGUGUGGAGGGAGCGUGGUGGCGGAAAAGACGAGGACGCUCCCAUGGUAACCGGUGUAAGGGAUGGGAAACUCUGCUUUCUCUGUACAUUAGUGAGAGAACACUGUUUAUGGCACUCUUCCUUAUGAGUCAGUGGAGACAUGUGUAUGUACAUUUGUGGCUUCCUUUGAGUUCCCAGGUUUUCUCUGCAACCGUGAAGACUGACAUUCACAUUUCAUUUAUACUGCAGACCAACGCUGGUAAAAUCCCUGAAACAGAUAUUUGCCCUGCAGAAAACUACCUGCUCAGGCACGCCCUAAAGCUGAAACCUGUGUGGAUUGGAUACAGAUUAUGGGCUCAACCACGAUUCCACUUGUCCUGCGAUUUCCAGUCACGGGUCCGAGACUUUUUAAUCUUUUUUUGUCCUGCCGCUUUCCCCAGGAAAACCCGCUGUUUACUACUGAAUCGAGGAAAAGAUAUUGAUCAGGUUUUCUGCAGGUUUGUCCUGAUUCAGCAGUAACCAGCAGGUUUAACCGUGGAAAAGCGGCGGAACAAGAAAAAAGAAACCCCCUCAGAUCUGUGAAAAGAAAUCACAGGAGAUGUCCUCAUGAGUUUGUUGCAUUUUGUUCCCAUUGAAAUCGGUGGGGCUUAAGUUAGUCACGACUAACUUUUCUGAAGGAUUUUAAUAGAGUCACCAUGCAGAUAGUUUGGAUCCCAGCCUUGUAAGCUAUAUGGAAUUCCCUUAUUCUUUCUUGAAUGUGCAUAUCCUUGAGGGAAGAACUGUGUAGCAGGAAGCUGCCCUGUCCUCCUGGGUUGUACACCGUCACUUGUUCUGCUGCUAGAUCUGAGGGGAAGAGCCCUUCCCACGUGGGAUUGCUCUUUUAUCAAGGGCAAGGCGGCCAGAACGGACACCGGUUGCUCUUCUUGACAGCCAGAAUCUGCAUGAGAAAAGCUAUAUAACUGUGACUUGAAGAACAUGUUCUCUGUGUUGGGAUGCUUCCAAGGAAGCGGGGGCAUUUGGCAGGAAUAUUGUAACAAUCUGAGGGUCUUUUGGGCCAAGGGAAACUGCUUUAUACUGAAUCAGACUGUCGGCCCAGCCAGCUCGAUAUUGACUGACUACAUUCUGCCGUGCUGAAGAUGGAUUUCAUGAAACAGUGGGUAUAUCUGGAAUCACGGUUCACUACGUCUUCUUGCGGACCACUUCGGCAGCGUUGGACAUCAUAAAAACAAAGCUUUAAGGCUUGUUUUCAUCAGAUAAGAAUCUGACCUGUUGCUUCUUUCAGAGACUUGCAUAGUUUACAAAGACUUUCAGAGACUUAUAAGACCUAUGUUAAAUUGGCUCUAUGUUUAUUUCAUAUAUUUCAUAUUGUUCAAUGUUUUGUAUAGAUUAUAUAAAGAGCUUACAUUGAUAUUGCGUUGUUGUACUUGGUCAUCGUGUUGCCUUGGAUAUUACUUAUCAGGAUUUCAGGCAGGGUUCUCUCCCAGCACUACCUGGGAGAUGCCAAAGAUUGAUGCUGGAACUUUCUGCCUGGGGUGUAGCAAUCCUUGUCCAUUUCUCUUCCCCCUUCCAGGCAUGUAGUUGUGAAGACCUCCCCGAACCACAAAUACAUUUUUACGCUAAGAACUUACUCCUCCGUUGUCCCAGGCAGCAUCGCCUUCAGUUUACCACAGGUAUGUUUUUGACUGUUUAUUGCUUGAUUGGCCAAGAGUGAAAUGGAACUUCAUACUAAAAGCUAUGGCUGUGUAUUGUUUUUUUAACCCACAAAAAUGCAAAACCUGCAUAUUAAAGUUGGCUUCCCAGGGACAUCUGGUCAGUCACUGUUGGGGAGUCAGAGUGUUGGACUUGGAAGCACCUUUUGGUCUGAUGUGGCAAGGAAGAAGAAGAGUUUGGAUUUGAUAUCCCGCUUUAUCACUACCCGAAGGAGUCUCAAAGCGGCUAACAUUCUCCUUUCCCUUCCUCCCCCACAACAAACACUCUGUGAGGUGAGUGAGGCUGAGAGACUUCAGAGAAGUGUGACUAGCCCAAGGUCACCCAGCAGCUGCAUGUGGAGGAGCGGGGAGUCGAACCCGGUUCACCAGAUUACGAGUCCACCGCUCUUAACCACUACACCACGCUGCGGAAAGCAAGAUUGUUUAAGAGUAGAGAGCCAUGAAGUAUCUCUUAUCUCAUUCCUCAGAAAGGAUGGCUGCUGUCAUGUGAUGCAUCCCAUCAGUCAGCUGCUCCGAGACCAUAUAACACCGGUCCUGAAAGACCCACACUGUCUCCCAGUAUGUUUCUGAGCACAAUUCAAAGUGUUGGUGCUGACCUUUAAAGCCCUAAACGGCCUCGGUCCAGUAUACCUGAAGGAGCGUCUCCACCCCCAUCGUUCAGCCCGGACACUGAGGUCCAGCUCUGAGGGCCUUCUGAUGGUUCCCUCGCUGCGAGAAGUGAGGUUACAGGGAACCAGGCAGAGGGCCUUCUCAGUAGUGGAAUGCCCUUCCAUCAGAUGUCAAGGAAAUAAACAACUAUCUGACUUUUAGAAGACAUCUGAAAGCAGCCCUGUUUAGGGAAGUUUUUAAUGUUUGAUCUUUUAUAGUGUUUUUAGUAUUCUGUUGGGAGCUGCCCAGAGUGGGCAGGGUAAUAAUAAUAAUAAUAAUAAUAAUAAUAAUAAUAAUAAUAAUUUUGGCCUUCUGCUUGGAUCCCCUGCCAUGGCUUCAGCCCUCUUAAACACAAGCAAUGCGGAACAGAGGGUUAUAGCUUCCCUGGGAAAGCAGUGCUGCUGCUAAAUAAUCUCCCAGUGAUCUGGUACAGUACUUGCAAAUCUCCACUGUAGCGCCAGCAUCGCUGGAUAUUUAGCAGCAACACUUUGCAGUGUGUGAUUAAUCUCCUUGGCUUCCCUGAACCUCCUGCAGUGUCAGCAAACACUUUGAACCUGUGAAUCAAGUGCAGCCUAGCUUGGGGAGUGAACUGCUAGAUGAGAUUUUUCCUUUCCUCUUUCAACAAAACAGCAAAAGAGGAAUAGCCUACAGGGCUGUGAAUUGCAAAAGAGGAUUUUCUCUCUGUUUUUUCUUUUUUUAUUCAACAACUCUGUAAGGGUGCUUGCUUGGGAGACCAGGCUGCAAAUCUUUGUUUCUGUCUCUGACUCAUCUGGAGGUGUUAUGGAAAACCUCUGUUCCCCUGCCUUGAGGAGUGAGGAAGAUAAAGAUGAACCACCAUGAGGAGAUCAUGUUCCUAAUCAAAAGGCUUAGAUGGGUCAGGCUAAAUAGCAAUCUGAAUAAAACUACUAAGUUUCUAAUACAGCUAGGCAUUUUGCAAAAAAUUAAAAUCGAGAUCCUGUUCACAAGCUUAUGCCGGUAAUCAAAGCAAUCAACAGAGAGGAAGAAAAAACCUGGAGAGGAAUCUAAAAAUAUAGAUUGUGUUGGCAAGUGCUAACUGAAAGAAGUAGGUUUUGAGACACCUUCUUAAAGUGGGUGGCAUUGAACAGAUUGGAUCUCCCCAUUUCAAAUGUAGGGAGCUGUUGGCAGAAAUGCACACAGUUCAGAAACGGAAGUGGAAAUUUCUGGUUCAUAAAGCAUGCAUGCAGAGUUCGAGGCGAGAACAAGUUGAAAGAUAAGGACAUAGUUCACUUUAAAGUUAAUUAGCAGUGCUUUAAACAGAAUGAAGAGAGGGCUCCCUGGAAAAGACCCUGAUGUUGGGAAAGAUGGAGGGCGCAAGGAGAAGGGGACGACAGAGGACGAGAUGGUUGGACAGUGUUCUCGAAGCUACCAGCAUGAGUUUGACCAAACUGCGGGAGGCAGUGGAAGACAGGAGUGCCUGGCGUGCUCUGGUCCAUGGGUCACGAAGAGUCGGACACGACUAAACGACUAAGCAACAAUAAACAGAAUAUGAUAGGGGUUCAGUGGUCAGUGCAACAAUGGAGUGGCAUAAUCCGUGCUAUGGAUUCGCAAACCAAGUUGAACAAAUGUGGCUACGAAAUCGCUUGAGACCUACUUGCUUGCUUGGCAUUGCUCUCUUCCUCAGCAGGCUAGAGGCAAAAACACUUCAAAAGGCAGGGGACCUGCAUAUAAUACCUAGCUUUUAUAAGGCACUUUAGCAUAUUCAGAACACAUCACAUUAUCUUUUUGUUUGUCCAAACAACAACCUUGUAUGGUAGGCCAGUGGUCUCACCCCCCCCCCCCCCGGUUGCGUAUAGGGUGGGGUAUUUGGGAGAUGGCUGUCAAAGUAAAGAGCUGUGACAGCGACUUCUUGACAUUAGCUCAAACUUUUAGCCACUAUGCUGUCCAGACUCUCAUACAGGCUAUAGUCAUGUGAAUGUCAUAAACUCUUAUUGAGGAUAUGACCUGUAGCAUGCUUGCGAAAAAUUGCAUAUCCUUCCUCCAGCUUUGAAAUUUUGUUUUUAGUUGUGACGAAGAGAUGUUUUCCCCCCUAGCUCCUAUAUCUAUCUAUCUAUCUAUCUAUCUAUCUAUCUAUCUAUCUAUCAUCUAUCUAUCUAUCUAUCAUCUAUCAUCUAUCAUCUUUUUGUUCUCUUUCAGAGAAAAUGGGCUGGGCUUUCUAUCGGGCAAGACAUUGAUGGUAAGUUUUUCCUGUAAGUUUGUUUAUGGUACAGUCGUACCUUGGAAGUCGAACGGAAUCCAUUCCGGAAGUCCGUUCGACUUCUGAAAUGUUCGAAAACCAAAUCACAGCUUCCAACUGGCUGCAGGAAGCUCCUGCAGCCAAUUGGAAGCCGUGGAAGCUCCAUCGGACAUUUGACUUCCCAAAGAACAUUUGAAAACCGGAACAGUCACUUCCAGUUUUCGAUUGUUCGGGAGCCGGAACGUUCGACUCCCAAUGUGUUCGGUACAACUGUAUAUAACUUUGUUUUUCUAAAGGUAUUUGUAUCAGUAGAUUGCACUGAGUCAAAAGUAACUAACUUUUCUUGCUCAAAUCAUUUCUAUAUUUUGUUUAUGAAAGUGGCUUAUAGCCUUGUUGCUGUUAUUUUGGGAUACCUGUUAACAGCUAAAUCAAAGGCAAUAUAUAAAAUAAAUAAAUGAUUGCCACCUGAUGCUAGCAUGUGCCGAGUGAAACAAAAAGUCUUCAGGGUUUCUUUGUUUUUAAGAAAAAACAGAUGUAACAGAUUAAAUCCCCUUUAGUGGUGCAUUUCAAAUACAGACAGCAGUUAAAGGGGGGGAAAGAUGCCAUGCUGUCAAAACAGAAUUUGUGGUUUUGAAAUGAACAAUGAAAACAAGGCAGAAUGAAACAAAGAAACCAAUGAAUCAAUACAUUUAAAAGUUAUUGACAUGAAUGGCAAUCUUGUAUCCAUUUAAAUGGGUGCGAGCCCCAUUGAAUUAAAUAGGAUUUCUGAGUAAAGGUGCGUAAGAUUGUAUUGAAAAGCACCAAAUGUGGAAAGGAUAGGAGAAUUAACAAAAAUAAAUACAUAAUGGAAUAAUAUGACCAUAUGAACAGGAUAAGUAAGUUGAGCAGAGCAACUAAAAACUGAAAUAAAAGGUUGAAGAUGAGACCAAGAUUAAAGCAACUAGUAAAGAAUUAAAAUAAUCCAAAUGGGAAAGAAACUAGGGGCAAACUGAAUAAUGAGCCAAAUGAAUUUGAAAGAGAAGUCCAAAUCUCAGAUUAAGCAGCGGGUAGCUACAGACUUUUAGGGACGCAGGUGGCGCUGUGGGUUAAACCACAGAGCCUAGGACUUGCCAAUCAGAAGGUCAGCGGUUCGAAUCCUUGUGACGGAGUGAGCUCCCGUUGCUCGGUCGCUGCUCCUGCCAACCUAGCAGUUCGAAAGCACGAAGUGCAAGUAGAUAAAUAGGUACUGCUCUGGCGGGAAGGUAAACGGUGUUUCCGUGCGCUGCUCUGGUUUGCCAGAAGUGGCUUAGUCAUGCUGACCACAUGACCUGGAAGCUGUACGCCGGCUCCCUCGGCCAAUAAAGCAAGAUGAGCGCCGCAACCCCAGAGUCGGCCAUGACUGGAUCUAAUGGUCAGGGGUCCCCUUUACCUAGCUACAGACUUUACCAACAGAAGAAAUAUUCGAAGCAAAAGAAAGAGAAAAACCAGAACAUCUAAAUUAUGAGGUGAUGAUGGUGAAGCAACAACAGAUGAACCAGCAAUGAGGGGUGAGAGGAAGGGAAAUCCAGUAUUACCUUAAGUUUGAGCUAUCAACCCAGAAGAAAGUGAAAAGACGCAGAGAGAUCAGAAAUUGAAAAAUAUAACUGAAUGUUGUCAGUGUAAAAAAAGAUAACUUCAAAGGAGCAAAUAAGAGGACUAAGAGGAUGAUGUUAUAAAAAAUAUACCAGUAAAGGACUGUGUGCAGAAAUGCAAAGUGUUCUUGGAUAGGAAUAAGCAUGGAACAUCUGCUCAGAGCAAUGUACAGUGGUACCUCAGGUUACAUACGCUUCAGGUUAUAUACGCUUCAGGUUACAGACUCCGCUAACCCAGAAAUAGUGCUUCAGGUUAAGAACUUUGCUUCAGGAUGAGAACAGAAAUCGGGCUCCAGCGGCGCGGCAGCAGCAGGAGGCCCCAUUAGCUAAAGUGGUGCUUCAGGUUAAGUACGAACCUCCGGAACGAAUUAAGUACUUAACCCGAGGUACCACUGUAUAUGCCUUAUUCACUCUGUAGGCACUUAGUUCUAGUGCUGGGAAACCAUGUAACUUGCCCAUGCAGUGAAAUAGUUGAAUUUAUUAUCUUCCUACACGCUGAACUGCGCCCCAGCUUUGUGCAUAUUCCUACAGAAAAACGCAAAUGUGUGGUGCUGCCCUGGAGACAGUUGUCAAACCUUCCCCCCUCUCCUGUCCCUUAUCUUCUAAAACAGGGGUUGGCAACCUAAGGUCCGUGGGCCGGAUGCAGCCCAAUCGCCCCUCUUUAAAAAAACAAAAUAAUUUUUUUUAUUAGGAAUUUGAACAAAACAUAUUAUCUUAAAACAUAUCAUCCUUAAUUCCCCCAUCCCCCCCCAUAAAAGGAUCUCCUCCCCUCACCCCUGACUUCCCUCAGCUCCAGUCUCUGGUUUCUCUACAGAUGCUACUCUCUGCAUGUUACAAAAUUAUAUAAAUCCUUAAUUUAUCUGACUGGUUAUUGUCAAUAAAAAGUUUGUGAGUGUUUAUUCAAAGCCUGCCAAGGAGUCCAGUUCACUUUGUUGCUUCUUUAAGUACUUUGUGAAAGGUUCCCAUUCAUCUUUAAAGUCACAGUUAUUCUUGUCCCAUAGUUUAUGUGUCAAUUUUGCCAAUUCUACAUAGUCCAUCAGUUUCUCUUGCCAUAGUUCUUUAGUCAGGAUUUCCUCAUUCUUCCAUCCUUGUGCUAUUAAGACUCUUGCCGCCGUUGUCGCAUACAUGAAGAUAUUUUUCAGCUUCCUUGGCGGGUCUUUUCCUACAAUCCCUAACAGAAAUGCUUCAGGUUUCUUAACAAAUGUUAGAUGGAACAUUUUCUUCAAUUCAUUGUAUAUCAUUUCCCAAAACUUUUUAAUUUCAUUACAAUCCCACCAAUCGCCUUCUCAAUCCGGCCCGUGGACGGUCUGGGAAUCAGUGUGUUUUUACAUGAGCAGAAUGUGUCCUUUUAUUUAAAAUGCAUCUCUGGGUUAUUUGUGGGGCAUAGGAAUUUGUUCAUUAUCCCCCCCCUUCAAAAUACAGUCUGGCCCCCCACAAGGUCUGAGGGAUAGUGGACCAGCCCACGGCUGAAAAAAGGUUUCUGACCCCUGUUCUAAAAGGUGCACUCUUAAUAGUGAUAUCGCCGUUCACUGUCCAACGUGCUGGAUAAACAAGUUAAUGGAAAAACAAGUUAAUGGAAACCUAGGUUGCAGUUGGUAUAAUUCUGGGGAUGGGCAGAGGGAUAUUAAAGAAGCAGGAAGCUGUGGGUUACCGUGCAUUGCGCAGUAAAAGUAAAUUUGUACAUUGCCCAGCAAUAUGAAACUAACAGCACUACUGGGCAUUGUGUACUGGUGUUUUAGACAAAGCUGUGCCAUCAUUAAUGAUGCCUUAAAGUGGUAAUUACAUAAGCUGCAUCUUUGGUGUGGCUCUUAAUUCUCAUUCACUCUGAAAAUGAGAGCACAGAGGCCCCAGUUGGCAUUGUGAUGCAUCUCCAAUAAUUGGAACUUGUAAUGAGAAACAGAAGAUCGGUCCCAACCUGCAAUGUUUAUCAUUUUUGCUAAGAGCAGGAGAAGGCUGGGGAACUACUCACAUAGGCGUAAUGACUGUAUUCUCUUUCCACUUAGAGGUUUCUUUCUGGAGGUUUGUGCCAGGAAGCAAAUUCCCUGUAGGCAGCAUGGAAACUGUCCCCUACCAAUUGGAUGCUUACAACAUGUGUGCAUUAUGGAGGUGGCGUUAUGCUUCCGAGGGCUGAAGCGUAUAUCAAGUAGAUGCAUGGAUGUCAAAUUUUUGUUUCUCUCACCCUUCAGUGUCCCCAAGAAACAGAAACCAGGGUGCCUCUUUUUUCUUCUCUAGUGGAGGCAAGCAGGGCUCCGGUCUGCUUUAUUUUGUUGUCACAAUAUUAUGGGGGAAAUUGCAAAAAUUAGACGGACUUAAAAACAAAACCCAAAAUGGAUUGACCAUGAGACUAGUUCAUUUUGUCUCUGAAACAGCCUGAUAUAUUGAUUUUGUGGUUUUCACUCUCUUAAUAGUCACCAACCAUGAAAUCUAAUUCAAAGUUAAUGGCUUAGGCGCUUUUGAAAAAUAUAUAUAACCCCUGUUGCUCAUUAUGCUUUGAUUUCUGCUUACUUCGGAAAUUUUGCUCCUUGUUCCUUCCCUUAUGGAGGCACCAGAGCUUCUGCUUGGCUCAAGGAGCACCCAGAAGAUCAAGGAGAGUUUCCUGCUCCUGCUUAUUAUUAUUCUCAUUUCUAUACCGCUUUAUAUUUUUAAGACAAAAUCUCAAAGCACUUUACAACACAUUAAAAACAUCAAAUAAAACAAUCCAGAAUAAAACGGUACUGUACCAAAUAAAGUCGAAUACAGUUGUACCUCGGAAGUCGAAUAGAAACCGUUCCGGAAGUCCAUUCAACUUCCAAAACGUUCGGAAACCAAGGUGCAGCUUCUGAUUGGCUGCGGGAAGCUCCUGCAGCCAAUCAGAACCCCACGGAACCUACGUCGGACAUUCGGGUUCCAAAGAACGUUCGCAAACUGGAACGCUCACUCCCGGGUUUGUGGCAUUCGGGAGCCAAAACGUUCGACUCCCUAGGCGUUCGACUUCCGAGGUACGGCUGUAUAAAGUAUACAUUCAAAGCAACAUAAUUAACAGGUGACUAAAAUAUUAUCUUAAAGAUUUCAAAAUAAAACAUUACUGAAGGAAGUCGAGUAUAAAAUGCACAUUUAAAACAGCACAAUUAACAAGAGAAUGAAAUAUUAUUGUAAGCAUUGAACAUAUAUACUGCUGUUGCUGCCAAUUCUGCCAUUGGUGGUUUAUGGUGGGUGACGGUUGUGGAAGUUCAGGCUCGAUGACCUGGGUCUGCACUAAGAGUCAGCCAAGAUACUCUUGGUUCAUUUUUAUACCCUCCAAGGAGGCCUCACCGUACAUUACAGCACAAGGUCAUAAAAUAGUUGAUAAUCACAUUAAAAUGGCAUUGCCAUUAUUCAUCAUUUCCAUUUCCUUGGUUAAGUGUUUGUUGAUUUAAGCAUUUGUUGAAGACCCUUUCUAUGUUCUUUGGGGACGUGGUUCUUAAGGGGAUGUUGGCGAAUGACCUGAACUGAGAUCCUUCAGCACUCGGCUGAUGUCUGUGCUUUCCCUGCCUCCCACACAGUUUCCGUGUAUAACUUUGAUAAGACCAAGCAGUGCGUCGGCACGAUGACUAUUGAGAUAGACUUCUUGCAGAAGAAGAGCGUCGACUCCAACCCGUAUGAUUCUGACAAAAUGGCGGCCGAGUUCAUCCAGCAGUUCAACAACCAGGCCUUCACAGUGGGGCAGCAGGUUUGUGGUCUUUAUAUGCGAUUCUCACUUAGCGUUGAAACCAUUUCUCCCUUCUGAGGACUCGAUUACUCCAAUCUUGCAAAUCGUCAACCGCAGUUCACUAGAAAGCGAAUCUUUGCAAAGAAAUCAGUUGACCGCUCUUUCUUUUAGACAGCAAAUGAUAAAAAGAGUUGUUUGUAGGUGGAUGGCUUGUGCACUUUUUGUAGACUUGACCCUUUUGAGGAUUUACCGUAUAUUUCGCUCUAUAGGACGCACCCAACGAUAGGACGCACCUUGUUUUAGAGGGGGAGAAGAAGGAAAAAAAAUUCUCCCCCUCUCUGCUCAGCGCCCCUUCAGCAAAGCGGCAGGAGAAACAGAGCCCCUUCCAUUUCUCCUCCCGCUUCACUGAAGGGGUGUUGUUCAGCAAAGAGCCUGCAUUCGCUCCAUAGGACGCACACACAUUUCCCCUUCAUUUUUGGAGGGGGAAAACGUGCGUCCUAUAGAGCGAAAAAUACGGUAUUUGAAAAGAAGUGGGGUUUUUUAGGACCAGCGUUAGACAAGGCUCUUUUUUAGAAGCCCAUUCAAGGAGUUCUUGACCCAGGAUAAUGAGCUUGUAUAUUCAGGCAGAGUUUCUGCAACCACGAAGGAUAAAAAAGAGAACCAUGAAAGCUGAAAUUCUGAGUUGCAUUAAAAAAAGAAGAAUCUUUAGGUUCUGCACUAGUACCCUUGAGGCUGGAGAGAGCAUAUGCUUUUCAUAUGGUUUUUUGGCGCUCCCCCCUCCCAAAAGCCCUACAGCUGGCCAGCAUUCUGUGGUCAUUUAUUUCUCCCUCUUGGGCUUUUUAACCAAAAAUGUUACAAAAGAUUUUUGGCCUUCCAUGAGUCUGGUGCCUCUUGUUUGUGGUUGGUGCCAUUUAGACUGCAGAGAGAUCCAUAUUUGAAGAAUGAGUUUUCUAUUAGUAUAUAGGAGGAGAAUAUAUGCGUGAAGGAGGUCAAAGCCAGGCUUGACAAAAGACCCAAGGAUCUUGGAGCCUGAUCAGAGCCUUCUGGGUGGUCUGUUGACAUGCUCAUUCGUUUCAUUCUCUUUUACACACUAAGAGUAUGAUUCUUUUAAAUCUGAAUUACAAAGUCUACAAGAUUUGGUUCAAAAUCUUCUGCUUAAUUUCUAAGAAGCCAAAGCACCAGAUUUACUACCCAAGAAAAAGCAUUUUUGUACCUCGGCAAAGUUACAGAUUGAAAGAAGUAGGGUGCAUCUCCUCAGAUCAAUUUAUUACUCCCCUUCCCACACACAGAGAGUACAAAGGAUCAGAAUUGUCAAAAAAUGUGGGCAGCGUCUACCAGUUGCCAAACUGACAAAAUAUUUAUUUAGUUUCUGCCCCACCUCAUUCCAGCCAUAUGGGACAAAUACAGUCGUACCUUCGAAGUCGAACAGAAUCUGUUCCAGAAAUCCAUUCGACGUCCAAAAUGUUUGGAAACCAAAGCUCAGCUUCUGAUUGGCUGCAGGAGGCUCCUGCAGCCAAUUGGAAGCCCCGCUGGCUUCCAAAAAUAGUUCGCGAACCAGAACAGUCACUUCUGGGUUUGCGCCGUUUGGGAGCCAAAACGUUCGAGAACUAAGCUGUUCAAAAACCAAGGUAUGACUGUAACAAUAACGUGAGAAAAAAGUAAAAACAGGAUGACAUAUACAUAUAUAUAGGCAUUGAAGGGACACGGGUGGUGCUGUGGGUUAAACCACAGAGCCUAGGGCUUGCUGAUCAGAAGGUUGGUGGUUCAGAUCCCUGCGAUGGGGUGAGCUCCCGUUGCCCAGUCCCUCCUCCUGUCUACCUAGCAGUUCGAAAGCACGUCAAACUGCAAGUAGAUAAAUAGGUACCGCUCUGGCAGGAAGGUAAACGGCAUUUCCGUGCACUGCUCUGGUUCGCCAGAAGUGGCUUAGUCAUGCUGGCCACAUGACCCAGAAGCUGUACCCCGGCUCCCUCGAGAUGAGCGUCACAACGCCAGAGUCGUCUGCGACUGGACCUAAUGGUUGGGGUCCCUUUACCUUUACCUAUAUAUAGGCAUUAUCCCAUAUACCUUAGGCAAUUGUUAAAAGUCCACCCAAAGAGAAAUGUCUUACAGAAGUGCUGCUUGAUAUUCACAGUUGGACUUGGUCAGACUUGUGAGAGGAAAAGUGCCUUGGUCUGGUGAAAGAGCCCAUGGGGCAAACAGAGCCAGGAGUUUCAGAACCAUGGAGAGCUCCAAUCAGCAACUUGCUUCAGCAAAGGCUAGAGGUGCAACUGAAGCCUUUUGAGCUUCUGUGUCCAAUCUACCUUGCCUAGGCUCCAUUCCCUUUGUGAAAACUUCAGUCCUUGAAAGGGCUGGCUUGCAGGGAGGCAUUGCCUCUCCUUGCUGUGCUGUUGGACCGGUGAGAUGGCUUAGGAGGGAGGGACCCAAAUAAAUCUUGCACUGGAGCUUCAUUUGUUUGUUGGCUGCCACUCUAGCCACGAAAAUGCAGGCAAGUGUUUCAAUAACCUUAUUUUCCUUCCCUUUGUUUUCACAGCUUGUGUUUAGCUUCAACGACAAGCUUUUUGGCCUCUUGGUCAAGGACAUUGAAGCCAUGGAUCCCAGUAUCCUUAAAGGAGAGCCGGCCACCGGGAAAAAACAGAAGGUAAGAACUGGAUUUCCCUUUCUGAGCUACCUCAAUGUAAAUUGCAAUGAUUGGAAAUGGAAUAUGUGAAUAGAGUCCACUAAUCCUGAGGCAAUGCCCUGAUUGUGGACUUUCUGUGAGCACCUUGUCACUCAGUGCUGGACCAACUGUAGCCUUGGCCGUAUCCUGGGUUCAUCUUGGAUAUCGUGAUACAGAAAUGCUGAUCUGCAUUGGCUUAUUCACACAUGCGUUUCCCAUCUUAAUUAGUGGGGAACAAGCAUCUGAUUAAUAUCUCCUUUUCAUUCUGCAAAAUAUACAAGCAAAGUCCCAACCCUGGGCUGUCAGGCUAGAAUGAUUCCAUAAUCUUACCCCUGCCAAGAUAAUCCUACUUAACAACCAAAUCAAUCCUUUAAAAAAAGAGGAAGAGAGAGGAAAUGGGGCGCAGAACAUAAUGGAAGACUGCUAUACCUAGAGUUUUAAAAAUGGAGUAUGACUCGCCAGAAGCUUCUAGGAAUUAAUCUGAAAUCCUCCCAAAUGUGUCAGGAAUAUCCUCCUGCCAAAAUGGGGAACAUGCUGGUUUGAAUCAGCUUUUAAUUAACCAGGGUUCGUGCCAAUCCCACCCUCCCUGCCCCGGAGAUCUGUGUUAUUUCAUAAAGAGGUAAAUCUCUUUUACAUCUUUGUUUUCGUUGUGCCCACUUUUAUAUAUUGUGCCAGCACCCCACUGAUUUGAGCGAAACAGCGUUGUAGCUCUUUCUUCACCUGCCUUCUGUUCUGGCAGCUGAUUUCCUUUCCGGAGCCCUGAAGUCCAGGUCCUUUCCCCUGUUUUCACAGCUUGAGACGGGGGUGUAUCGUCACGAAUAGGUCUUCUUUGACCAUAUGCCGCUAGGAAUCUUGUUGAGGCUGAGCACCAGCUGCGCUGGGAUGACUUCAUCUCAUGCUGCCUGCUGGUUUCUGCUGCUAUGGAGCUUGUCUUAAUAUAAAAACGGCCCUCUCUUUCCAUUCUGAGGCUCUCUGGGGAACACAGAGCAUGAGUGUCUGUUACUCAUGCCUCUUCAAGGCUUUUAAUUGUGGUUUUCGUUCAUUCAGAUCGAAGUUGGUCUUGUCGUUGGCAACAGCCAGGUUGCGUUUGAAAAGGCCGAGAGCUCUUCCCUCACUCUCAUUGGUAAGUGUGACCCUGGGGCAACAGUUGUGCAUUCCAAGCAGUCUGUUGUCUUCCUUAUUGGCAAGUCCACAAAAAUUACCACAGCAGUAUUUACUCGCCUGUCUGCCCUUGCGUCCUUAUCUACGUGACUGUCAAACAUAGACCUGGGCUCUUCGUUCAAGUUGCAUCUUCUCUCCCCUUUUAAUUUUUAGCUAGUUUAUACAGUGGUACCUUGGUCCUCAAACCCGUUCCGGAAGUCCGUUCCAAAACCAAAGUGUUCCAAAGCCAACCAGGGCGUGCUUUCCGAUAGAAAGUAAUGCAAAACGGAUUAAUCCAUUCCAGACUUUUAAAAACAACCCCUAAAACUGUUGGCUAUUUGCAGUUUAGUUGCGCUGCAGAAAGCUUGCUGGGGAGACCACGCAUUACAAGGAACUCAAAAAUAACUUUAACAAGGUUUUAAUAACAAUAACAAAAACAAAAACUCCUUUUACACUAAAUAGAUCAACAAGCAUGACCCAACCACCAGCCCAUCCCCCAGGGUACUGAGAGAGCUAGGUGCUGCUCUUUAUAUACUAUACCCAAUUGCUGACACAGCUUAAUUAACAUAACUUAGCAGCACCUGCUAUACUGUUUCACAGCUGUAAAACUGGGUCUCGUUAUUUGCUCUAGCCCUUAAAGAAAUACACAUCUUGUGGAACAAUAAUGAACCUUCACAUUUAAAGAGACCAUUCAACAAAAACAGCAAUUUAACAUGAAUUUUACUAUCUAACAAGACCAUUGAUCCAUAAAAUGAAAGUUAUAAUCAAUGUACUGCACUAUAAAAUAAAUAAGGCAGUAUUGUAGUUGAUAAAAAUAAAAAUUUAUUUUUUUUCUUACCUGCACUGAUGAUAGUCAUUGGUUGGAUGGGAGGAUUUUAUCCAUUUCCCAUCAAUCAAUCAAUCAAUCAAUCAAUCAGUAGCUGAACUGGGUUCCACACAGUCACAAAAACAAAUUAACCGAAAAAGCCUCAAAAACAAAAACGCCAAGUAAAUAGCAAAAACAAAAGCACCAAACUUAAUCCAUUCCAGAAGUUCAUUUGACUUCCGAAAUGUUCGGAAACCAAGGCGCAGCUUCUGAUUGGUGCAGGCGCCCCAGAAACAAUAGCCGACAGCCGCACCGGACGUUCAGCUUCCGAAAAAUGUUUGAAAACCGGAACACUCACUUCUGGGUUUUCGGCGUUUGAGUACCAAGGCAUUUGAGAACUAAGGUACCACUAUUACUAUUCCAGGUCCUAAAAAACCACACACACACACACACGUACAUAGGUUGUAUCUUGACCAGCGGUGCUGAUGCUCUUUUGGUUUUAGCUUCCUUUAUCUUCUUUUUUCAAGUGGAAAGAUAGCAAGAGUGAACAGGAAGAGAUCAAGACACAUAUCAUAAAAGAGAGUGACAGGGAUUAUUAUUAUUAUUAUUAUUUUAAAAAAACUUUACUAGCUGUGCUGCAGAAGAAAUUCCACUGGCCAGGCAUUCUGUAGGUAGCAAAAGGGAAUUUCAGUAACAUUCAAGGCCCAGAUGACAGCUGAGGCCUCCUCUCUGAUUGCAUCCAGUAGCCAGAGCUGGAGAAGGCAAAGCAGCAGGGUUCUUUUCCUUGUCCUGCUGGCAGUAGCUGGCUGCUGGCGUCUUCUGCCGGGGGUUGGGGUAGGAGAGCAGAGGACAAGGUUGUAGCAUCUCCCAGGGAGACAUAGGAAGCUGCCAUAUACCAAAUCAAGCCACUGGUCCAUCAAGUUUACUAUCGCCCAUUCCGGCUGUUCUCAAAGGGUGUGGUGUGCUACACUGGUGUAACAAAAGAGGAUAGCAAGUUUGGCAGGAAGAGUCAAGGGUAAUCUUCCCCCCCCAUCAGCAUACACACACACACACACACACACACACACACACAGUGGUACCUCGGGUUACAUAUGCUUCAGGUUACAUACGCUUCAGGUUACACACUCCGCUAACCCAGAAAUAAUGCUUCAGGUUAAGAACUUUGCUUCAGGAUAAGAACAGAAAUCGGGCGGCGCGGAAGCAGCAGGAGGCCCCAUUAGCUAAAGUGGUACUUCAGGUUAAGAGCAGUUUCAGGUUAAGAACAGACUUCCAGAACGAAUUAAGUACUUAACCCGAGGUACCACUGUAUAUGCUUUUCAAGUUUAUACAUUUCACUAAUUUUACAAUCAUUUUAACAUUUCAAAGCUCUGCUUCCUUUCCCCUCUUUCUGCGGUCGCUUGAAUUUAUUUUUAAUAUCUUCUGCAUAUCCAAAUAAAUUUGCUCAUUUAUCCAUCUAAUUAUAUACUCUUACAAAACUGCUGGUUAUUACAAUAAUCCUGCCAAUGUUCUUAUCUGUUUACAAUUUAUCUGUAAAUAUUCAAUAAACCAUUUCCAAUCUUUUAUAAAAGAUUCAAGGACAAUCAAAGAAACAUUUGAACAUUUCAGUGUAGUGUAGUAUCAAUUUUUUUAUUUUAUUUGCGUAAUAUGGAUAGAUACCUUUUCAACAUGAAAGCAAGAGUGUCAAGUAUGUGGAAAUGAUUCAUGUUCCUACGUAGCUGCAUUGUUUUAUAAUUUUUGGAUAUUGUAAGAUAGUUGCGUUCUACGCUACAAAUAGAACUUCUUAGCUUGUUUUUGUUUUCCAAUGUAUUUCUUACCUAUAUAUGUGUGUGUGUGUGUGUGUGUGUGUGUGUGUGUGUGUGUGUGUGUAUUAAUUCAGAAAGUGUGGCCCUGAGGAAAAAAAGUGUGAGAACGAAAGUUUGGUCUGUUCAGAUUAAUGGCGGUAGCUCUCCAGGGUCCUAGUUAAAAUCCUUUUUAAAUCUUGUGGAUUCAACCUGCAUUCUCCUCUGCCUUUCAUUGUUAAGAAAGGAGAGAGUGCCCCCUAUCACCGCAAGAGAUCAGUUGCGAUUUGAGCACUCUCACCAGCCAGCUUCGCCAGUUGUGGUUUUGUGUUAGCCGCCUCAAGUUUUAUUCGUUCAGAUAUAUAGGUAGCCAGCCCAGCUGAAAAAUCAACAUGAGACUGUGCAAACAUUCAGCUGUGGAGUCAUAAAUUAACUUCAAGAAUUUCCAGACUGUAGGUUAUACUGUACCCUUGAACAAAAUACUGUAUAAUAGCUUGCAUCUAUGUCUCUCUGUCCAUCUAUCUAAACAACAACAACUUCCUUCCUCUUUUAUUUUACAAAUACUCCUCAGUACAAAUCUUCCUUCAGGCUAUAUUUGUAUUUGCCAAAUUCAGGAAGCACUUAAUGGGGGCGUGCAUGUUGCCCUUGUGUCCUUCUCUAACCAUACUCAAAUAAUAUUUAGCUUUGUGUUCUUGCUAGAGCCUAGCAAGCAGCCCUGGCUCUUAGCUCCAUGGAUAUCUCUCCCCUUAGUAGUUGCCUGGCGUUAUAAUAAAAAUUUAUUAUUAUUAUUACUCUCUCGAUGCUCCUUUCCUUUCACACCAUGUAGGCAACAGGUGUUGCAUGAAGCUGAUAAAAGUGGGGCAGGAUGGGGCCCAGAAGCAGGGCAUUCAUCAAGGUAGAACCACACAGAAUAGCAGCAGAAUUUUGCCUUCAAUUAUGGGCUGCCGCCAAGUAACAGAUUAAGUGGGUGAGGUGUUGGCAUGGGAAGGUUUGCUGAAACUUUCCGCCUCCCCGUAGCUCCUUUUCUCCUAGCUAGGCUCGGAGCAAGUCUUGUGGGGGAAGGUUUGUGGGAGAAAAGUUUCUGUGGGGAAAAAGAAGCCAUGGUAAAACUUCCAAAUUCCCAGGAGCUCUUUUAGGCUGAGGGAGUAGACCGAAAAUGGGGUUAGUUGCAGAUACGGUGGUACCUUGGUUCUCGAGCUUAAUCCGUUCCGGGAGUCCGUUCGACUCCCGAAACAGUUCAAAAACCAAGGUGUGGCUUCCGAGUGGCUGCAGGAGGUUCCUGCACUCAAUCAGAAGCUGCUUCAAAUGUUCAGCUUCCAAAAAACAUUCGCAAACCAAAACACUUUCGGGUUUACGGUGUACUGGAGCCUAUUUGUUUGGGAGUCAGGCUGUUCGAGUACCAAGGUACCACUGUAUGCCCAAAUCAAAGCGGAGUAUAGUCAUACUUUGGUUUUCGAACAGCUUAGUUCUUGAACAUUUUGGCUCCCAAACGCUGCAAACCCAGAAGUGAGUGUUCCGGUUUGCGAACUAUUUUUGGAAGCUGAAUGUCUGACGUGGCUUCCAAUUGGCUGCAGGACCUUCCUGCAGCCAAUCAGAAGCCAUGCCUUGGUUUCCGGACGUUUUGGAAGUCAAACAGACUUCCGGAACGGAUUCCGUUCAAGAACCAAGGUACGACUGUAUAAGCAACCGAGGUGUGUCCCCAGGGAGAAGAUACUGAAUGGAAAAAGCCAAGUCUCAGCCCAAAGGAUAAGAACUAGGGCUUUUCUGGCACCGAAGACAAGGCCCCCUUGGAGUGUUCAGGUGGGGUGAAUUCUAACCCUGCUGAGUCCCUCUAGAAGGAAGGAUAUUCCACUCGGCUCCCCUUCGUGUCUCUUGUUGCUGCAGGAGGAGACAGGGCAGACCAUGGGGAAGUGGGGUUAUGCCAAAGCAUCCAGCAGGAACUUGCAUUCUGGUUCUCACUCAUUCCCUUGAAUUCCCACUUGCUCUCUGGCUCUCGUUCCUUUGUCCUCUGUGUUCGGAAGGUGCAGAGGAGCUGGCUGGGUGAGUGGGUCAAGCCAGGGAGGAAAACUUCUCUGCAUGGGCCCCUUUUUAGCUGCUUGCAUGGCUGGAACAGGAGAGGGUAGGAGGAGCUGCAGGGAGCAAAAAAUAUGCAAGAAAGAAGAGAAAUACCUGUAUGUGGGUUGGGGAACUGAUCAAAUUAAAAGGAGAGUUGAUAGACAAGGCUGAACUUUUUUUAAAAGUUAAAGGUUCGGUAGCCAGGCAGUCCCAAUUUUGCGUACGGAGAAGUUGAAAUCUGUUAGCAUGUAUACAGUCGUACGUCAGAAGUCGGACGAGAUCCGUUCCGGAAGUCCGUUCGACUUCCAAAACGUUCGGAAACCAAGGCAUGGCUUCUGAUUGGCUGCAGGAAGCUCCUGCGGCCAAGCGGAAGCCGCGGAAGCAGUGUCGGACGUUCAGGUUCCAAAGAACAUUUGCAAACCAGAACAGCCACUUCUGAGUUUGUGGCAUUCAGGAGCCAAAACAUUCGACUUGCAAGGCAUCCGGGAUCCAAGGUACUAGUGUACGUUUCUUCAAAUUGAGCAGCUUCUAUUACUUUGCAUAAUCUAUUCUGAUGUAGCAAGGAGAAGCAAGGAUCUCUGUAGAGAACUGGAGCCCCACCCCAACCACUGGAAAUCCUACUCAGGCACACUUCUGACUUCUGAGAUUGCCACAGGUGUUGGCUGCAGUGGGUUUCUGCAGCCGUAAGUGCCAGAAAUAUCACAGCAAUGCACAAAUCCCUGCUCUUACUUACUCAUCUCCACUGGCUGGGAAAAAGUGCCCCGUAAAAAUCAGCUUUUGGCUGAGCAGGGCCCCCUGUGCUGCCUUUGCAGAACAGGCGUAUCAUCUUUUGGGACCUAUUGUGAAAUCAGGGCUACUCUAUGCUAACCGGUUGGGAAAAUGACAGUGAUGCUUUUCUGCAGCUCUUCCUUUUUGAUUUGGACCUGGGAAAACCCUGCCCAUGUGGCAGUUAGACUUCACUGUUGCAGGGUUCUGUACCUGGGUGUGAUAGUACUGCAGGGUUGGCAUUGAAAUUAGCCUCCUUGCGCUGGAAAGGGGGUUCUGCUGGUUUUUGUUUUUCAUCAGCAUCAAUCAGCCCACAAUCUAGUUUCAACUUGGAUAUUAUUAUUGGUGCGUUGUAUACCCUGAUAGAUGCAUGUGGUCCUCAUAUAUUUAGCACUCAUAUAUUUAGCACUGAAUUUGCGCAAGGUGCUGGUGACUACUUGAGUCGAAACCUUUACUUGUUUAAAAUCAGCAGUGUGCUAAUUCCAGCAAGAUCUGCCUUGCCUUGCCCUGCUUUAAGCGGCUUGUUCUAUUGAUGACAUCAUUUGCGCACAUUUAAAACCGCACUGUUUAGCAAGGCAGUAUUGUAAAAUCGGACUUCGGAAUCAAGCGAAGAAAGUUUUUCUGAGCGAAUGAAUGGCCCCAGACAUGUUGCUUUCAAAUUUUAAAAUACAGCCCACAACCAGCAUGUGGCAGCAGAGAAUCAGAAAAGUAAAAGGUAAAAAUUAAGCAGUCGUAAGAGGCCAGCUAACUCUGGGAAGAGGUCGUAUGAUUACAGCCAUCCUGCAGGAAGCAAAAUAAAUGAAAACACCAAAAGCCUACAGACGAAGACUGCCUGAGCUCUUUAAAUCAAUACAUGAAACUCGAUGUGUGCCUCUUUUGGGUCUGCCACCCCUCCUUAGUGUUGAUGGAUCACAAAGCUACACCCAUAUAGCAGUCGGAACCACAGCAGGCAGAAUUCACUUGGCUCUAAAGCACUCUGUAUGUGAAGCCUGUGGUCCUCCAGAGGCUGAUGGGAAUUGUAGUCCAACAACAUGUGGAGGAGAAUCGCAGGUUCCCCAUUCCUGCUGCAAGCCAAGCAGUCCUAAGCCCACUUGGUGGCAUGGCUCCUUGGCCCUCGUUCCCUUGCCUCCUUCCUUCCUGCCAAUUUAUACAGCCCUACAUGUUUCUAGAGCAGGGGUCAGCAAAGGUUUUCAGCAGAGGGCCGGUCCACUGUCCCUUAGACCUUGUGGAGGGCCGGACUAUAUAUUUGGGGGGGGGGGGGAGAUGAAUGAAGUCCUAUGCCCCACAAGUAACCCAGAGAUGCAUUUUAAAUAAAAGUACGCAUUCUACUCAUUUAAAAACACCAGGCAGGCCCCACAAAUAACCCAGAGAUGCAUUUGAAAUAAAAGGGCACAUUCUACUCAUGUAAAAACACGCUGAUUCCUGGACUGUCCACGGGCUGGAUUUAAAAGACGAUUGGGCUGGAUCCAGCCCCUGGGUCAUAGUUUGCCUACCCAUGUUCUAAAUUCUAGGCCCUGUGUAGCUCUGCCCCAAAUCUAUCCCCCACAACUGCCUUAGCACCUCUUUUUAUUUCCAUAUCUCCUGCAUCCUUGAUUUGCUGAGGUUCUCCUCUGUUCAGGCCAUGACCUACUUUGCUCACUUUUUAAGGCCCCUGUCUCAUCUCCGCCUUCCUAACACUCUUGAACCCAUAUCAUACAGGCACUCCUGAUCUCAAGCGCCACAGAGUUUUGACGGCGCCACCUCUCCCAUUUGCCCUUCCUUGCCUUGACUCUGUGCCUUUCUCUGCCCUUUGAGCAUUCUCUCCACCAACCUCUUCUCCACCUGUCUCUGUCUGCUCUGUAACUUUCCCCAGCCUUCUUGCAUCCUGUCUCCCUGUCCUCUAGCUUCUCUACCUCCCAGUGCCUCUUCCCUAGACCUCAGCUAGCCCUUGUGUCUGCACGGUUGUAAUUAAAUCCCAGCCAAACUGACAACUUCCCCUUCCUUCACAGAAGCUGGACUGCGGUUAGCAGACCAUUCUUUGCUGUUAAACCAGCUCAGCUAACCAGGAGGCAUCACCUCUGCAUGUGCCGUGCAAGAUAAAAUAAGGGGACUUGCUGUGCUUUUGUUGGGGCUGUAAAUUGAGAAACAAUAACACAGAAGAUAAAAGCAACUUUAAGGCUGGAGAGUAAUUUUACAUGCUAAUUAUUAUUAUUUUUUACCCACCUAUCCAAAAGAUGCUGUUUCUCCCAGUUUUUUUCCUGAUGCUUUUCCAUACUGGGUAAUUUUUUGCUCUGACCAGAGAAUGGAAUGGUGGUACCAGAGUACUGUGUUUUUAAAAGGUAGUAACUGGUUUGCUUUCUUCAGAAGAAAACAGUACAGUCAUACCUUGGAAGUCGAACGGAAUCCGUUCUGGAAGUCUGUUUGACUUCCAAAACAUUCAAAAACCAAAUCGCAGCUUCUGAUUGGCUGCAGGAAGCUCCUGUCGCCAAUCAGAAGCCCCGGAAUCCCCGUCGGACGUUCGGCUUCCAAAAGAACGUUUGCAAACCGGAACAAUCGCUUCUGGUUUUGCGGCGUUGGGGAGCCAAAACGUCCGAGUUCCAGGGCGUUCGACAACCAAGGUACAACUGUAUUGUUUUUAGGCUUUCUAUUUGUUACACAAAUGUGAAACGUUAUGCAUUCGGUUGAAAGUCAGUUCUAAAAUGUAAUAGAAAUAUACCGCUGUUAUAAGAAAUAGAAUUAGAAAACCAAACAUACUGUAAUUUUAAAAGUCUCUUGAGUCAUUUAGGCUGCAUUCCUAUAUUCACCUACUUGGGAGUAAGCUCAAUUGAACGCAACGGGGAUUGCUUUUGAGUCGACGUGACUUGCUGGUUACCUUUUCCAAAGAAAUAAAUAAAACAAAACCCCACUUUCCCCUUUGAUGUCAGGACUACUGCGGUAUUGAUUUCUACUUACAGUACUUUCAGCGUGAAAUCAAUUAUAGGGUCUAGACCAGCAAUGACUGCUACGUGUUGUACAUCAUCUGUGGCUUCCCUGUGCUGCAGUUAAAAGUAUAUUUAAAACAACAGGAGUGUAUUGGGUUCCUGGUGCUUGGUGUGUGUUUUUCUUCCAUGGAAGAGAACGCUCCUUUCCACACCCUCAAGUUAGCUCAAGUAUUUGAUCAAUUGCUUAAAUUAAUUGUCAGUCAUCAGGAUCGAUCCUUUCCUAUGAUGUUCUCUCUCCCCCCUCCUUCUAAAUGUGGAAUGCAUUUAGCUCACAUCUUUGUAAUCUUUACAACUCUGCAAGAACAUUGGGGUUAUAAUCCCCACGUUAGAUUGGUAGUAUGGGGCUGAAGCUGAGAUAGGGUUGCCUUCCUGGGUCCGUUCAGCAGAUCCAAGGCUGAACUGAGAUGUGAACAGGUAAUUUGUGCAAAAUAAGCAUGUGCUUAGGGCAUCAAGGGAAGAGGGGCACCACAGAAAUUUUCCGUUGCCGGUUUUUUUUUACAUUAACAGUCACAAAUUGCUCAUCUGAGCAUUCAUUUUCUCAGUUGAAGUACAGUCGUACCUUGGUUUUCAAACAGCUUAUUUCUCAAACGUUUUGGAAGUCGAACGGACUUCCGGAACGGAUUCCAUUCAACUUCCAAGGUACAACUGUAUAUUAAAAAUCCCAACAGAACAACUAUUCCACAAGGCAGGCUCAAGGCCUUAUCUCGACUAAGUAUGAAAGCAGAUCUGUUAUGUAGGAUUAGUUUUGAUAAUCUGAGCAAAGACUUUGCAAUUAGAAAAAGUAGGAGUUUUUUUAUCAAAUAUAAACAAAGUGAAAGUAGACAAAAAUAUUUUCCAUCUUACUGUAGGCUUUGUUUCAUUUCAAAGAAUAGAAAUUUAUUUUACGUGUUAUUAUCGUUUAUAAUUUGAAUUAGAUAUAUAUGGGGGCACCAAAAUCUUUUAAGUUCUUAGGGUCUCUAAAGGUCUUAAUUCAGCCCUGAAUUUGGGGCUCUUGUUCUUAACCUCAGCACAACACACACGACACACACACAGCACUGUGUUCGAAGUUUGCUUUAGCAACUUGCACACAGGGAACAGAACUCUGCAACAUUUCCAUGCGCUGACUGAAUUUGUCAUCCUUGAGCUGAUUCCUUUCUCCCUUCCCACAGGCAAAUCCAAAACCAGGGAAAACCGCCAGUCGAUCAUCAACCCUGACUGGAACUUUGAGAAGAUGGGCAUUGGGGGUCUUGAUAAGGAGUUCUCUGACAUCUUCCGGCGGGCCUUUGCCUCCCGAGUGUUCCCACCUGAGAUUGUGGAGCAGAUGGGUGAGUACCAAAGCUGAGGGAGAACGAAAUCCCACAAUGGUGUACAAGGGGGUCUCACAAACGAUGAUGAUGUAAAGGUAAAAGGUAAGGUAAAGGACCCCUGGAUGGUUAAGUCCAGUCAAAGGCGACUAUGGAGCGGCAGUGCUCAUCUCGCUUUCAGGCCAAGGGAGCCGGCGCUUGUCCACAGACAACUUUCCAGCUCAUGUGGCCAGCAUGCCUAAACCGCUUCUGGCGCAAUGAGACACCGUGAUGGAAACUAGAGUGCACGGAAAUACAGUGGUACCUUGGGUUACAUACGCUUCAGGUUACAUAUGCAUCAGGUUACCGACUCCGCUAACCCAUAAAUAGUACCUUGGGUUAAGAACUUUGCUUCAGGAUGAGAACAGAAAUCGUUCUCUGCUGGCGCGGCAGCAGCGGGAGGCCCCAUUAGCUAAAGUGGUGCUUCAGGUUAAGAACAGUUUCAGGUUAAGAACGGACCUCCGGAACGAAUUAAGUUCUUUACCCGAGGUACCACUGUUCCCAUUUAUCUACAGUGGUACCUCAGGAUACAUACACUUCAGGUUACAUAUGCUUCAGGUUACAGACUCCGCUAACCCAGAAAUAGUGCUUCAGGUUAAGAACUUUGCUUCAGGAUGAGAACAGAAAUCGUGCUCCAGCGGUGCGGCAGCAGCAGGAGGCCCCAUUAGGUAAAGUGGUGCUUCAGGUUAAGAACGGACCUCCAGAACGAAUUAAGUACUUAACCCGAGGUACCACUGUACUUUCACUGGCGUGCUUUUGAACUGCUAUAUCGGCAGGAACUGGGACAGAGCAAUGGAAGCUCCGUCGUGGGGAUUCGAACUGCCAGCCUUCUGAUCGGCAAGCCCAAGAGGCUCAGUGGUUUAGACCACAGCGCCACCCGCUUCCCACGGAUAGUGAUAUACAAAGGGGGUGGGCAGGUAUCAAAAUAGGAGCUGACUAAGAUAGGAGAGGAGAAGGGACAGCAGCAGGAAAUGCAGAAAACUCAGACAUGCAAGCCAUGAGGACUGUCAAAUAUUACAGCAUUUUGCCCCCUCUUCCUUAGGCAGUGGUAGCUAAACAAAACAGGGCAGUCUUUUUUUAGGGUUUGAUUUCAUGGAGUAUAAAGAUGAAGUGGAGAUUGGAGCAGUGGAGACUGGACCAGGCAAAAUCAAAUUAUAUGCCUGAGCUGAACAGCCAGUUAUGGCCUGCCGGGUGCCCAGUGUGCUUCAGGUUCCUUCUGUGCAACUAUUGCAGGCGAGUCCUAUGGAUUUCACCUGGUUUGGCACCAAAAUGGACCUGAAGGGCUCCUCCCAUUGGUUACAGCAGCCGCUGAAAACAGCUUAAAUUGCUAGUGUUAAAUUGAUGGGAUUCUCCCCUGAAUAAUCGAAGCCACAAGAUGGGGAGCUGUAACCCUCUGCUCAGUGCAGCUUCUUGGCUGGCUGGUUCCUGUAACUCUGAAACGUCUGAGCCUGCAACACUAACUGUAUCUACUCAGGAGUCCCAUUUAACUUAGUGGGUCUUACUCCUGGGUAAGUGAGAUUGGGUUUGUAACCUGAGGCAUGUAACUGGAGGCACCCUUCACUCUUAACCUCAACCUUAUGCGGUUAGAGCAGAGCUUUCCAGACUCUUCAUGUUGGUGACACACUUUUUAGACAGGCAUUUCAGGAUGCAGUAAUUCAGUUUUACUAGCAAACAGGAGGUUAAACUAACCCCUUUCCAGCCCCAGUAGGAGCGUUUGUGCGAAACACCUACAAGGUAAAGGACCCCUGGAUGGUUAAGUCCAGUCAAAGAUGACUAUGGGGUUGCACGACUCAUCUCAUUUUCAGGCCUAGAGAGCCGGCGUUUGUCCACAGACAGCUUUCCGGGUCAUGUAGCCAGCAUGACUAUACUGCUUCAGGCGCAACAGGACACUGUGAUGGAAACCAGAGCUCACAGAGACGCCCUUUACCUUCCCGCCGCAGCGGUACCUAUUUAUCUACUCACACUGGCAUGCUUUCAAACUGCUAGGUUGGCAGGAGUUGGGACAGAGCAACGGGAGCUCACCCCGUCGCAGGGAUUCAAACCACUGACCUUCUGAUUGGCAAGCCCAAGAGGCUCAGUGGUUUAGACCACAGCGCCCACCCGCAUUGUAAGGGUGGUAUACAAAUAUACCGAACAACAACAACUUGGGAGCAUCCCGUGGAAUUGAUUGGCAGUGGGUUCAGGUCUUGGAAUGAGCUUGCCUCCAGUGAACCUACCAUACUAGCAGCCCAUUUUCUGAUACUCCUUUGUCCAUAAUAACUUCUUUCCAGUUUUACUGUAAAAUGUUGAACUUUGACAUUUGAAGAUAGAAUCCCCGUGCUGUUCCAGGGAACAUAUAAAUGAAGCUUUAGAAGCAUCCUGAUGCACAGUGAAAGUAUAUGGACUUGCCAAUCAGUAUCUGUUCCUGCCAGGGUCAUUGUUGUUCCUGCUGAACGCUUGUUCCUCAACAUGCUACGGCCCACUUCGAGUUGGAUGCUUGCUGCCUCGCAAGCGGAGCUUUAAGCCUUCCAUCCCAGUUCCCUUUCUCUUCUUCGACAGGCCUCCCUUAGGCGAAAGAAGCUUAUCUGAAAUUUGAAGAAAAGUGCCGCUUCCUGACACUCAUCCUUCCCCCGCCGUGCAUUAGUUAUGACUUGCUCUUCCAACUAUAUUUCAGGGCUCAGAUGCCAGGUUGACAUCUGCUCGGGUCCGCCGUAAUAAUUCACGAGGGGGAGGGAAGGGAGAAGAAAGCCAUUCCUCAGCCCUGCGCAAAGUAGCAGUCGCAGAUCUCCCCCCAAGAACCCCUUUUGUGUUUGCUCUCUCUCUCCCGCCUUUCCCCGCUCUUGUGCCUCACAAGUGGGCAGCAGUCAAUAUGCCAGCUGCAGCUUGGCCAAGAUUGACCCAUCUUGCAUUUCUGUUUGCUUCAGCGUGGUUUCCACCAGCUCUUAUGAAAGGGAGGAGGGGAGAAGGAGUUUUAUAAAUCCACUUCAGCGUGCCGCAUCUGUGAGGCGGUGGGUUUUGAGGGGCCAUUAAGGCUGGCGGAGGUAGAGGCAGGCAGAUUUGGGUCACACAGUGGGUCACACAGCCCCAGUAAAGCGAACAGGGGUCGUACAAGAGUACGGAGCAAAACUAGGAAGUAACUAAGUUGUCUUGAGCCCCAUCCCCAAAUUCUAGAAGAGAAUGGGUAGCCGUGCUUGUUUCUUGUGGCAAUAAUGCGAAUAAAUCCAUCACGGAAUAAAGUUCUGUGGACAUUGAUGACACAGUAGGUUUUAGUCAAUAGAAGAUCUUGCCAUAAUAUGUAUGUCGAAUAUUAAAGGAACCAAAAACCUCUUUGCUGCUUUCUAGAUUGGACUUGAGAGAGAGAGCCUAGACAGGCAUUUUCCAGCAUCCAUGACUUGCUGGCUUGCUGGGGUACAUAAAAAUGAAUGGAGGAGAAUGGAGGGGCCCUUGGAUUUGACAUUGUGCCUGACCGUCCUAGUGGUAAUUAACGUAGCAAAGUUUCCAUCCUCUAGGACAAUGGAGGGGUUCUCCUCCUCAGCCAUGUUUGCUCCCCAAUUAUGAGGGGGAAAGGAAGCAUUCAAACUGAACUGGGUAGCAGCCUGAAACAGUUUUGGGCUGGGUGUUUUUGUGCUCCACCUACGGUGGCCUGUCCCAUUCUGCUUCCUUCCAUUUCAAGUAUGGGUUUCCGGCUAAGACCUGGGACAUUCGUGUUUGUCCUCAUUUAUUAUAGUGGCUGGUUGCAGUGGCAGAAUCACUAGUGCUCCAUGACCUAUCCUAAGCCAAAUGUUGACAGCCCUUUGAAUUUCUGCAGAGAUUUUGUCUUCCAGCAUAGUUGCUCUUGCAUGUUGUUGUUGUUGUUGUUUAGUUGUUAGUUGUGUCCGACUCUUCGUGACCCCAUGGACCAGAGCACGCCAGGCACUCCUGUCUUCCACUGCCUCCCGCAGUUUGGUCAAACUCAUGUUGGUAGCUUCGAGAACACUGACCAACCAUCUCUUCCUCUGUCGUCUCCUUCUCCUUGUGCCCUCCAUCUUUCCCAACAUCAGGGUCUUUUCCAGGGAGUCUUCUCUUCUCAUGAGGUGGCCAAAGUAUUGGAGUCUCAGCUUCAGGAUCUGUCUUUCCAAUGAGCACUCAGGGCUGAUUUCCUUAAGAAUGGAUAUGUUUGAUCUUCUUGCAGUCCAUGGGACUCUCAAGAGUCUCCUUCAGCACCAUAAUUCAAAAGCAUCAAUUCUUCGGCGAUCAGCCUUCUUUAUGGUCCAGCUCUCACUUCCAUACAUCACUACUGGGACAACCAUAGCUUUAACUAUACGGAUCUAUGCAUAGCAAAUACUAGACCGGAAGCUAAAUUCUAUUAUCAGUCAAUCCUUUGGCAUCUCACCUUUUAUUUUAAAACCAAGCUUCUGGCCCUUGCCUGUAAUGCUAAGCUAAACCGUGGCUUAUUUCAAAUGUGAUCGCUCCUGGAGAGGAGAUCCUAGCUGCUGUGCUCCUCCUGCAAUCCUCUGGCUUUGCUGCUGGAAGCUAAAUUAUGGCUUGGCUUCAUGUGUCAUCCAAACCAGGGCUUGUGGUUCAUACCCUCCCAGAAAUCCACAAGCUGUAAACCCUAUAACAAACAUUGGUUAAAGCGGUGCAAAGGCUGCAGGACUGGAGAAGGGGCAGCUGUGAACUCUUCUCUGGCUUAGCAUUAUGUGUGAACCGGCUCCUAGCUCCCCAAAGGGAAGCAGGGAGCAGCACAUUUUUGUGCAAAGGAGCAGGAUUCAAAUGUUCAGCUCCUUCUGGGAUGCCUAACCAUGGUUGGCCAAUUGGUUUGUGUUACGUUGAGCCAGUGUGUCUCAGCACUCUUGUUCCAGAGGAGAUGGAGAAAGAGAGAGGGACUGGAUUUAUAGCUCUCUAUUUGACCAUAAGUACCUUGGCUGAGGGACACGGGUGGCGCUGUGGGUUAAACCACAGAGCCUAGGACUUGCCGAUCAGAAGGUCGGCAGUUCGAAUCCCCGCGAUGGGGUGAGCUCCCGUGCUCGGUCCCUGCUCCUGCCAACCUAGCAGUUCGAAAGCACGUCAAAGUGCACAAGUAGAUAAAUAGGUACUGCUCCGGCGGGAAGGUAAACGGUGUUUCCGUGUGCUGCUCUGGUUCACCAGAAGCGGCUUAGUCAUGCUGGCCACAUGACCCGGAAGCAGUACGCCGGCUCCCUCAGCCAAUAAAGCGAGAUGAGCGCCGCAACCCCAGAGUCGGCCACGACUGGACCUAAUGGUCAGGGGUCCCUUUACCUUUACCACAUUGGCUGACAAUUGGCCAACGAUGAGGGCCAGUCCUGAUGCCUAAAAGGCUGCCUGCAAUUGAUGGCUGAAACUUAAGCCUCAGCGAGCUGCAACCCAUUCCCGUGCUGGUGGCCUUUCCUAUAAUCUUCAAGCAGCUGUUCGGCCGCCUUCUCAUUUUCAAGCUCUUAGUGGAUGAGGCUGCUGGCAUGUCUCCUCUGCCGCUGCGAUUUUGCUAAAAGCCUAAAAUUACAUGAUGAAACAUAGUUAUUAUUAUUUUUUAAGCGAGCAAGCCUUGAGUCCCACUUUUGGGCUCAAAGUUUUUCUGUGUGUGUGUGUUUUUAAAAAUGUGUGCGAUUUUUACUUUGUAGCCCAGGGCUUUUCUGUAUGUGUGUUAAGAAUUCCUGCUUUAAUCUGAUCUCCCCCACAUUCCAUCAGAAGGAGAUAAUUGUUCUGCAGUUCACAUAAAUCCUAGAGGUCCGUUGGUUCCAAUUCAUCUUCCUUCUUUGUCAACUUUUCCUGCAGGUGGUCUUAGGAUAAAACGUAACACUAGAGGUCAAUAGACGUUACGCUAAGUGCAUGACAGUCACCAGAAACAGCCUUCACUCAUUCAGUUAUUGUCUUCUUGCUGUAUUGUUGCGCAAAAAGUAUGCAAGAUAUCACAGCGCUGUGGUGUGGGGUAAAGUUCCACUUCUUGACCCCUGCCGUCGGACACCAAUGAUGUGUAAUUCGAAAAUCAGAACAGGGCACGGAACGUGAAUGCAAGAGGGCUAACUGGGAUGGUGUUAUGGAAUGCUCUGGCAGGACUUUGCCAUCUCCGCUGGCUCCAUUGCUUGGCCCAGGCCAAGGGGUGCCGUUUUUUAUCUUUAAAUCCCUUUUUAGUUUUGUACUUGGAAGAUUACCUCUCCCUGCAUGUAUCUUGAGACAUUUGCGCCCUUCUUCAAAUGCCUCUGCGAAGUGAGAUACGAUAGGGGGCUGUGAGUGAUGGAGUCUUCUUAGUGGUGGCUCCCAGUUUGUGGAAUGCCAUACUUCUCUUGGAUGCCAGGCAAAGACCUUCUUUCUGCCCCAACAGAUUAUACUGCUGUUCAUCAUAUUGCUUUAGCUUUGUAGGCCGUUCAGUUUACCGUAUUUUUUGCUCUAUAAGACUCACCUUUUCCCUCCUAAAAAGUAAGGGGAAAUGUGUGUGCGUCUUAUGGAGCGAAUGCAGGCUGCGCAGCUAUCACAGAAGCCAGAACAGCAAGAACUUGCUGUUCUGGCUUCUGAGAUUCAGAAUUUUUUUUCCCUUGUUUUCCUCCUCCAAAAACUAGGUGCGUCUUGUGGUCUGGUGUGUCUUAUAGAGCGAAAAAUACGGUCCCUGCCCCUUGCUUUUAAUUGAUUUGUUUUGCUCUGGUGUAUUAAAUGGGUGUGUUUCCUUGCCUUUUAUUACAGUAUGAUUUUUUCAUUUGUGUUGACUUAUUUUGCGCUGCGCACCACCCAGAGAACUUUCUCCUGUGGGGCAGCCUACAAAUGGCCUGCCCAAAUAAACCAAUGAUGAGUUCCCUUUUGGCUUAACCCCUUAAUUUUAAUCCCUAACUAGAACCAGGCUGAAGUUUGCAUUUGCUCAUAUUCAGCCCUUACUAUCUUUGACCGUCUCUGCCCCUCCACCCGUUUUCUUCCGCACUGUUGAAAUUGUAGAUUAUAAGCUAAAAAGGUCGGAGGCCCCAACCUCACGAAACUCUGCACAAUGCUAUGUACAUUAAUGACGCUGUCUAAAUGGUAGCAUCUCCCACCUUCCUCCUCCCAACCCAUUUCAGUGCCUGCCUUUUGUGGGUACACCUGUAGGUUGACGAAAUUAUCAAAUAAAGUCUGUUCUGUUCCCACUGAGCAACAUUCCCAGCCUACAAAUGUCACUUAUCCAUGCACCUGAGUAGUAUGAAAAGACUGGAAGAGUCGGGUGGGUAGGUUGGGAGCAGCUAAUCCCAUGAAUGGCACCUGAAGCUGACCUUUACAGACCAGUUUCCCGAGAUACAAUGAGAGUACGGUUGUCUCUGUCUAAUUUGCACCAUAUGUCAACCUGCUGAGAAUUCCUUUGUUUGUGGGGAGCCUGCUACGGUGAUGACAACGUUGUCUUUGGCCCUUGAUUUAUCUGUUGCUCUUAUUUCGUUGUUUGGCUUAUUUGUUUCCUGUUGUGAGCGGGUGAGCGAGUAAUUAAAAGCCCCUCAAUAACCCUGGUGCCCUGUUAACGUGAGUGACUUUCGGUGGGGAAUGGUCCUCGUGAUAGACGGAGGCAUUCAGAAAUGCCCACCCGGAGGAAGAGGGUGAGUUUUGUAAGGUUCUUUGUUAACCGCGCUGACAUUUGGAGACACUGCCUGCCUUUCUCCCAGAGCAGAGAUAAGCUACGAAGCCAAGUGUUGUCUCGCUGCAGGAGGAGCCCACGGCGCAGUCUCGAGCCGUGACAUUUUCCAAGUUUGUCAUCACUUUCCUAUUUUGAAUGGAAGCCUGUCUCCGUGUUCUCAUUGCUUCCCAUGUUGACCAGGUGGGCGCGAUUUUUAGAGGGAUGCUCUCCAGAUGGAGAAGAGGUGAGGGGGUGCGGGAAGCAAGACAAGCGGCAGAGAACAUGCUUAGUCUCUCUCGAAGGUCCUGGGUUUAAUGGAUGGUAUCUCCAGCGAAACAUAAGACAGCAAAUCAAUUUUCCUGGGCCACUUUUGAGUUGUGAUGGCUUUUGUCCUCGUAAUGCUAGAACAAAGCUGGGGAGGGGAGAUUAUUGGGUUGUUUUUGUUUUUAUUGUACAUUUUGUGUUUUUAUAUUGUGAUUUUAUGUUGUAACCACCCUGAGACCUGCAGAUGUAGGUCAAAGGUAAAGGACCCCUGAACGGUUAAGUCCAGUCAAAGGCGUCUAUGGGGUUGCGGCGCUCAUCUCGCUUUCAGGCCAAUGGAGCCGGUGUUUGUCCACAGACAGCUUUCCGGGUCAUGUAGCCAGCAUGACUAAACUGCUUCUGGCGCAACGGGACACCGUGACAGAAACCAGAGCGCACGGAAACACCGUUUACCUUCCCGCUGAAGUGGUACCUAUUUAUCUACUUGCACUUUGACGUGCUUUCGAACUGCUAGGUUGGCAGGAGCUGGAACAGAGCAACAGGAGAUCACCCCGUCGCGGAGAUUCGAACCACUGACCUUCUGAUAGGCAAGCCCAAGAGGCUCAGUGGUUUAGACCACAGCGCCCACCCGCAUUGUAAGGGCGGUAUACAAAUAUACUGAACAACAACAACUUGGGAGCAUCUUGUGGAAUUGAUUGGCAGUGGGUUCAGGUCAGACAAAAGAGACUUUGCAGUGUUGCAUUAACGGAUGGAGUUCGUCGCCACGAAAUGUGGCAGUUGCUGCUCAGUUAGAUCACUCUGAAAGGGGAUUAGACACACUUCUAGAGGUUAAUAUCUGUGUUUUUAGGUGUUGUACCUGAAACAUAACCUCCCCUGUUCAGAGGCACAGAGACACAGGAAGUUGCCUUACAUAGAGUCCGACCCUUAGGUCUCAAGCUCAGUGUUGUCCACAUAGAUUGGUGGCACAUCUCCAGACUGGAGCGCCUCUCAGCCCUACCUAGAGAUGUCAGGGAUUGAUGUAGAUGCUCUGCCACUGAGGUGUGGCAGCAUACCUCUCAGUACUGUAAGCUGUGGGGAGGUUUGUUGCCUUCCUGCCCAGUCUACGGGUGUCGCAAAGGCACAUAGCUGCCAUUGCUGGAAACAGGACGGAGCCUUGGUGAUAGAGCAAGGUGCUUUGUGGAAAUCUGGAGUUGCUGUUAUGGACUGGCUGGAUGCAGAGGAUUGGUGGCAGGCAGCAGCUGGGGAAUCCCCAAGGGAAAGAAGGCUCAGAGCCAUUGGACUGGUGGUGGGAUGAUGACGAGUGGUCAGAGGGAGAAGACUGGGAAACAGAGGUGUUGGAAGCUGAAGAGGCAGCAAGGGUUUAGUGAGCAGGAAGAGGCUGGGGCAGAGAGCAGUCCAGAAUCAGAGGAAGGAGAGGAAGGAGGCCAGGAGACAGAGAUGGGGCAGGCUGCUGAAGAAGCCAAGAGAGUCUCCCCCUUUUGCUGUGACUUGCCUCCCUCAUAUGUGGACCAGUCUUCCUUGUGAUCUACUAGAAUUUUCACUUGCUGACACAUCAUCCCUGUGUGCUGGAAUAGCAGUCGCUUACUCCACCAAUGGGGACGCGGGUGGCGCUGUGGGUUAAACCACAGAGCCUAGGACUUGCUGAUCAGAAGGUUGGCGGUUCGAAUCCCCGCGACGGGGUGAGCUCCCGUUGCUCGGUCCCAGCUCCUGCCAACCUAGCAGUUCAAAAGCACGUCAAAGUGCAAGUAGAUAAAUAGGUACUGCUCCGGCGGGAAGGUAAACGGCGUUUCCGUGUGCUGCUCUGGUUCACCAGAAGCGGCUUAGUCAUGCUGGCCACAUGACCUGGAAGCUGUAUGCCGGCUCCCUUGGCCAAUAAAGCGAGAUGAGCACCGCAACCCCAGAGUCGGUCACGACUGGACCUAAUGGUCAGGGGUCCCUUUACCUUACUCCACCAAUAAUUUAACACUAAACAACCACAGUUUUGUAAUGUCUGCACUGACGACUCUGUUUGUUCCCUAUUGAGUUGGCAAUGUGGACAGCUCAGGAGUAGAGUCUUUAGUGGUGAAGCUAUUGCUGGAGUGAACGGCUGUUUUCUGAGAGUACAGGUGUGCGCACAUCCCUCUCUGAUGCUAAGAGCAUAGUCUUGUGAUGGGCAAGGAGCAAGUUUUUCGGUAUAACCUUUUGGUCCAGCAAUGAAAUGUGCGUGACUAUGUAUGCAGAUCGAUUCACAAUAAUUCUUGUUAUUGGCCAGUUGUCUGACAAUGGCGAGUCUCAAAUAAGUGAAGCCUUUGGGUGCUUCACCUGACCGUGUGGCCUCCUGUUUCAAGGGGGCUAGCACACAGCAGCAAGGGAUUACGUCCAUCUGGCUUGCCUGACAACAGAAAUUCCCUAAACCUGCUUGUACAAAAUCUGUCCCAACUUGCUCGUAGCCUUUCUGUAGCCUCUCUCGUCUCGGCAAGCUGGGAUUCCCCUUUGCUGGCAUCACUCAUCAUUCGAAUCCCGCCUCACUGUUUUUUUGGCUACACAAGAGAUCGUGUUCCCCCAGUAUGCUGAAUUAACCGGCUCUACCCUGACACUAAUUUGACAAGGAUCACUUUUAAUUUAUCACCACCUUGCUGGUUCAUGUGUAAAAUUAGUCUUUCACCUCCAGUGAUAUUUUUCUUUCCUCCCCCAUUUAUACACUGUGUGUAUAUUUGCUUUUCUGGUUGUCUCUCUCGAAUGCCUGAGAGCUGACUAAUAAAUUUUUUCGUUAUCCAACUCUCCAUCAAGGCAAUAGCAAAGGAGAAUCAUUUUUGUUUUUCUUUUGUAAAAAACAACAACUCACAAAUGUCAACAGUAUUAUCACAUUUGCUGCUGUGACUCAGCCCAUUUCAGAGCUACACACCGGCCUUUCCAAACCAGGGAACAAAUUUGCCUUAGUUCUGCUCCUGGGAGCUGCAGCGCUGGGAGGUGCCCUUCCAGGUACCACUCAAGAUCAAGUGGAUAGCAAUCCCAGAGAUCGGCAGGGAAUAAUCAACUGCUGCUGUUUCGUGUUUGCUUCAGUGUAUUUCUCAUGAUUCAGUAGUAGAGCAUAUGCCUUGAUCUCAGAUUCAAUCCCCAGUUAAAGGAGCUUUCAAAGCAGGGCUGCAAAAGAUCAUUGAAUCAUACAGUUGGAAGGGACCCCAAGGUUCAUCUAGUGCAGGCAUAGGCAAACUAGGCCCUCCAGAUGUUUUGGGACUACAGUUCCCAUCAUCCCUGACCACUGGUCCUGUUAGCUAGGGAUCAUGGGAGUUGUAGUCCCAAAACAUCUGGAGGGCCGAGUUUGCCUAUACCUGAUCUAGUGCAACCCCCUGCAAUUCAGGAAUCUCAACAAAAGCAUUCAUGACAGAUGGCCAUCCAACCUCUGCUUUGAAACCUCCAAGGAAGGAGAGUCUGAGGGAGACUAAUCCACUGUCAAACAGCUCUUAUGCCUUUAAUUGGUAGCCAUUAAAUAAACACACAAGAUGUAACCGGCUGUACAUUUGAAAAAAUAAUAUAUACUAUUCAUUGUAUUGAAUUGUAGAUUUCAACAGAAGUAGCUCAUAAAGUUCAACGAGAAAGGUAGAAGACCCAGUGGAUGAGUUCAUUCUCUAAUCAGUUUAUGCAUAAGGUCCAUAUAUGUGAAAAUGUCUAUUCCACCUGUCUGUUCAUAGAGUCCAAGAAUCAACAUGAAAGGUUGUUGCAGUUCCACGGAAUCCUUUCCCAGAGUCUAAGGAGUGCUCGUAAUCAGUAGGAGUGGUUGAACGUGGAGAUACAUCGGAUCUGUUAGAUCUGUUAAAUUUGCAGUGAAUUAGCCAGUUUUAAGAAAAAGAAGUUGAGCAGAGAUCACAAUGAUUAUUCUACAGGCAAAGUUUAUUUAUGGCUGAAUUCCUCAGGACUAGUUCACAGGCAGUCAAACAGAUCUGAUGUAUCUCUGCGUUCGACCACUCCUACUGUAAACACUGUCAAGAUUUGAUAUGGGCACCAGUUACCAACUCAGCUGCUGUAUUUUCUGUCAAUCACCCUUUUCGAAUGGUCUUCCUCAGCAACCCCUUGUAGAACGUGUCAUUUUCUUUUGGUUACCCCCAACCAGGAAAGAACCUUUGUUUUGACUUCAUGACGAGCUGCCCCCUUUCUUCUUCCUUUCCAGGCUGCAAGCACGUCAAAGGCAUCCUGUUGUUUGGUCCCCCUGGCUGCGGCAAGACCCUUAUGGCCAGGCAGAUUGGCAAGAUGCUGAAUGCCAGAGAGCCCAAAAUAGUGAACGGGCCGGAAAUCCUCAACAAAUACGUCGGGGAGUCGGAGGCCAACAUUCGCAAGCUCUUUGCAGAUGCAGAAGAAGAACAGAGGAGGGUAAGUUGCCUUUUAAAAAAAUUUAAAAAUGGAAGAAUAAGAUGCAGGUGGAUGAAGAUUCCUGCUGGAAUCAGACAUGAUGGAGCAUUGUUUGUUUCUCUCGUUCCUGUUUCAAAACGUUUGGGGUGACAUCACUGCAUUGCCAGUUUUCUUGCCCCCACAAGCAGCGGGCGAUGAAGUUGAGGAGGAAUUGGGGAAACUCACCAGUGUGAAUAUGACUUGCAUUAUAAUAAGAAUAGAUGUCAUGGGAGGAAAAGACACUUGGGAUGGUGAUACCCCAAGAGGCCCAGCCCUUCAGCUUCUGCAGUAGAUUUCUGUAUAGCUUCAAAGCAUUGAAAGGGGGCCUGGGGCUGUUCAAGGGCUUUGUUCUUUGCAAAUUCUGGUACCUGAGCCCUGGCUCCUAGGCAAACAUGCAAAACAGCUUUCGCCAACCUACAGCGGCAGAGCAUAUGCUCGCGCUGCCCGGGGCCGGCGUGCUCCCGAAGGGGCGGGGCACAGAGGGUGCCCUCCCAGGCAAGGGAUAGCUGCUCAGGUGCAUGGAACAGUGAUCGCUCCCUGCAGCACCCGGGGGCGGAGCUAGCCACCCACAGGGGCGGAGCUAAUCACCCAUGGCGGACAUUCGGCGCGCUGCCCGCCCGCAACUCCCAAGCAUGAAGGGGGAAGGGGGAAAUACUGCCGGCAAAGCGACGCAGCUCCCCCCUUCCCCUGACGGCUCGGGGAAGGCUUGGGAGUCCCGGCAGGCGGUGCACCAAAAGUCACCCCCUCAGCGAAGGGGGUCUGAAAGACCCAACAGAGACUCCGUUUCCUCAGGGUCUUGCGAAAGAAUAAUGUUCAACAACAACUGAUGAACUCCUUCUACCGGGCCACAAUAGAAAGUGUCCUUUCAUAUUGCAUCACAGUGUGGUAUGCUGGCUUGACAGCCACGGACAGAAAGUCUCUACAGAGGGUGGUGAAUACAGCACAUGAUAUCAUGGGCUGUCUCUUGAGUCCGCUAGAUGAUAUCGCAAGGGAUAGUUGCCUUAGGAGAGCGAGAAAAAUUCUCAGGGAUGACUCACACCCCGUCCACCACUUCUUCAAUCUUCUACCCUUGGGCAGGAGAUAUAGAAGUAUGAUAAGCCGUACCAACAGGCUAAAAAAUAGCUUCUGUCUGUGGGCUGUUAGGCUGUUGAACGAAAAAUAACGUAGCAAAAUUGACUUGCAAGGUGGUGUGUUGUUUGAUAAGAGAUUGAGUGUUUUUUUUGGGGGGGGAGGCUCGUUUAAUUUCAUUGUACAAUGGCAAUAAAGGUACAGUGGUACCUCUGGUUAAGUACUUAAUUCGUUUUGGAGGUCCGUACUUAACCUGAAACUGUUUUUAACCUGAAGCACCACUUUAGCUAAUGGGGCCUCCCGCUGCCGCUGCACGAUUUCUGUUCUCAUCCUGAAGCAAAGUUCUUAACCCAAGGUACUAUUUCUGGGUUAGUAGAGUCUGUAACCUGAAGCGUAUGUAACUUGAGGUACCACUGUAUUAUUAUUAUUAUUAUUAUUAUUAUUAUUAUUAGAUAGGAAAAAGGAGGAGCAGCCCUUUUGGGGUCCAUGAUCUCUGGCAUGUUUCUGUUUUUCUUCUUCACUAGCUUGGUGCAAACAGUGGCGUCCACAUCAUCAUCUUUGAUGAAAUCGAUGCCAUAUGCAAGCAGCGCGGGAGCAUGGCGGGCAGCACCGGCGUCCACGACACGGUUGUGAACCAGCUGCUAUCAAAAAUUGAUGGGGUGGAGCAGCUAAACAACAUCUUGGUCAUUGGUAAUGAAAGCUAUUUGUUCUGUUUUGGGGUGGGGGACUCUGCUGUAGUUUCAUGUCGGGCGUAGACUCUGCAGGGUUUGUGUUGGGCACCAUUUGUUGUUCGAAUGUCUUAAUCUUCAGAUUUUAGGAUACCUGAAAUACACAAGAAAGGUGGCCUCAGGCAAGCAGUUAAAUUGGAUUAUGGCCAAGCUUUGCUUUGGGUGGGUAGAGAUUGGCUGAUAUUUACAUUCAGUUUUAAGAAUGAUUUCAUUCCUAAAUGGAUUAUUCCAUUCCCUAGGUUUUUACUGUUCUUGCGGUAGACGAGGAAAAUGCUGGCCAGUUUUUAAAACUUUUGAAUUAUAUAAAUAACAGAAAAAUCAAUGUAAAGCCAUAUAUGGUUUUAUUGUACAUUGUAAUUGUGAAUGUUUUAUUCUUCUGGUGCAGUUGGUUUGUUGUGUGUUUUAAUUAUGGAUAGAUUUGAUAGUUGAUUUGAUAGUUGUAAAGUGCUUAGAAGCCAGUGAUAAAACCAGUCCAAAAGACACAGUGAGAUUAAAACAGCUUUCAACUAAAACCUUGAUCUACCUUCCGUAAUAAAUGUUUUUGGGAGCCAUCAAAAAAACAUCAAGAGGUUUCCUGGUGGCUUCUCUGGAAGGGGAGAUCCACAAAACAGGAUGCUGUCUCUGAAAAGGCCUGCUCCUUUCAAAAUACAGUCAUACUUUGGUUCACGAAUGCCUUGCGAGUCAAACGUUUUGGCUCCCGAAUGCCGCAAAACCCGGAAGUGAGUGUUCUGGUUUGCGAAUGUUCUUUGGAACACAAACAUCCGUUGUGGGUUCCGAUUGGCUACAGGAGCUUCCUACAACCAAUCGGACACCGCGCCUUGGUUUCCAAACGUUUUGGAAGUUGAACGGACUUCCGGAAUGAAUUCCGUUCGACUUCUGAGGUAAACUGUUCAGUAUCAAAAUGUGCUGCGUUUAAAUGCCCGAGUUGUGAUUUUUUUUCACCUUUCUGAUUAUUGGGAUUUUUCAGUGGCAGAACUAUUACUGAAACAUGAGCCCGCCCCCAUCCAAAAAAUGUUCUGGAUAACAAUGUAGUCUGUCCCUGAAACUAAGCUCAUGGUAUUAAACAAGGUAGCUGCAACCCCGUAGCUCAUAAUAUUAAGAGUUCCUCAAUGCUGAAUAUCUUCUGGUUCGUGUUUGCUCUUGAAAGCGUCUUUCUGCAUAAUAUUCUCAGACUGUCUUAGCUCACUCUGGCACAACGUUCCUUCAUUUCUGCUUUGCUGAACUGUAGGGAAGGACUUGUACAAAUACUAGAUGGUUCAGUUUGAAGAUUACUUGAUUAACGCCUGUUUUGCGAGAAAAGAAUGCUUAUUCUUAUUUUUAUAGCACCAAUUUCACAUUAUUAUAACGUUAGUAUUUAUUAUUAUUAUCUUUAUAGCACCAUAAUUGUACCUGGCACCUUGGUUUGUAUUUCUGUUUUAUGAGACGCCUCGUAAAAUAAAAUCUCUUGGCAUCGUAUAGGAUAAAAAUUAAAACGCUGAAACAAAAACCCUUUUGCAAGAAAAAGGAGAGCAACAUAAACAAGACAGGGCUGUGCUCUGAUUGUAAAUUUAGCAAACGAGGAAGCAAACCAAGUGGAGGGUGGGGAAGAGGGAAAGAUAAAUUUGAAUACUACCUAAACUUCCCAGUAAGAUGGUGUUUGACGCAUCAUUAUUGGUUAAUAUUUAUACCUUGUUCCUUCCUGUGGGCUAAAAAUAGGUUGCAGCAGUACUUCCAAACACACAAGGACUCCACUAUCUAAUAGCAAGGGAAGCACAAGAGCUUAGAAAUAAAUGAAGAAAAUAUAGACAGGCUUGCCCCUGAGUCUGUGUUUAACAAAGGGAUAUAGCUGCUGAGUCUACCUGUAUAUUGCGUAUUUCCCAAAUGCAUAUCUGUCCUGCUCACAAUUUACAUUUUUAAGUGUAUACUGCCCACGGCCACUUUUUCCAAGGUACUUUCUCGCAUUUUUUGAGUGGCCGCAGCAGCAAAUAAUUCAUCUUGACAAAAUAUACAGUCUUACUCGUCUAAAAGUGCAUAUGCCGUAUAUCAGGCUUCCUCAGACCCGGCCCUCCAGAUGUUUUUGGCCUACAACUCCCAUGAUCCCUAGCUAGCAGGACCAGUGGUCAGGGAUGAUGGGAACUGUAGUCUCAAAACAUCUGGAGGGGCAGGUUUGAGGAAGCCUGCCGUAUAUAAUGCAUUGAUCUCCCCAUGCAUUGAGACACAUGGUGGGAAAGACACUUUGCUCUAAGAGAGUCAUAGAAUGAACAAAACGAUAAAUAAUGGGCUAAGUCUUAGAUGCACUGAAAACUCAAGCAGCUACAGUUUCCCUUGCCUUGUCUGUUCAAAGAAGUAAAGAGAAGCCUUUACUUUUUAAGCCUAAAAGGCUAUCCAAGGAGUGAUCUGCACGUUACUGUGUGCGUGUGUGGUUAUUUGUGUAAGCAGUCAAACAUCAGCUGGCAGCUGGCCGUGCUCUGCUGCUUAAACAUCUCCAGAGCAUCUUUUGGAAUCUUAGGUACAGUCAAACCUCGGUUUUUGGGCAUCUCAGCUAUUGAAUGUUUCGGAAACCCAAAGUGAAUUCUUCCGUUUUUGAACGUGCCUCAGAAGACAAACGGGCUUCUGAGACAUGUUUCUCAAUUUCCCCCAUUGAACUUGCUGACGUCCCUUUGAUCCUCGGUUUUCGAAUGUUUCGGAAUUCAAACGGACUUCCAGAACGGAUUACGUUAGAAAACCGAGGUUCCACUGUACAGUCAUACCUUGGAAGAUGAACGGAAUGCGUUCCGGAAGUCCUUUGAAUUCCAAAAACGUUCGAAAACCAAAGCACGGCUUCCGUCACUGAAGCCCUGUUGGACGUUCGGCUUCCAAAGGAACGUUCAUAAACCAGAACACUCACUUCCGGUUUUCAAUCAUUCGGGAGCCAGAACGUUCGACUCCCAAGGCAUUCGGGAGCUGAGGUACCACUGUAUUGCUGGAUGUACUGCAAUUUAGCCCUGUGAGCUUGCUGGCUCACACACAUUCUGAUCAAUAGAUGUAAGUUGUUGUUUAGUCGUUUAGUCGUGUCCGACUCUUCAUGACCCCAUGGACCAGAGCACGCCAGGCACUUCUGUCUUCCACUGCCUCCCGCAGUUUGGUCAAACUCAUGCUGGUAGCUUCGAGAACACUGUCCAACCAUCUCGUCCUCUGUCGUCCCCUUCUCCUUGUACCCUCCAUCUUUCCCAACAUCAGGGUCUUUUCCAGGAGUCUUCUCUUCUCAUGAGGUGGCCAAAGUAUUGGAGCCUCAGCUUCACGAUCUGUCCUUCCAGUGAGCACUCAGGGCUGAUUUCCUUCAGAAUGGAUAGGUUUGAUCUUCUUGCAGUCCAUGGGACUCUCAAGAGUCUCCUCCAGCACCAUAAUUCAAAAGCAUCCAUUCUUUGGUGAUCAGCCUUUUUUAUGGUCAAUAUCAAUAGAUAAAAAGGUAAAGGUAAAGGUACCCCUGCCCAUACGGGCCAGUCAUGUCCGACUCUAGGGUUGCGCACUCAUCUCGCUCAUGAGGCCGGGAGCCAGCGCUGUUCGGAGCCACUUCCGGGUCACGUGGCCAGCGUGACGAAGCUGCUCUGGCGAGCCAGCACCAGCACCGCACACGGAAACGCCGUUUACCUUCCCGCUAUAAAGCGGUACCUAUUUAUCUACUUGCACUUAGGGGUGCUUUCGAACUGCUAGGUUGGCAGGAGCAGGGACCGAGUAACGGGAGCUCACCCUGUCGCGGGGAUUCGAACCGCCGACCUUGCGAUCAGCAAGUCCUAGGCACUGAGGUUUUAUCCACAGCGCCACCCGCGUCCCAUAUCAAUAGAUAGACACCCCCAAACACACACACAAUAUGUGAGCAAAGCAACCUCAGCUGCAAUGUUUGAAAUGGCUCUUGCCUCAUCCUCUCGAAGGGGUGAGUUCUAAAUGGGGAUAAGGAACCAUUGCACAUCCCCGUUUGUCCUUGGGGAAAAUGAGAACUCUGCAAAGAGGGACCAAGGGGUGACAGUGGUCCCUGGGCUCAAGCUGUUGAAGGUGCUCUUGAUGCUUUUGCUAACGUCGUCUGUCUGAUACAUAGGAAUGACCAACAGGCCGGACCUGAUAGAUGAGGCUCUCCUGCGACCUGGGCGACUGGAGGUGAAAAUGGAGAUUGGUAAGUAAUUCGAGGGAAUGCUCAUGGCCACAGGCUGACGGUGUGAACCAGAAAAAGAACCGAAAGCUUGUUCGAUUUGAGCAGACUUGCAAAUGAGUACAUAGGAGUUAUCAUUGUCACCAUGUUUUUGCUGGCCCUUCCCCUCUGCUUUCUGCAUGCCAGAGGAGGAGUCUGCAAGCUUCUGUGGUUUUAAAUCCUGGCUUGUUCUUGCUAACCAUAGUUUAAACAAGCCACAGUUUCUCCAAGUCUGGGUGUCAUGGGGAACUGGGGUUAGUUCAUUUAUUUACUUCAUCAUCUCUAUACUGCCUGAUGUUCAGUGGGAGGUUUACAAUGUUAAAAAUGCAUAAUAUAAAAUGAACAUCUAGAACAGAGUUAAACAUCACAAGAUAAAACGACAGAGGAAACAGCAGUGCAAAAGAUAUUUAAAAACUAUAAAAAACACAUUUCCACCCCAAACGGCCUUGGUGAAUAAAAAUAUCUUCAUCUGAUGCUGAAAAGCAGAGGUCCCACCACUGAAAAGGCCCUCUCUUUAGUAGCUGCCUUCCUUAAUUCAUUUAUUGGGUCACCUACAGAAGGGCCUCAGAAGGUGACCUUACAGUCUAGGUAGUAAAAAAAUAGUGGUUCACAAAUUACAAGGAGAGUGAGCACACAAGCUUGAGAAUUGCCAAGGCUCACGCGCAUAUGUCUGAAAUCCACCAAUUUGACAUCCCAUCAGUGCCCUCUGAAUGACCCUCUUCAUUCUAGAUGAAGCUAGAGUGCCAUGUGACUUCCUUUCUUCACUCCCAAGAAGCCCACCAGAGCCCUGGGUUUUGGAGAAGGAUGGCUUAUUGCAUUGCAGCACCUAGUAUUCCGGCCAUGGAACAGCGUUGUUUUCCAAUGCAAAUAAUUCACAGUGUUGAUGAUCUCGUUUAGGUUUGCCGGAUGAAAAGGGCCGGAUGCAGAUUCUUAACAUCCACACCUCAAGGAUGCGGACCCACCAGCUGUUGGCCUCAGAUGUUGACAUUUCGGAGCUGGCUGUGGAAACCAAGAACUUCAGUGGUGCUGAGCUUGAGGGUCUGGUCCGUGCAGCACAGUCCACUGCUAUGAACAGACACAUUAAGGUUUGUUUCUUCCCUUCAGAUGGCAUUGGCUAUAAAUCCAAGAUGGAUCUUCUGUUGCCUCCCUCUUCCUCCUCCUCCUCCUCCUCCUCCUCCUCCUCCAUUCAAUAAUGCUUCUGAACAUCUCCCCUGCCUCGGUUAAAGAAAGAGGUGGACCUUCUCAGAUCUCAACCCAGAGCUUCCCUUUCUACUCCCAGCCUCCCACCCUGGGAGAUCUUCCCUUCCCAGCCUCUCACACAGAGUCCUUCACCAGCCAACCGUUGCCUUCAAUUGUGCACAGUCUCCUCAUUAACCCAGAGUAGGGGACAACAAGUAGGAACGCGGGUGGCGCUGUGGUCUAAACCACAGAGCCUAAGACUUGCCGAUCAGAAGGUUGGCGGUUCGAAUCCCUGCGACGGGGUGAGCUCCCAUUGCUCGUUCCCAGCUCCUGCCAUACUAGCAGUUUGAAAGCAUGCCAGUGCAAGUAGAUAAAUAGAUACUGCACCGGCGUGAAGGUAAACGGCAUUUCCGUUCGCUGCUCUGGUUUCGGUGUUCCGUUGCUCCAGAAGCAGCUUAGUCAUACUGGCCACAUGACCUAGAAAAACUGUCUGCGGACAAACGCCGGCUCCCUUGGCCUGUAAAGCGAGAUGAGCACCACAACCCAGAGUCGUCUGCAACUGGACUUAACUGUCAGGGGUCCUUUACCUUUUACCUUUUUACCUUUUUAGGGGACAACAAAAGCAAAGCAAAGCAAAAAAUGGAAAAGUAACAGAAAGAUUAAAGUAAAAAAGGAACGAGAAAGUAAUAAAGGGGAAGGAUUCAGAGGUGGGGAGUUGGUUUGCACCUCUCCAGUCACUGAAUACAGUCGUACCUUGGUUGACGAACGGCUUAGUUGCCAAACGUUUCGGAUAUCAGAAGCUGAACGUCGGGUUCACCUUGGUUUUCGAACAGUUCCAGGGAGUCGAACAGACUCCCGGAACGCAUUCUGCUCAUCAGCCAAAGUAUGACUGCACUGGGAACCCUUCCGAAUCCCACUGUUGGUGUCUGCACUUUCAUAAGACAUUGCCACACACUUUUUCUCUGCAGCUCUAAGAAGGGACUAAGAUUACAUGAGACACAACUUAAGCUUUCAACAGAAGACUCUUUGCUUCUUGCAUGUGCUGAACCUAUAGAUCUGCACAGAUUCCUCUUUCUGUGCACAGUUGUGCAGAAAAGUUAAGCAUAUGUGCCGUGUGUCCGUGUUGCUGUUCAGCUCCCGGAGCUGAGAUUUCAAGAUGGAAUGUAGUUGGUGUUUGUCUCUUCCCCCUGUCCCCCCUUUUUUUUAAGUUGUAAAGGUCACUGUGCCUUUAAUAGGAAAUGAGUGAUGCAGGCUGCGAAAUGUCAGAGUGAGAAGGUUAGAGAUUAGCUGGAACAUGCAAAAUAACGGUUUGCUAUUGAAGAGUGUUGAAAUGCUUAUAUUAUUUUUUUUGUUAGCUUGCCACAGGUGUAGGGCCAGGAAUGCACCCUGAAACAGGCAGGCGUUGGUGUAAACGUUUUAAUGUUGUGCAGUGAUUUCAGGAGGGGGAAGAGUGCUGUGGCCAGUUACUGGCUUGAAAAGGCACCCUAAAGAUUUGGUAGCGAUGGGGUCCAGACCCUUGGCUCCACUAACAUCCCAACCCCCCCCCCCCAAAGCCCUUCAGAUUUGCAUUACCAAGCUAGUUACCCUCUGCCGGUUUGCUGACCUGCUCACAUCCUCAACAGGAACCACGUGAAGACUGUACACCAGCAGUUCUCAACCUGUGGGUCCCCAGAUGUUGUUGGACUACAACUCCCAUCAUCCCUGAGCUCUGGCCUUGCUAGCUAGGGGUGAUGGGAGUUGUAGUUCAACAACAUCUGGGGACCCACAGGUCGAGAAAGGCUGCUGUACACAAAUGCCCCUGUUGUGUAAGAGCACCACAGAAAUGAAGGCCAGGAAUGGGGAACAUGUGCACCUUCAGAUGCUGUUGGACAGAACCCGUUUUAGCCCCAGCCAGCAUAGCAAAGGACCAGGGGAUUAUGGGAGUUGCCGUCCAGCAACACCUGGAAGACCAUAGAGCUCAGGCCGAUGAUUCAAAGCAGCCAUCUUGACAGGUUCUCAUCAUUAGAGGGGAUCAGCAAAAUAUGAUCGGGUAGGAUGCAAAGAGAGAUGGAAAGAAAAGGGGAAAGACCCGUGCCAUUCUUCUCCCAAGCUUCUUUUUAUCCUCAAAAAGGUCUAAACACAUUUCCCCCUUCUGUUUCGACGGAAGCUGAGGCUCUUUAGAUUUUUGCUGGGCUUCCAAAGAGUCUCGCUUCAUGACCUCAGCAGCUUUCUCUGUGAACAUGUGCCUCCAGCUGUCUCUCUCUCUCUCUUUUUGGAAAUAUUUUUUAUUCGGUUUUACAAAUACAAAUUUGUAACAAAUACCAUUAUAGCUCCAUAUAAAGAGAUUCCCCUGAAUCUCCGGACUUCCCCUCUAUGGGUCCUAAUGUCAGCAUUUACACCUCCAUAUCAAUCCAUUAUUCACAUAUUUUAUCCAUCCGAGUUAUCCAUAGUCUUUGUUACCUUACCAGUGAGUUUAAAAUCCUGCUAAUGUUUCCAACUGCUUACAAUGAUCUCCUAAGUAAAUUAUAAAUUUUCCCCAUUCUUUUUUGAAGUUCUUGUCCUCUUGGGUCCUGAGCUUUCCAGUUAAUUUUGCCAUUUCAGCAUAGUCCAUCAACUUGGUUUGCCAUUCUUCCUUGGUCGGGAUUGUGUCUUCUGUCCAUCUCUGGGCUAGUAACAUCUGUGCGGCUGCUGUCGCAUACACCAAUAGUCUUUCCUGGUCCUUUGGGAUCUCGGUACCUAUGAUUCCUAAUAAAAAAGCUUCUGAUUCCUGCUGGCUAUCUCACUAACAUACCAUCUCCUCUUGUGAUUAGGCCACCACCAAAGUGGAAGUUGACAUGGAGAAGGCAGAGUGCCUGCAGGUGACAAGGGUAGACUUCUUAACUUCUCUGGAGAAUGACAUCAAGCCGGUGAGUGAACCCCUUUUAAUCCCGCAGACAUUCGUGUUGCUCCCCUCUGUGGAAGACCAGAGGCAGGCUUUAAUGAACUGACAAUGACGUCCUGAUUUUGCACCAUCUCCUUUUCUUCAACCUGCAGGCAUUUGGGACCAAUCAGGAGGAUUAUGCAAGCUACAUCAUGAAUGGGAUCAUGAAAUGGGGUGAUCCUGUCACUCGGGUGCUGGAUGAUGGAGAGCUUCUUGUUCAGCAGGCCAAAAACAGUGACCGAACCCCGUUGGUCAGCGUCCUUUUGGAAGGUUGGUUUCCUUCUCCACAUUGUCUUCUCAGCCAGAUUAGGACUGGCGAACCUGUGGGUUAAACCACAGAGCCUAGGGCUUGGUGAUCAGAAGGUCGGCGGUUCGAAUCCCCAUGAUGGGGUGAGCUCCCAUUGCUCGGUCCCUGCUCCUGCCCACCUAGCAGUUCAAAAGCACAUCAAAGUGCAAGUAGAUAAAUAGGUACUGCUCCGGGGGGAAGGUAAACGGCGCUUCCGUGUGCUGCUCAGGUUCGCCAGAAGCGGCUUGGUCCUGCUGGCCACAUGACCCGGAAAAACUGUCUGCGGACAAACGCCAGCUCCCUCGGCCUGUAAAGCGAGAUGAGCCCAACACCCAGAGUCAUCUGUGACUGAACUUAACCGUCAGGGGUCCUUUACCUUUUACCUUUUUAGGGGACAACAAAAGCAAAACAAAGCAAAAAGCACUGUUCUGUCACUGAUUCCCUCACUGAUAACUUGCCAUGGCUCAAGUCAGACAUCACGUCAGACCAUGAUAAGGAAGCUGAUUGAUGGGAUUUCAAUUGACAGGAUGUGGUAUGUAAUCAGCCAGCAAACCAAAAUCGGAAACCGUGGUUUGAAAUGACUUUGCAAACCAUGAUUCGGACUAACUAUGGUUUAGUGGGAUGUAUGGCUUCAAAUAAAGCCAUUGCUCCACUGCCACAGACUCCUACAACCUUGAAUUCAUGAAUCUGAGUGUAGCUCUGAACGAUGAUUUGUCUUUUGUGCAACUGAGAGCACAAACUGUAGAUUGGUUGCUUAGUGAUGGUUAAUGCAAACCAUUCUUAGUUCUGACCACCAUUGCCAUGUUUCUUUGGCCAAUGGGAUGUGAGGCACACAGAGCAGAAUCCAUCUUCAAGGCCGCUCAGAACUGCACAUUCAGAACUGCAACACUGCUCAAUGGGCAGAAUAAUUUGAGUUGCAAUUCAGGCUAUGCAAUAUUCUAGAUCAUGGGUAGGCAAAUUAAGGCCCGGGGGCCGGAUCCAGCCCAAUCGCCUUCUAAAUCCAGCCCACAGACGGUCUGGGAAUCAGCAUGUUUUUACAUGAAUAUGUGCCCUUUUAUUUAAAAUGCAUCUCUGGGUUAUUUGUGGGGCCUGUCUGGUGUUUUUACAUGAGUAACAUGUGUGCUUUUAUUUAAAAUGUGUCUCUGGGUUAUUUGUGGGGCAUAGGAAUUCAUUCAUUCCCCCUCCAAAAAAAAUAUAUAGUCCAGCCCCCCACAAGGUCUGAGAGAUAGUGGACCCUGCUGAAAAAGUUUGCUGAUCCCUGUUCUAGAUCCAUGACAAAACAGUAAACAAACAAACAAACAAACAAACCGUGGAAACAAAUGGGCAUCUUUUCCAAGUGAGAUUGGAUGGUUUCAGCCCGGACAUGCUGAAUUUGCUGUUACCUCUUACUCAAUUCUGUCUGUUCUGUGAUCCUUACAGGUCCCCCACACAGCGGAAAGACGGCCUUGGCUGCAAAGAUUGCAGAAGAAUCUAACUUCCCAUUUAUCAAGAUCUGCUCUCCAGAUAAGAUGAUCGGCUUUUCAGAAACUGCCAAAUGCCAGGCAAUGAAGAAGGUAUAUUUUGCGAAUCCCUUCCAUGCCACAUUUUUUGUUUGAUGUCACGGGCAUUGUGUCUGUUUCCCUAUUACUCCAUCAAUGUCCUCUGCUACUUUCAAAUUUAUAAAAUGAUGCCACAAACUAUAGAAAGUUGUGUAGCAAGGUCCCAACCCCCCCCCACAAGGUUGAAUAAAGACACUCAAACACCAGUAUUUUUAGGUUAACGGGCUAAAAAAGGCCACAACUUUAUUGGUUACAGAUUAUGAGCGGUAUUGGCUUAGGCAUUGGACCUAACUGACUAUAUCUGACUCCUGCUCGUCUGCGAGGAGUCCGUGAAAGGUUAACCACCAGUAGGGGGAGUCCUGCUGAUGCACAUUAACUAGGAGCUCCCCCGGGGUCACCAAUAGGGGUCGUGCCUUAGGCCCUAGCCUCCCCAGGCUUCGGACAGGGCCAUUUCCCCAGAAUCCUUUAACACAGCGGUUCUCAACCUGUGGGUCCCAAGAUGUUGUUGGACUACAACUCCCAUCAUCCCUGACCACUGGUCAUGCUGGCUAGGAAUGAUGGGAGUUGUAGUCCAACAACAUCUGGGGACCACACAGGUCGAGAAACACUGCUUUAACGGAAUACCCUUCAAUGUGCGGGGGAGGUGAUGGCACUACCCCCCUUCCUCUCUUCUCCAGCAAUAUCCCAAUGCCCGACCGCCAAACCUUACAAAGUUGUGACGAUUUGCUACGAGGUAGGCGAAAACCAAGUGGCGGAGCCACUUUGCCAAGUGGAAAAAUUCCUACCAGGCUCCUCAACGGCGACCAACCACAGUCCAUAGCAAGGUCAAGAGAUGAAAUAACCUAAAGGGCAGGAGGGUGGGAAAACUGGAGCAGCUGGAAGCGUGGAAAGGGGUGAGAUUCCCGCUGCGUCCUGCUUAAAUCAAGCAGGCCACACCCCCAGAGCAAUCGGCUUGGUUGCCUUUGCAGUGGCGCAGGCGGGGAACCCCCCAAUCGCGCAGGGCUGACCACACCUUCCUAAGGCGGAAGUGGCUUUGUCAAGAAUAGACAGUGAGCAAGAUCAUCUGAACCGAUUGCUUGGUUGAAUGGAACGCACAAAGAAUUAAAGAAUGCAGUAAAUCAAAAGGAAGAUACCUUCCAUUUCCCUGGCUUAAGAAGGAAAUAAAUGCAGUCUGUCUGCAUCUAUGUAGAACCUUCGCAGAAAGAGAGUAAGAUGAAGCAAACAUCCCCUAAUGGGAUGAAUACAUUCGGCAAAGAAAAGAUUGACUUUAGAAUCCUAAAUAUUAUUCCAUCUCUAGAAAGCGCAUAUUCCCCAGAGACAUCUGAGCCACAGUUAAUUCAAAUGUGGGGAAAUUGUUGCUUUUUAAUUGCUUUUCACCAGGAUCUGCACUGGGGGAAGGCAGUUUGAAAGAACUGAAUACAGACAAGCAGAUAGGCGGCUUGGUUUUUCCGAAAAAUGGGGGCAUUUCCUUUCAAGAAUUCCAAACAUCUAACAACCUCUCCAGAGGAGGGGAGCAAAAUUGCUGGCAAUAUAUAAUGUGCAUGAUAUUUCUUCAUUAAUCUCUGUGUUUUUACAAAAAGACUUCAAAACACCUGUUCUUCAGGCUUGACUGUGCCUGUUCAGGGACAGCAACCAUUGCCAAGUUGUUGCUCCUGGAAUUUGUCUCGCAUUCUAAGAAAUCUUUUUUCCACAGCCUUAGAAUACGCUGCGUUUUGUAUGGACGCCAACCGUGCGUUUGGCUUUUGUCUGCUCCUUCAAAGCAAAUAAAUAAAUCAAAUCAUGUGUUCACAACUAAGGAUUUAAUUUCUACCCUUCAUGGGUCUCCCCCCACCCUUUAAAGUGCAAUCAUUGUAGCUAAGAGGUAAAAAUUUUAACUUUUCGCUUUCCGAAAAACAGAUCUUUGAUGAUGCUUACAAGUCUCAGCUCAGCUGCGUUGUGGUGGACGACAUUGAAAGACUCCUAGGUGAGAGAAGUGGAAGACUGUGAGGGGGUCUUGCAUGAGGCAUUUUUUGAGGCAAGAUCUUCCUUUCUGUAGCCUUUUCCCCAAUCCUAGGGCUCUUGUUACUGGAGCACCCGAACCUGACUCAAGUAGGUGGUUGUUGAGAGCAGGCUGAAGCAAAGACCAGAGAAGAACGUUGAAGGCCCUCUGUGCAUAGGCAAGAGCCAGUCUCUUAUUUGCUUGGGCAAAUAAUAAUAAUAAUAAUAAUAAUAAAUUUUUAUUUAUACCCCACCCUUUCCAGCCAAGACCGGGCUCAGGGUGGCUAACAACCAAUAAUAAAAACAAGUUGAUUAAAAUACAAUUUAAAAAGUUUAAAAUACAACAGUAAAACAUUAGGAUGCAGCCUCUUCACAGGAGGAGAAAGGAAAAAGAAAGAGGGGGAGGGAAUCAAACUGAUUCUAAGCCAAAGGCCAGGUGGAACAACUCUGUCUUACAGGCCCUGCGGAAAGAAAUCAGAUCCCACAGGGCCCUGGUCUCAUGAGACAAGAGCAUUCCACCAGGCCGGAGCCAGUGUUGAAAAGGCCCUGGCUCUGGUUGAGGCUAAUCUAACUUUCUUAGGGCCCAGGACCUCUAGGGUGUUGUUAUAUAUGGACCUUAAGGUCCUCUGUGGGGCAUACCAGGAGAGGCGGUCCCGAAGGUACGAGGGUCCUAGGCCGUGAAAGGCUUUAAAGGUCAAAACCAGCACCUUAAAUCUGACCCUGUACACCACCGGGAGCCAGUGCAGCUGGAAAAGCACUGGGUGAAUAUGCUCCCAUGGCAGAGACCCUGUGAGGAGCCUCGCUGCUGCAUUCUGCACCCACUGGAGUUUCUGGGACAGCUUCAAGGGCAGCCCCGCGUAGAGCAAAUUACAGUAGUCAAGCCUGGAAUUACAGUAGUCAAAUCUGACAUGGAAUCCUUUAUAGCAGGGCUAGAGAACCAGUGGCAGGUGCAGGUGGCACUGUGGGUUAAACCACUGAGCCUAGGACUUGCUGAUCAGAAGGUCGGCGGUCCGAAUCCCCACGACAGGGUGAGCUCCCGUUGCUCGGUCCCUGCUCCUGCCCACCUAGCAGUUCGAAAGCACAUCAAAAUGCAAGUAGAUAAAUAGGUACCGCUCCAGCGGGAAGGUAUACAGCGUUUCCGUGCGCUGCUCUGGUUCGCCAGAAGCGGCUUAGUCCUGCUGGCCACAUGACCCGGAAGCUGUACGCCGGCUCCCUCGGCCAAUAAAGCGAGAUGAGCGCCGCAACCCCAGAGUCGGCCACGACUGAACCUAAUGGUCAGGGGUCCCUUUACCUUUAGCUAGAGAACCAGUAGCCCUCCAUAGAGUUUUGCACUCCCAUCGUCUGUGACCGGCAGCCAUGCUGGUUGGCACUAAUGGAGAGUGUUGUCGUUGGCAUCUGUCCGUCUCGAGAAACGAUGGAGUGCACCUCCAGGGGCGAAGUCAAACCGCUGUCUUAACAGCACCCAUGUGACCUCCCCAGGGUGCAAGCCUGAGCAGUUUUUAUGGAGAUCCCAGGCUGCCCAGAUGACAAGACGCCCUCUCUUGGCCUCACCGAUGUGGUCCAAAGGACAGCAGGGCAAUACUUUGGCACCAGCUUGGCUGCAGGAGUUGCCGGAAGGCGCCAUCCAACCAUCUUAGGUAUCCCACUCUGGAUUUGUGUAGGGUUUACUCCAGUGUUUCCCAAACAUGGCUCUCCAGCUGCUGCUGUUUUUUUGGACUACAACUCCCAUCAUCCCUAGCUAGCAGGACCAGUGGUCAGGGAUGAUGGGAAUUGUAGUCCGAAAAAGACCUGGAGACCCAAGUUUGGGAAGUGCUGGUUUAUUCCUUAGCCUUUUCUUAGCCCAACCAAAGGCAGCAGAGGAUUAGGAUCAGAGUUCUCUACCUAACUGUGAAGAUAACAUAGAACGAAAGGGUUUAAGGUCAGUGAGAAAGAGGAGGAUUGGUUUGAGAAGAUGUUGGGUUAUUUGAGUAGGUUUGAACAAUUUGGGGCAAUUAAAAUGCUAAAAGUUAAAUAAACCUUGUGGAAGGAGGAGUGUUAAGGUAUAGAGAAGCGUACAUAUGGUUAAUUUGAAUAUGUUAUUAUUGAAUAUUAUUGAAUAUAUUAUUGGAUAUUUAUAUUAUUGAAUAUUGUAUACCCAAUGUAUCAGCUGCCUGGGGGGUUUCACUGUUUGUAUUUUGGUGGUUGGUAAAAAUUAUAUAUAUAUAUAUAUAUAUGGAUCAGAGUUCUCCUUCUCCUCGAUGGGCUGCCUUCCCAGGUUGAUGAGCCCCAUCUGCCCCUCUCUUCCCUCUAUAGCAUGUGCAGAAAGAAACCUGUGGCCCUCCUUAUGUCCAACUCCUUAUGUCAGGAGGACGGCAAGUUUUUCCAGCUCUGCUGCUGUCUCCACAGCCCCUUCCCUUUGGGCUACCCAGAGCUGGGGGACAGCAUACAAGCCGAAUUCUUGCCUUACGUCCCACCCAGACCUGAAAAGAGUGUAUGGUGCUUAGCAGCACUGACCCAAACACCAACAUUUGAAACAGAGCCACAAUUGAACUUGGUUGGAGCUCAGCGAGUGACCUUGACCCCUUUCCUCUUUCAGAUUACGUUCCGAUUGGCCCCCGGUUCUCCAACCUGGUGUUACAGGCUCUUCUGGUGUUGCUGAAGAAAGCGCCCCCUCAUGUAAGUCUUCAUUUCUUGCAGCAGAGCCGAAUGUUUGCAAACUGCGUUGGGCACUCAUUGAAGGCCAAUGGGAAAGCCUAUCACAAAUGCCUAUCGGUUUUGAUACGUUCUGUUGUGGUAGAUCGUGUGUUUCUCUCCUUGAGCACAGGAGGGCCGUGCAGUAUGAGGGAAACCUUCCCGGGCUGGGUGGGCAGGUCUUUCUGACUUUAAAGCCUUAAACGGCCUCGGCCCAGUAUACCUGAAAGAGCGUUUCCACCCCCAUUGUUCAGCCCGGACACUGAGGUCCAGCUCCGAGGGUCUUCUGGCGGUUCCCUCACUGCGAGAAGUGAGGUUACAGAGAACCAGGCAGAGGGCCUUCUCAGUAGUGGCACCCGCCCUGUGGAAUGCCCUCCCACCAGAUGUCAAGGCAAUAAGCAACUAUCUUACUUUUAAAAGACAUUUGAAGGCAGCCCCGUUUAGGGAAGUUUUUAAUGUUUGAUGUUUUAUUGUGCUUUUAAUACUGUAUUCUGUUGUGAGCCACUUAAUAUUCUGGAACCCCAGCCAGAUGGGAGUAGUAUAAAUAAAUUAUUAUUAUUAUUAAUAAUAAUAAUAUUAUGAAGUCUUCUGCAGGAAGUGGAUCUCAGUCGAAUUCUCAGUCGAUCCCUUUACCUUUACUACCACAAAGCUGCCAAAUCACAGUGAAUACAGCCCUUCCUCGUGGAUUGUAAGCUACUCAAAGUUUCUAGAGCAAAAUCUGAUUUGCUUAUUACAGUGGACGCUCGGGUUGCAAAUGUGAUCCGUGCGGGAUGCACGUUCUCAACCCACAGCAUCCGCAACCCGCAGCGGCGCGUCUGCACACACAAGGGUUGCGAUUCAGCGCUUCUGCGCAUGCGCAAAGCGGAUUUAGCGCUUCUGCGCAUGUGCAGCCACCGAAGCUCGAAAGUAACCCAUUCCGGUACUUUUGGAUUUCGGCAGUCCGUAACCCGAAAAACGCAACCUGAAGUGUCUAUAACCCAAGGUAUGACUGUAUUAUUAUUACAGUGGUACCUUGGGUUAAGAACUUAAUUCGUUCUGGAGGUCCGUUCUUAACCUGAAACUGUUCUUAACCUGAGGUACCACUUUAGCUAAUGGGGCCUCCUGCUGCCGCUGCGCCGCCGGAGCACGAUUUCUGUUCUCAUCCUGAAGCAAAGUUCUUAACCUGAGGUACUAUUUCUGGGUUAGCGGAGUCUGUAACCUGAAGUGUCUGUAACCUGAAGUGUCUGUAACCCGAGGUACCACUGUAUUAUGUUGCCAGCGAACCUACAGAAUUUGGAUUCUCUAAGGCUGAUUCCUGCAGGGUGUGUGUGUGUGUGUGUGUGUGUGUGUGUGUGUGUGUGUGUAAACUUAUCAAAGACAUCAGACAGCCUCUUCACCUUUGCCUCUUUCAGGCAGAAAGGAGUUUGUGCAAGAGGAACCCAAUCGGAGCAGGAACGGCCAUAUUUGCAUUAAUUGCUUGACCUCUGGAGACCAUGGGGAUAACCCCACAUAGGCACCUCUGAGCCCCUUGAAGGGAAGGGUUGAGGUAGUGGUGUGACAGAUAAUUAAGUGUAUAUUAUUCCACACGGUGGCACACUUCUCCAGGGACCUCCCCACACGUCAUUGGUGAAGCUCCCGUGUGGAGGUUUUCAUGCGGUAUUUUUGUUCGGUGAGCAGCUGAAACCAGCUGAAUAAAAAAAAAGCCUAGUUUGUGGCGUGACUGCUUCCACAAUCCACGUACCAAGAGAUGUGAGAUGGUUCUGUAUGCAGCGGCUGGGUUUUAUUAUUCCACGUUGCUUGCCAGUCGUGCAGCCUGUCUGUCUUACAGCUUCCUAUAAAUACCCCCCCACACACACUUCUCUCACAGGGAUGAAAUCAGAUUCUUUUCCUUCCAGAAACUGUUUUGUUGCUCCCACAGAACUCAUUAGGAAUACAGUGGUGCCUCGGGUUACAAACACCUCAGGUUACAAACAAUUCGGCUUACAGACUCCACUAGCCCGGAAGUAGUACCUCGGAUUGAGAACUUUACCUCAAGAUGAGAACGUAAAUCGUGUGAGAUUAUGUUCAACAACCGAGGUUUGACUGUAUGCAAUGUUUUUGUAGAGAAAAAAAAGCAAGAGAUGUUGCACGUUCUUUGUAGUUCAUGAAAAUCUUUAAUAAAAAUUAUUUUAAAAAGAGAGAGAGAGAAUGGAAAUUGCGCGGUGACGGCAGUGGGAGGCCCCACUAGCUAAAGUGGUACUUCAGGUUAAGAACAGGUUCAGGUUAAGAACGGACCUCUGGAACGAAUUAAGUUCGUAACCAGAGGUAGCACUGUAUUGCCGCUUGCAAAGUACCCAGACUUCCUGGGAUUCUUCAGCUUUGCAAACAUUUGGUGCAAAGCCAUUUUGGGAACCUGACAACCCCAUAUUCUGUCCCGCUUCCCCUAACCUGCAAAGUGUUACGAUAUAAGGCGAGAAUACGACAUACGACACGAACAUGAUAUAAAUAGUCCAAGGAGAAUUUAAAACGUGACCAAUUUGGGUUGUUUUUUUUAAUGUUUUUUGUUUCAAAGCUGUUACGAAAUGAAAGGGAAUCCAAUAAAACUCUUUCUUUCUCCCUGCUCUUUUAUUUCAGUCAGGUUUCCCUGGGUUUUUGCGAGGGGAAGAGAUUGUCGAGGGGAGGAAUGGUUGUUUGGGGGGGGGGGAGAGAAGAGAGAGAGGGAGAGGAGACUGAAAAGCGUUGUCUCAGCGGGGAGCCAAGCCAGAGAGAAAAAGGCUUCUCUGAGAACGGAGCAGCAACAUCUCGCCAAACCGAGAGGCUAGCUUCAUCUACAUGCAGAGUCACACAAGGCAUUGGAUGCUCAGGAACCCCAUGGAGGUUUCACAUGUGGUUCCCUGCUGGUUCCUCUGAAAAAGCUAACAAUUGGGCUCGGAGGGUGAAAGCCCCUUGCGGUAUCUCUCCCCACCCCCUUCCCAACUCCCCCCAAAGCCGUCCUUAAGCUGGACAGACAAUUUGGUCAGUGUUAUAAGAAGUACGGUGGACUCUUUUUUUUGGGGGGGGGGGCGUGCUCCCUAGAAAGGCCUGCUUAAGACUUCUUCCCCAGUUUUUCCCCUGCACGAUUUCCUCAGGGAGGCAGAGGGAAGAAACGAGGAUUGCCGUCCUUGCGUUACUCCAAAGUUUUAGCGCAGCGACGGUCCAUCUAAGGACCUUGGAGAUGCUAAGGGUGUCGUCGUCGUCGUCCGCCCCCACCCCCUGUGCCCGCAAAGCUGCAUUUGCAUGUAUCUUUGGAAAACUAAACAAAAACUGUGUUAGGUCCGGCCUUUAACUGCUUCCUUUCCGUAGGGCCCGCUCACUUUAAAUUCUGCUGCGGUCCUUGCAGUUAAAGUGACCCUGCAGUCCCUUGCAAGAGACUUGCGGGCUUCUGCGUCUGAAAAAGCGACGCUCUCUAGACCUGUGUUUUUAAAAUAAGCUGUUGCCAGGACAUCUGAAGUUCUGCAGAAGCUGUUUCCCGGUUGAAACGCCGGCCUCAGCAUUCAGCGCAGAGACGCUGCCAACGAACUUGUAAUCCGGAAUUUUAGUGGAUGUUGAGACCCCUGUGAAAUCUAGAAACCGAUAUUGGAAAUGCCAAAAGCAAAAAAAAGAAGAAGCUAAACCAUGCUAUAAUGAAGGAAAAGGAUGAUCAACUAUGGGAUUUUUUCCCCUGGCGUUUCCACUCGUGUUUCAAAACUAUUUGUGCUACAUGCUCUUUGAUGAACCCAGAUGGGACAUGUUAAUUGACUCAGUGCUCCUAGGUCUCUGUUUAAUACAUCAUUUCUGUUUAUUUAUUCCACCACUACUUUGUUGCUGUUUAGUGGUUUAGUCGUGUCCGACUCUUCGUGACCCCGUGGACCAGAGCACGCCAGGCACUUCUGUCUUCCACUGCCUCCCGCAGUUUGGUCAAACUCAUGCUGGUAGCUUCAAGAACACUGUCCAACCAUCUCGUCCUCUGUCGUCCCCUUCUCCUUGCGCCCUCCAUCUUUCCCAACAUCAGGGUCUUUUCCAGGGAGUCUUCUCUUCUCAUGAGGUAGCCAAAGUAUUGGAGCCUCAGCUUCAUGAUCUGUCCUUCCAGUGAGCACUCAGGGCUGAUUUCCUUCAGAAUGGAUAGGUUUGAUCUUCUUGCAGUCCAUGGGACUCUCAAGAGUCUCCUCCAGCACCAUAAUUCAAAAGCAUCCAUUCUUCAGCGAUCAGCCUUCUUUAAGACAACUGUGCCGCACUUAAAAUCUGAUCAUUAGGGUUGAUUUUUUUUUGUCUAGAGGCAAGCACAGGUUUGAGAACCCUACACUUUUUUGCCAUAAAUUGGCUCCUGUGAUUCACAGGAAAGUAUAGGCAGACAAAGGAAGGUGUGUAACUAACCCCUGCCCCACUAUUUCCCCUGCCUUGAUGAAACAUGUACUGUAUGCGCCUGAAAGUUGCUUAGCCCCCUCCAACUGCCUCUCACCUCUCCCCCAAAGAUUGCACCUACUGUUUGGCAGCAAAGGCUGCUGGCUGAGGUUCCCAGUUCUUUAUCCCCAAAGGUUUAGACUGGCUCCUUCAUUUCACGGUUUUUUGUUUUGUGGGGGAAGAGGACAGGCUUACGAUCCCAUGCGAGUUGGACCACAGAGCAGUUCUAAUAAUGUAAUGUUUUAUUGAGCACGUUCCCCGUUCAGAUGAAGGGCGUGCCUGACAACCCACUCUCGACAUUUUUCAGCAAGCGUUUGAUAAUCCAGCUCACCAGCAGGCACGUUUAAACUCUGCGACCUUCCUUCCCGCUGGCACCACUGUAUCGUUUUACGGGUGGGCUCCAUCUUUCGUCGCAGUGAUCUCUUUUUAUGGCUUUCUGCUUUUCAGCAAGGCUGUUUCUCGUUCGGAUGUUUCCCCAUUAUUCUGGGUUUAUAAUGGGGAGGAGAACUUGCCAAAGCAGUAGCUCAGGUGCUGGGCUCCUCUUGAGAAACAGGAAGGAAAUUGAUUUGUGAGAAGGUGGCACUUCUUUCUUUUUUAUAAUAUUUUUUAUUAAUUUUAACAUAUAAAUUAUAAAAUGUACCACAAAACUUAUCACUUAUACAAUUUUUUUAGACUUCCAUCAGCACCUCUGAUGAUCCACCGUUUUAACCACUUCUUAUGCAUUUCUUAACUUUAUAUUGCCUUUACAUCUCUUAACAAAUCAUCCUCCCCCUUGUCCGUUUUUACAAUACUUCUAAUAAUACUCCUCACAAAACUUCUUGCAACCCUACAAGCGUCAUCUGUUCUUCACAAUUACUUUUCAAAUAGUCCGUAAAUUUACUCCAGUCUUCCGUGAAUUUCUGGUCUCGCCGGUUUUGAAUCCUUCCUGUUAGUUUAUCUAAUUCUGCAUAGUCCAUUAACUUCAUCCUCCAGUCUUCAAUCGUCGGUAACUCUUCUUGCUUCCAUUUUUGGGCCAAUAAUAUUCUUGCUGCUGUUACUGCAUAUAAAAAGAGCUUACAUUCCUUUCUAUUUAUGUCACUCCCCACAAUGCCCAAUAAAAAUGCUUCUGGUUUUUUUAUAAAUGUAUAUUUCAACAUUUUUUUCAACUCAUUAUAUAUCAUCUCCCAGAAGCAUUUCACCUUUUUACAUUCCCACCACAUGUGAUAAAAUGUUCCUUCUUUUUCUUUACAUUUCCAACAUUUAUUACUGACUUUAUACAUUUUCGCUAAUUUAACAGGUGUAAUAUACCAUCUAUACAUCAUUUUCAUCACGUUUUCUUUUAGGGCAUUGCAUGCAGUAAAUUUUAAACCGAGAAGGUGGCACUUCUUUCAUUACUUACUGGGUUCCCCUCGAGAUCUUUCAAGCAGAGGCACAGACUUCUCUUGGGUUAUGGCCUAUGAUCUCCAACUUAGCCCUCUAAAUGUCUCACGGGGGGGAAAGUAGAUGUGUUUCAGAAUCAGGAACUGAUAGAGUUUAGAGCAAAGCUUCAGCAUUUUUAGCCCUUUGUGUGUGCUAGGUCCCAGUCUCUGGUUUUUCUGCGCAAGAACAACCAUUAUUUUGUCUUUCUGUGGCUGUUGGAGAAGCUCAUAGGCAACAGAGUGCGGCCACUUUUCUCACUAUUAAAGGUUAAUACAAGCUGCGCUACAAGCGUACAUAGGCUGUAUGGAAAUGUUCAGUGAAGAGCAGUUUCAAAAUACUGGGAAAUAAAUGUAAAUAAACACAAACUAUGGCUGGGUGGUUGUUGUCUUCAUAUCCAUCCUCCUUAAAUGCUUUUGUAGGUCUCUGGUGGGCUUCUAUUAGAAAUGGAAGUCUAGGUCAUUUAUUAAUAUUAUUAAUAACACAAAACAAAGUUUAAUAAUAAUAAUAAAGAAUAAUUGCAUUUGUUAGUUGGGGUUUACCAAAAGGUCUCAAAGCAAGAUAAAAUGCAACAGUUGGAAACUUAAAAGCAGGAAAAUUUAAAACUAUGUAUAAUGCUAGAUGUCUAAAACGCCUAUCUGGUAAUACAAUAACAAUGACUUCCUCUUAUGAUUUUUCCCCCUUCUCUCUCCUUGUGCUCUUUUUAAAUGCGCAGGGUCGUAAGCUCUUGAUCAUUGGGACCACCAGUCGCAAGGAUGUCCUGCAGGAGAUGGAGAUGCUGGAUGCUUUCAGCACAACUAUCCAUGUUCCCAAUAUUGCUACAGGAGACCAUCUCAUGGAAGCCCUCGAGGUCAGGAGGCACCUGGGAAUGGCUGGGGAAGGGAGCUGAGAGAGGAGCUCGAUUUCUUUGGGGCUGUAGGAAUGGGAAGAUCUGGGCAAGCUGAGAAGUUGAGUCCCUGGCUACUGCCUGCAGUGGGCCCAAAAGCCUGGGAAAACUGACUAGUUGAGUCCCUGGCUACUGUCUGCAGUAGACCCAAAAACCUAUUGUGGAGUUGUGGCAUGAACAUUUCAGCAUUCAUCCUGGAAUUGAGAAGGGAAUAGGGGGCAAUUGGCAAUACAUUAAUCUCCCAUCAUCGUCUGGUUGGGUAAACCAUCACCUGAACCAUUUCCAGAUGUUUUGGGGGCAUUUACUUGGUCAGAUUUGUUAAUGCCCAAUCUUUCAGCCCCGGGACUUUCACUCCUUUUUUCCCUUCGUGAUCUGCCAUUGUGCGUGAGUCUCCAGGCCCCCACCCCAAAGGUCCAAACUGGUUUUUGCAAAAUAUUGGAGAACUGUGCUAUAUAACACCACAGCUCUGGAACCUGGGGGGUGGGGGGAAGGAAUCGAUAAAUCAGCUUUGCUACUACUUGUAAAGAAAUGUCAAUCUCUGAGUUAUAUGAAUAUAAGGAGACGUGAAAGACAGGCUUAGGCACCGGGUUUAUAUAACCUGAAAUGAAACUGUUACGAAUGGAACAAUGAAUACUAGGACUGUGACUUUUAAUCAAUUAAUUGAUGGCAGAAUAAAAAGUGUCCUUAAUUAGUAAAUCAGCAUUCAGAUGUACAUGAUCUUUAAAUACAAGUACCAUAUUUUUUGCUCUAUAAGACUCACUUUUUCCCUCCUAAAAAGUAAGGGGAAAUGUGUGUGCGUCUUAUAGAGUGAAUGCAGGCUGCGCAGCUAUCCCAGAAGCCAGAACAGCAAGAGGGAUUGCUGCUUUCACUGCGCAGCGAUCCCUCUUGCUGUUCUGGCUUCUGAGAUUCAGAAUAUUUUUUUUCUUGUUUUCCUCCUCCAAAAACUAGGUGCGUCUUGUGGUCUGGUGCGUCUUAUAGAGCGAAAAAUACAGUACUUAUAAAAACUGUGGGUGACACACUCAAACUUUUAAGAAGCAUGUCCCUUAUAUAGCAAACAGAGCCCUUGUCCUUUACAGUUUACUUCCAAGUUUUGGGUCCUAGCUGCGGAAUCUGGAAUCAUUUGCUGUUUCGUUUCGGUUUUAGAAAAAAGCAACCCUCCCCCUCAAAAACCCACCCCUGUUCAUUUGCAGGAUUAUGCUUAGCCUCUCCAGAUAGUCUUCUAAGGACUACAUACCACGUUGGUCAUUCUGCAGUAAUAAAUCUGUUCAAUUUAAUGGGAGCACCUAUGAGGGAGUACAGAAACUUCCCCCCCCAAAGGUGAAUCUGUGGAGAGAAAAAUUGUGGGGAGCACAGGCACAGCUCCUGUACUCAUAGCUGUGGGAGUGGCUAGUGGCCUCAAUUCUUCUGCAACACACAGUCCCGUUCCCCCCAAAUUUCUUUGCUCUGCUCUGCUCCUGGGAGCUGCUUUGGUCUGUGAGGAAGUUGUAAAUAUUAAGAGGCAAGUUCGUUAACCUUCGGCAUGCAGAUUGCACAGAAGAAGUUCCUGCUUCAGGGGCUGUAGAGGAGCUUCCUUGUGGCCCAGGUCCUCUUCUGUUCCCACCUGAUGCUGUACUGGACCAAUUUCCCUGUCCUUAUGGCUUGUGUGAUCCGAUACGCAGGUGGCGCUGUGGGUUAAACCACAGAGCCUAGGACUUGCCGAUCAGAAGGUUGGCGGUUCGAUUCCCUGCGACGGGGUGCGCUCCUGUUGCUUGGUCCCUGCUCCUGCCAACCUAGCAGUUUGAAAGCACGUCAAAGUGCAAGUAGAUAAAUAGGUACCAUUCCGGCGGGAAGGUAAACGGCGUUUCCGUGCGCUGCUCUGGUUCACCAGAAGCGGCUUAGUCAUGCUGGCCACAUGACCACAUGUACGCCGGCUCCCUCGACCAAUAAAGUGAGAUGAGCGUCGCAACCCCAGAGUCGGCCACGACUGGACCUAAUGGUCAGGGGUCCCUUUACCUUUACCUAUGGCUUGUGUGAUCCGAUACCUGUGCGCUUGAUCAGUAGACAGAUCCUUUACGACAUUGCCAUUCAGUGAAGUAAGAGGCUCUGCGAUGGAGAGUUUGGUGCAUGGAGGAUCAAUUUCAAGUUCUGUAGCAGUGCGUAGCAUCUUGCCAAUGUUACCUGUCUUACUUGCUUGUUAGACAAGGUCUUCCAUUGAGUGCUGGGCUUUUCUUAACGCCGCCGGCUUCUCUCUUCUGUCCCCUCGCAGCUCCUGGGCAGCUUUAAAGACAAGGAGCGUUCCACCAUUGCCCAGAACGUCAAAGGGAGGAAGGUCUGGAUUGGCAUCAAGAAGCUUCUGAUGUUGAUUGAGAUGUCAAUGCAGGUAAAGUACCUUGCCCUCUGGUCAAGCCAGAGUCUGGAACUGGAUUAGCUGUGGGGUAAUAAGACACCCACUUGGUUUUGCCUCUCUCAAUUCCCAGGGGCUCAAAGCUCUUGGCAACCUAAACACCCACACAUUAAAAUGUCAGUAAUGAUUAAGCUAAAAAAAAAAAAAAUAGCAGCAUGUACUGCAGGGUUUGCUUCCUAGCUGCGAUUUAGCAGUUCAAAAACUACAGACCCUGUCCAAGAACUAGCCAUCUAGUCUGUGCAUCUUUUUCUUCUCUUCAAAUUAGAUGGGCAAAUUGACCACGGAGGACAGGCUGGAUUUGCCCCUCCCUGGCGUUUUUCUCUAGCGUCGGAAAAGGAAGAUUUCCUUAGCGGCUUUUGUUUUUUUUUACAAUAAUAUUUAUUAAAUUUCAUCAGUAGACAUAACAAAAAAGAAAAUAUACAACAACACAAUAGAAAAAGUGAAAAAGAAGGGGGGGAAAGUAACAAACUUAAGAUACCUAAACAGAAAAAAAGAACCUCAAUUAAUUCAUUAAAAUGCAUUUUCAUAAACAUUUUGGUUGACUUCCUCUAAUCUCCUCCAUCUGAAUUUCCUCUUAAUUUGAAUGCAGCAGUUUCCAAUAUCAUUAUUUCAUAAAACAAUAUUACAGUCGUAUUCCAAUUUCUUUACCUUUCUUAUAAUACAUUUUUUCCUUAGCGGGUUUUUAGCUCUCUUGUUGUAGCAUUUUGAAAGCAGCUGGAGCCGCAGCUAGACGACUGCUUUGCAAAAUAAUAACUUGCGUGAAAAGGCCGCUAUCCAAAUUAAUGCAUCCUGUCAGUGCAAGGAUUGCUGCUUGCGCAGUGGGACUCUCCCCUGCCCACCGCCCGCCCCCACUUCAAAUCUGCUCUGAAGGGUGGGAGGAACCCCUAGAGAAGAUUUACAGGGGCAGUUCUGUUGCCCAAGCAAAACUCCUUGCGCCGAUGGACCAAGUUACUUAGCACUACAGUGGUACCUCGGGUUACAUACGCUUCAGGUUACAUACGCUUCAGGUUACAGACUCUGCUAACCCAGAAAUGGUGCUUCAGGUUAAGAACUUUGCUUCAGGAUGAGAACAGAAAUUGUGCUCUGGUGGCGCCGCGGCAGCAGGAGGCCCCAUUAGCUAAAGUGGUCCUUCAGGUUAAGAACAGUUUCAGGUUAAGAACGGACCUCUGGAAUGAAUUAAGUACUUAACCCGAGGUACCACCGUACUUUGGAUAAAACACAAAUUGUUUUCCCUCCCCGUCACUAGAUAUGUACAGUGGUACCUCGAGUUACAAACGCCUCAGGUUACAAACUCCGCUAACCUGGAAGAGUUACCUCGAGUUGAGAACUUUGCCCCAGGAUGAGAAUGGAAAUCGUGUGCCAGUGGCACAGCGGCAGCAAGAGGCCCCAUUAGCGAGAGCACGCCUCUAGUUAAGAACAGUUUCAGGUUAAGAAUGGACCUCUGGAACGAAUUAAGUUCAUAACUAGAGGUACCACUAUAUGUAAGAUGGGGAACCUGCGACUCUCCUAACGUUGCUGGAUUUCAGCUCCUAUCAGCCCCAGCUGACGUAACCAAUGUUCUGUUGAUAGGAAUUGCAUCCAGGCAACAUCUGUAGGGCUGCAGGUUCCCCAUCUCUGAUAAAUAACAGCAGAAGAUAGGUAUACUGAUGGCUACUUGAACAACAGCUGGAUGGAAUUGUUCAUAUAUAGAAGCAGUAUGCUUCUGGAUGUUGCAGGCAAACAGGGAAAGGCUAUCCAUCAUCGCCAAAUUUAGCCACUGUUGGAGUUCAGAAUAUUGAACUUUGGCCUGGCCCAGCAAGCAGUUCUUACUUGGGGUUCAGUGAUGAAGCUUGCCCUUUUGCACACGUUCAAUUUCAUUUCACUUUUAAUCUGUAUGCCGCCUUUCGAUAUUACAAGGUGCUUUGCAAGCCGAAGAAAGAGCUUAAAUAGACAGCAAAGAUCACACACCUAAUGACAAUCUGAUCCAAUACGGAAAAGUCAUAAUUUCAGUUUAACACCUUGGCUUCUCCGGCUAAGGGAUCUCUGGCAGCAGGGAAAGAUCUCUGCUUGCAGAUCUGCUGCUCGCUGGAGCCAACAAACCUGGGCGUGAUGGACCAGUAGCUUCGUAUGUUUAUAUUCUCGCCGUGUUCAGCACCAUCCCGGUCUGAGUCUUUUGCAGACUCCCGGGAGUUGUGCUUUUUUCCCUUCUGCUCCAACUUUGAUGGGAGCUCAAAGGGAGGCUAUCCCAGUGUAUAGUGCCCUCUGUCAUCCGCGGGCAGUGCCUCUGUACCCUUCUGGGACCGAGCCCUGUCUUCAGGUGCUACUAAAUGAAGAGAUUCCUCGCACCUUCCUGGGACAGGCUUCCAGGCGCAAGCCAAGAGGCAAGCAGUUCGGCAAUGUGUUAAGCCCGUCCCCCGCCCCUUCCCUGUGGCUCGUUCUCUGUGAUUCUGUUGAAACUUGCACAGGGCUGGGGAUCUGCUCUGACUGGAUGUCACCCGAGGGUACAGAGUCAUUUAUCUAGAUUACUUUCCCCCCUCUCUCUUCCCCUUGACUCUUUAAUUCCAUACCCGCAGGCAAAAGUCAGUAAGUUAUUGCUCACACCUAUUAAAGUGUAUAUAAUGGGCAGAGAUCUGCAAGGUUACGGCCAAUUUCACCCUUGUCGGGGCGCUUUUUAAAGUUGGAUUAGAAUUGUGGACGUGCAUCCAAAAAAAUAUUUAUUUUUUGGCAGCGGGGUGGCGGGCGGCAGGAUUUGAAGUUUAGGGCCUUUCGUUUCCAAGAUGCAAUGUUUCAGAGGUGGGACAGUGGUAUUGUGAGAGAAGAAGGGGUCUGAAUGAAGACAGGAGCCGGAGUCAAAUUGUAUCGCACGUUCCUUGCGACUGCAAUUUCCUAGUGGUGGAGGUGUUUAUUCCUGGAAGGCAGGUGGCCUUUGACUUUCCUUGCUACUCCUAGAAUAUGUUCAGAAACCUGAGUGUGCUGCUUUCAGUGAGGUAGCAUCCUAUAGUCCAAAACUGGACUUGAAACAAGACCAAAUUAAGUUUGCACCCCUGUGGUUGAGAUAUUUUUGAGGGGCUUUAGGGGACAGGGAAAGAAGCAUGCUUUUUCUGCACUGACAAGAAGGAGGAAAGUAGAUUUAUUAUAUUUGGAGCCAAAGCUGGUGGCACAGCAGCCAAAAUAACUCACAUAGUAGGUGAUAUCAAUGGUCCAUCCAGUUUGCCAUUGUUUCUUCAGCCCCUGCCCAGCCAGAUGACCCAGGAAACUUCAUAAACUGAGCCUGACAGCAACAUUGUCCUAUUUUGGGGUAUUCCCCACAAAGUGAAGAGUUGAGUGCAUCUCCAAAAAAGAGUGACUACUUUGGGGUGUUCAGCAGCUUCUCUCCCACCUCAUCCUCCUUCGCCACAGACUUUGGGUUGGUAUUCUAACAAACGAGAGUAGCAAAAUGCUUCAACUCGAAUCGCAGGAUCCGAAGGGCUCCCAAGGACUGGAACAGUCUGUUUUUGAAAGCUCCCCCAGCUUCAAAACCAUGUUGCCUUAAAGGGCUGGUGGUAAUGGGAGUGAGCACUGCAGUUUAAAAAAAUGGGAGCCCCAAGUCCUCUCCGGCAAGUGGAACUGGUUUUGUGGCUCUUUGCAUGCUGGCCGUAACACCUUCUACAAAUCGGUUUAUCAGAAAAAAGCCAUUGACGAUUAUCCUGACUGCUCAUCACGACCCAUAAGUUGCUUGCUUGCAUUAAAAUGUGGCUUCUAAAUAAUCACACAACCAAUCUUGAAUUUCAUAUCUGGGUCAGAAUUUUAGACCCCAAAUUUAUAGCACUAUAAGUAUUGGAAUUUAAUGUGAACACUUUUUUUUUUAAGAUCACCUACAGAUGUUAGAUUCCUUACAUUUUUCCAAAGUGAAAAAUUACAAAACUUUUUAAAUAGGCUGUUGCAAGAACCCCUUGCAUUAGUUUGAGGGUAUUAAUGGGGGGGGGCGACCCCUCAUGCUAAGUUUCCCCCCUCCUCACUGGGGUGCAAAAAUUCAGUCACUUACUGGCACCUAAAAAAAAUUGGUCUGAUCUACUGGGUUUCUGAAGUAGGCUGCAGCCCUUUGAAAUGUUGACGUGUUAAAGGCUCAUUCAGAAGCGUGAAGCAUUAUUUGUAAGGGGCUGCUUGCUUUCCACUGACAAAACCCAGGUUUAGUAGGGAUUCCCUGCAGACUCCAUAUUUGAGGGGAAUUUGAAAAAUCUCACCUCACGCCUUCCCUUCCUCUGUCUUCCAAGGUGUUGCCAUGUGUUGCAUCCACACUGCUCAGACCCUUCAGCAUCUCGGUCUGCUAAAUUGUGCCCUGUGCAAAUUUCCAGGCUUGUGCAAAGAACCGCAGAAUACAAACUUGAGUUUCAAGAGAGGCAGCACAGUGUAACGGUUAUAGUGUUCAGCUAGAACCAGGGUAAGGUAAAAGGUAAAGGAUUCCCGCGACGGGGUGAGCUCCUGUUGCUCUGUCCCAGCUCCUGCCAACCUAGCAGUUCGAAAGCACACCAGUGCAAGUAGAUAAAUAGGUACCACUUUGGCAGGAAGGUAAACGGCGUUUCCGUGUGCUCUGGCUUCCAUCACGAUGUCCCGUUGCGCCAGAAGCGGUUUAGUCCUGCUGGCCACAUUACCUGGAAAGCUGUCUGUGGACAAACGCUGGCUCCCUUGGCAUGAAAGCGAGAUGAGCGCUGUAACUCCAUAGUCACCUUUGACUGGACUUAACCAUCCAGGGGUCCUUUACCUUUUUUUAAAAACCAAGAACCAGGGAGUCCCAAGUUCAAAGUCCCACUCAGCUAUGAGUGUCUUUGGGUCGAAUCAUUGCCUCCCAAUCUUACCUACCUCACAGGGCUGUUGUGAGGAUGAAAUAAGUGUGUGUGUAUGUGCGUGCGACCACAGUCUUGAGCUCAUGGAAGAAGGAAGAUAUAAGCCUAAGAAUAAAUAAUAAGACAGUUUUGAGUUGGUUUAGCCGCAACUGCCCUCACCUGCUCCUUGUCCCUUCAGCAAGGUGAGCUUGCUGUGGUUCACUGGUUGAUUUUGUCUCUCUCUUUGUGUCUUCCCUUUGAACUUGCGAAGAUGGAUCCGGAGUACCGCGUGCGAAAAUUCCUGGCACUUCUAAGAGAAGAAGGAGCGUAAGUGACAGUAAGAGCAUCUGACAGGGGUGUGUCCGCUUAUUCUUGCCUAAUCUGCGUGCAUGCUUAAUAACUCGCCAUGUGCCAUUGGCCCAGGCCAGAAUUUUAGCAAGAGUCCUUUUUGUAAACCUUGGUUUUACAAAAAGAAAAAAGGUUCAUCUUCGUCCUUGGUGGCUGUUUAAAUUACUCCAUUCCUGCUUCAUCCUACUUUCGAGGUUUGGGGUUUUUCUUCUUAUUUCAACAUUUUGCUUAUUCACCGGUGACAUGAGUGUGUGCAAAAAUCUGUUGCAUCCAUUCGUGUGUGUGUGUGUGUGUGUGUGUGUGUGUGUGUGUGUGUAAAAAGGGAGGGAGUUUUGUGGCUCAAGCUUGCAUAGGAACCAUAUUAUUAUUAUUAUUAUUAUUAUUAUUAUUAUUCAUAUGUGUAUAUCACCCUAUACCUGCAGGCCUCAGGGUGGUCACAGCAUAAAAUCACAGUAUAAAAACAAACAAUACAUAAUAAAAACAAAAACCAGAAUAACCCAAUAAUUCCCUCCUCUCCAACACAUUUUAAAAGGGCAUUGGAUGUCAGUCAGCCCAAGGCCCAGUUGAAGAGGAACCAUUUCGCCUGGCACCUGAAGGUGUAUAUUGAAAGCGCCCGGCAAACCUCCCUGGGGAGAGCGUUCCACAAAUGGGGAGCCACUGCAUAGAAGGCCCCGUUCUUAUGUUGCCACCCUCCAGACCUCUCGAGGAGGAGGCACACGAAGGAGGGCCUCAGAAGAUGAUCUCAGGGUCCGGGUAGGUUCAUAUGGAGAGAGGUGGUCCUUGAGGUAUUGCGGCCCUGAGCCGCUUAAGGCUUUGUAGGUCUAAACCAGCACUUUGAAUUGGGCCCGGAAGCUGAUAGGCGUGUCAUUUAUCCUUUCUGUAUAGCCAUACUUUUUGACCCCCACAAAGCCCCUUGUUUUCAUAUGUCUUUUGGCUUGGCUUUGACAUCAUUGUGAGGGAAAGUGCUCUGAGCAUGAGCGGCUAAGAGCAGCUGAUGCACUGCCUUAUAACCGAACCCCUGGCCACUAAUCUGGGUCACCGGCAGACUGAAACUCAAGAUUAAAUGCCGCGAGCUGAGCACCGUUCCUCCUGCUCUGCUCUGUUUCAGAUUGCAGUUGUGGGGAGGAGGGUUGUGUUCAGACCCCCUGCAUGUAGAAAAGCAGCACACCAAGGAGGAAGCGAAACUAGACCCUUUCCUCCGUCACAUGGAGGGAGGUUCUGAUGGAGGGGAAUUUACAAUCAUGCCUGUUCCCUCCCUAUGAAGAUGUGCACACCCAGAUGGCUGUACCACGUGGAUAUUUUUGAAUGUGUUGGGCUCUGGAGCCAUUUCUCUUCCAGUUUUCCCCACGCACAUCUAGUCGCAGGGCACGGUCCGCCUCUGGGCCAGCGAGUCUGUAGAUUUAGCUCUUUCACAGCGGAAGCGGUGAUUCCUGGAAGAGCUCCCAUAAGGGGCUAGAAGAGAGGUAUAGGCAAAUGCGUUCACACGCGGCUUCGUGGGUUCAAGGGAGGAGUUUCCGCAGACCUCUGGUUUAGAUUCGGACCCGAUUCUGUACCUCUCCGGGGUGAGAUAACACGAGAGAGAUUCUGCUAAAGAUAUGGGUCGCCUGCUUUGGGGCUGUUAUGUUUCCCCAUAGCCUGCUCCAGGGCAGAGCCAUAGCCCGCUGAACCUCUUUCUUUUUGCAGCUUGGAGGAUUAAUGCCUGAUGCACGGCCAUCUUUGUGACUCCGCAUGCGCUUCCCAUCUCUGGAUGUCCAGCUGUGUGUGCGACUCACCACCCCUCCCCCAAGAUAUGCCCGCCCUUUGUGGAACCAGUUGCCCUCUUUUCCUUUGCAGCAGCCCGCUGGACUAAGAGGGAAACCCGGAGCCUUGGGCAGAAGCCGUGGCUGGGGAAGAAGCCAAGCGAGAGCCUCCUCCUCCUCCUCUUCCGUGUGGUGUGUCUGGACAAGAGCCUAACGUUCGGCCUCCUUCAGAGACUCCCCUCAUCCCUCCUCUUUGCAUGUCGGACGCAGCCGAACACUCCGCCCUUUGUUAUCUAUCGUCCUCGAUAUCCUGGUGUCUCGUGGCAAAUCAAAACUCUCUAUCUAGAGUAACUGCUUUCGUAUUAUGCUGCCUGCCGCACCUGCUCACUUGGUUUUGGCGCACAGGGGGGAGGAAAACGAACGUGCCCCAUGCAGACCUGUCCGUGUUAACGCGCAAGCUGGUGAUAGCUCCCAGGCCCCAAACACAGGGAAAUCCUCCUCAUUCCAGACCUGUGUAUGGUCCUUCUUAAAGCUGCUGGUACCCCAAGUUCCCCCUUUCUCCCACACAUUCACACAAGUGGUUUGGUCCUCAUGGGCCAAUACCGCGCUGUGGAGCUUCAGACUCGUCCCAGGGGAAAACGGUGAAUGAAGUAUUCAUCACAAGACCAGGAUCCAAAGAGAGUUUUUAGGAAAGAGGGGCAAUGGUGGCUGCACCCUUCAGAGGCUCGACAACAUUUGCAGUGGCGGCGGCUAGUUAAUUCCCAGCGGCCACUGGGCGUGGAAGAACCCAGCCGGACUCUGGUGCACUAAGGCAGGGGUAGACAGCGCAGGGCUACCCCAGUGCUGUUGGACUUCAGCUCCCAUCAUCCCUGACGAUUGACCAUGCCGGCUGGGGCUGAUGGGAUUUGUAGUCCCCCCCCCCGGCAUGGGCUAUCCCUUCACUAAUGGUUUCCUAUAAAACAGGCAGCGUGGUCCCACCCGUAGAUGCAGACAGCUUAGUAUUCCUGCAAAACUUUGAAAACAGCCUGCAGCUUUCUGUUGCAGCGCCCUUCCUCGCUGGAGUCUGGCCCCUUGUGAUGUCGCGCAGAUCUGUCACAAGAGGCCUGGUGUGCAGUUUCUUCCGUAUGCGGUUGCCAUAGGCAUGAGCGCAUAGCAAUCUUCCUAAGUGGCUACCGGAGACCUUGGUCUCUGCCGUCGGCUUCUUGCUUUUCAGCGUAGUGGCAUCACAAAAGCGGAAAGCUGUUACGCUUCUUCCAGAGAGGCUUCCUUUGCUGUGCACUGCAAUAGUGAACCAAUAGUCCCAUUUGCUCUUGGGAAACCACCAAGCGACGUCGCGCUUGUUUACGUUAGAGCCGGAUGAGUUCUUCCACCUAUCGUCCGGCUGCAUUUUAUUGCAGAGCUUGCCACCUGGAUCCUGCCCGUCCCAUCGAGAAGUUUCCCCGCCGUAUCGGCAACAAUUGCCCGGCCGGUUUGGGAGUGAGAGGGGUGCACGUAGUAUCGAGUUCUGCUAAGCCCAUAGGGACAGGAGGGUAAAAAACUAAUUACGGAGUUUCUGCUUCCUCUGAAUCGGCUCUUAACACUGCUCUGUAGAAAUACAGGUGGUUUAAUGGCCCUGAAUAAUCUUCCUCCACCUCAUCCACAACACAAGUGAGUGGCUGGACCGAUCUUCCGUCUUGCUGAAACCCCCCUCUAUAUCACUGACGGGGUCCUCAUUCCCCACCUCUCCCAAGUUGCUACAAUCAGGCAGCUGAAAACUACACUUGACUCCUUUCCGCCCUGUGCAGCAAAAGGAAAACAGUUGUGGUAGAAGUUGCUGCAAUGUACUUGAAUCACAAUGGAUGCAUUUAUUAUAACGUGGGUUAGCAGCUUUAUCCUCUUUUUUUAGUUCCACCCCUCUGUUAUUAGUGUUGAGGAUUAUGUGAAUCCCUGGUGGAGCUGUAAAAUCCCCUCUUCAGUUGUGUGAUUGCUCUGUUUCCAGCUGCACCUUUGCCUCCACCCCCCUCCCCACCCGGCCCAAAUCUCAAGAACCUUCUCCUUUCUCCAACUUCUUUCAUCUUCCAGUGAAAGGGAAACACACAUGUUGUAUUUAACGUAAUGUCUUGGAACCAAAUGAUGUAAAACAUUUUUAUUGUGUGGUUUUUUUUCUUCUUUUUUGUCCAAAGCUAUAUUCACAGAGAGAGAGAAAAAUACAAAUAUAUAUGUAUAUAUCGAUUGAUUGUAUGUUUAAAACGCAGGUGAACUGAUGCAAUAAAAAGGCACAGAUAUUCA